CAGGGUCAGCGUUCCCGGCCGGAGGAACCGCUGUCAGGAGGAAAAACAGAACUACACGCCGCCGGCCUGUAGUUUUGUUUUUUUUAAGGUCUUCCUGCACCGCUCAGUUGCUCUUCUGGACUUUCUGACCCGGGUUCUGGACUCAGACCUUCAGCUUCCUGCAGACCGCCCAGACUUGGGCCCCCUGGGCACCCUUGUGCAGACAAGGUGCCGACCAACAUGUCCACACAGGCGCCGACGUUCACUCAGCCGCUUCAGAGCGUCGUGGCACUUGAGGGUAGUGCCGCGACGUUCGAGGCGCAAGUUAGUGGUUCUCCAGUUCCUGAGGUGAGCUGGUUUCGUGAUGGCCAGGUUCUUUCCACCGCCGCUCUGCCCGGCGUUCAGAUCUCGUUCAGCGAUGGCCGCGCUGUUCUGAGGAUCCCCGCUGUGACCGCCGCACACAGCGGACGCUUCUCUGUCAGAGCCACCAACAAUGCUGGACAAGCCACGAGCACUGCUGAACUCCUUGUUACAGCGGAGACGGCACCCCCCACCUUCAUCCAGAGACUGCAGAGCUCCUCAGUGAGGCAGGGCAGCCAGGUGAGGCUGAGCGUCCGUGUCUCAGGGAUCCCCACACCUGUGGUGAAGUUCUACAGGGAGGGAGCUGAGAUCCAGAGCUCUGCCGACUUCAGGAUCCUGCAGGACGGAGACCUGUACAGUCUGCUGAUCGCAGAGGCCUUCCCAGAGGAUUCUGGGACGUAUUCUGUGACGGCUGCCAACAGCAGCGGCCGGGCCACGUCCACUGCCGAGCUGCUGGUUCAAGGUGAGGAAGCGGUUCCAAUAAAGAAAUCCAAGACCAUCAUGUCUACGUCCCAGAUGGAGGCUUCAGAGACCAGAAUGGAGCGGAAAGUGGAGGCCAGUUUUCAGGCCACCACCAUGAUGGAGAUGCACGUUGAAGGAGGAAUGAUGACUCAGCACAUAGCUCAUAAAACCCCCCCACGGGUCCCCCCAAAGCCCACCUCCCGGUCCCCGCCGUCUUUGGUUUCCAAGGUAACGGGAGGCCGUCAGCAGUCCCCAUCCCCUGUCAGACAUGUGAAGGGGCCGACGCCCACACCUGUCAGACCCGUUUCUCCUUCCAGCAAGGUGUCAAGUUUCCAGAUCAAACCCGUCAGAAGUCCUGUGAUGACCAGGAAGCAGGUUUCUGCCGCUGCAGAGGUUCUGCCUCCCUGGAAGCAGGAGGACUAUGUGGCUGAAGGUUACACCACCAUGAGCACCAUGAGCACCAUGAGCAGCAGUGGCACAGCCCAGCUGCAUCUGGAGAAGCAGUGGGAGCACCAGGUGGUCUCCAGCAUAGAGGAGUCAGCUGCCGUCCCAACAAGAGCCCACGAACCUGCGAUUCCUCCCACUGUUGUUGCUGGCCUGAAGAAUGUGACGGUGACAGAGGGCGAAUCAGUGACCCUGGAGUGUCAAAUCAGCGCACAGCCCGCCCCCGUCAUCCUGUGGUUCAGAGAGGACUACAAGAUCGAGAGUUCAAUCGACUUCCAGAUCAGCUACGACAGCGGCUUGGCCCGGAUGAUGAUCCGCGAGGCGUUCGCCGAAGACAGCGGUCGCUUCACAUGCACUGCCACCAACGAGGCAGGAACCAUCAGCACCUCCUGCUACCUGCUCGUCAAAGUGUCAGAGGAAAUAGAGAGCAGAGAGGAGAUGGUGGCCGUCACAGAAACUGGAAUUACACAAACUGUUGCUGUUGAAAUGAAGGAGCAGACGGAGGUGAGCGCAGGAGAGUCUGCGGCUCCCUUCUUCAUCAAGAAACCCACGCCCCAGAAACUGGUGGAGGGAGGAAGUGUCAUAUUUGAGUGUCAGGUUGGAGGAAACCCAAAACCUCACAUCAUCUGGAAGAAGAGUGGCGUUCCGCUCACUACCGGAUACAGAUAUAAAGUUGCCUAUAAGAAAGAAACUGGAGAAUGCAGACUGGAGAUCUCCAUGACCUUUGCUGAUGAUGCUGGAGAAUACUCCAUCUUUGCUAAGAAUCCUCUCGGAGAAUCCUCUGCGAUCGCCCUCCUAAUGGACGAAGAUCAAUAUGAAGCCUUUAUGAAGCAGGAUGUAACGUAUAAAGCCGAAGUGACAACGACUGUGGUCCCAGAGCCCCAGCUGGUCCUGAGUCAGUAUGAGCAGGACCAAAGGAGGGUGAUCACCCCAAUGAGCUUUGUCUCAGAGACGGAAUUCCUCAUAUCAGCCUUUGAAGAGAGAAUCAUCCAGGAGAUUGAGCUGCGUAUCAUGAGAAUCACCUACAGAGAGCUGGUGAUGGAGGAUGGAGAGCUGAUGGUGACCAUCCCUGAGGAGGAGGCAGUACAGCCAGUCUUUGAUACCCUUGUCAAAAACUACCGGAUUGUGGAGGGAAUGGGCGUUACUUUCCACUGCAGGAUGUCUGGAAGGCCACUGCCCAAGAUUGUUUGGUACAAAGACGGGCAGCGCAUCGUGCCCAGUGGCAGACACCAGAUGGAAGUUCUUCAGGAUGGACGGGCCAGUCUUCGUCUGCCUGUGAUCCAACCAGAAGACGAAGGCGUGUACACAGCCUUUGCCUCCAACAUGAAGGGAAAUGCUGUGAGCUCAGGGAAGCUCUACGUGGAGCCUUCAGGAGCUGUAACUCCCCCAAGAUACACGUCACAUUCAUCAAUGCAGAGAAUCAGAUCCUCAUCUCCUCGUUCUCUGAGCCGCUCCCCUGGCCGUUCACCCAGCCGUUCACCCGGACGCUCUCCUGCCCGCCGCCUCGAUGAGACUGAUGAGGCUCAGCUGGACAGACUUUACAAACCUGUGUUUGUUAUGAAACCUUCCUCCAUAAAGUGCUCUGAGGGACAAACUGCCAGAUUUGACCUGAAAGUUGUUGGUAGACCGAUGCCUGAUACUUACUGGUUCCACAAUGGGCAACAAGUGGUAAAUGACUUUACUCAUAAAAUAGUGAUUAAAGAGGAUGGUACACAGUCCCUGAUCAUUGUCCCUGCGGUGCCAAAAGACUCUGGAGAGUGGACAGUUGUAGCUCAGAACAGAGCCGGACGAACUUCUGUAUCUGUAACUCUGUCUGUCGAAGCUCGAGAAAGUGUGACCAGACCUCAGUUUGUUGAAAAACUCAAGAACAUCACAGUGAAGCAGGGAACUCUGGUUGAACUGGCUGUCAAAGCCAUUGGAAACCCCCUGCCUGACAUCGUCUGGCUGAAAAACAGUGACAUCAUCAGCCCACAGAAGCACCCACAAAUUAAGAUCGCAGGAACCAAAGGAGAGGCCAAAUUUCAGAUCCCAUCUGCUGCUGGUUCAGACAGCGCCUGGUACACCGCUACAGCCAUCAACAAGGCUGGCAGAGACACCACCCGCUGUAGAGUCAAUGUUGAGGUUGACCACAUGGCCCCUCAAGCUGAGAGGAAGCUCAUUAUCACCAAAGGAACCUACAAAGCCAAAGAGAUUGCAGCUCCUGAGUUGGAGCCCCUCCACAUGAGAUAUGGCCAAGAGCAGUGGGAAGAGGGUGACCUUUACGACAAAGAGAAGCAACAGAAACCUGUGUUCAAGAAGAAGCUGACGUCAAUCAGGAUGAAGCGUUUUGGUCCAGCUCAUUUUGAAUGCAGACUGACUCCAAUUGGAGACCCCACCAUGGUGGUGGAGUGGCUACAUGAUGGCAAACCACUGGCUGCUGCAAACAGGCUGCGCAUGGUCAACGAGUUUGGCUACUGCAGCCUAGACUAUGAAGUUGCUUAUGCUAGAGACAGUGGAGUCAUCACCUGCAGAGCUACCAACAAGUUUGGAGUUGACCAGACCUCAGCGACUCUGAUUGUCAAAGACGAGAAGGGCCUUGUUGAGGAAACACAACUUCCAGAAGGCAGGAAAGGAGUGUACCGAAUGGACGAGAUUGAGCGCAUGGCUCAUGAAGGUGGACCUACUGGAGUUAGUGUGGAUGAAGAAUCUGAGAAGACAAAACCUGAAAUUGUUCUGCUCCCAGAACCAGCCAGAGUGCUGGAAGGCGACAUCGCUCGAUUCCGCUGCAGAGUGACCGGUUAUCCAGCUCCAAAGGUUAACUGGUACCUCAAUGGACAACUCAUCCGCAAAAGCAAGAGGUACAGACUUCGUUAUGAUGGAAUUUACUACCUGGAGAUUGUUGACAUCAAGUCCUAUGACUCAGGAGAGGUCAGGGUGGUCGCAGACAAUCCUUUAGGCACAACUGAGCACACCGUAAAACUGGAGAUCCAACAGAGAGAGGACUUCAGAUCAGUCCUGCGUCGUGCCCCUGAAUCCAGGGUUGCAGAAGCCUCACCAGAAUCAGGCCGAAUUGGAUUUGAUAUUGUCAAGACAGACAGACCCAGCGAGGUCCCACAGGACAGGGAAGUUGUUAAACUGCGUAAAACCCAAAGAAUUGUUCAUGAGAGAACCUCUGAAGAGACUGAAGAGCUGAAGAGCAAGUUCAAGCGCAGAACUGAAGAGGGCUUCUAUGAGUCCAUCUCUGCUGUGGAGUCCAAGUCUCAUAAGAGAGAUGAUUCUUACGAAGAUCUACUCAAGAAGACUAAAGAGGAUCUGCUUCAUCGCAUGAAAUUGAAAGAAGAGGAAGAAAGGAGAAAAAUGGAGGAGCAGGGCCAAGUCACUAUCCCCACUUUCAAACCAGAGAGGGUCCAGCUCUCCCCCAGCAUGGAAGCACCCAAGAUCUUUGAGCGCAUUGCAAGCCAGACUGUCUCCCCAGCAGACGAGGUCCGUUUUAGAGUCCGAGUCGUUGGUAGACCAGAACCAGAGUGUCAGUGGUUCAAGAAUGGUAUUGAGCUGGAGAAGUCUGAGCGUAUUUACUGGUAUUGGCCUGAGGACCACGUGUGUGAACUGGUGAUUAGAGAUGUUACAGUAGAGGAUUCUGCCAGCAUCAUGGUUAAAGCCAUAAACAUCGCCGGAGAGUCCUCGAGCCAUGCCUUCCUUCUGGUACAAGCCAAGGCAACAAUUAGUUUUACCCAAACUCUGGCAGAUGUUGGUGCCAAUGAAAAGGACACCAUGGUGACCUUUGAGUGUGAAACCAAUGAACCAUUUGUCAAGGUCAAAUGGCUGAAGAAUGAUGUUGAGAUCUUCUCAGGAGAUAAAUACAGGAUGCACUCUGACAGAAAGGUUCACUUCCUGUCCGUGCUGAUGAUUGAGAUGAGCGAUGACGCGGAGUAUACUUGUGUGGUUAUAGAUGAUGAGAACAUCAGGACGUCUGCAAGGCUCUAUGUAGAAGGUGCUGCCCUGGAGCUCAUCAAACACUUGGAGAACAUUGAAGUACCAGAGAGUUAUGCUGGGGAAUUUGAGGUUGAGUUGUCUCGUGAAGAUGCUGAAGGCACCUGGUUCUUUGGCGAAAAGGAACUCUCUCCCAGCAGUAAAUACAUCAUCUCCUCCCGCCGAGGAAGACAUUCCCUGUCUGUCAAAGAGGUCAGGAGGGAAGAUCAGGGGAAGUAUACAUUUGUAUGUGGAGACCUUAGGAGCAGUGCCUCACUAAAGAUGAAACUACGCCCAGUGACCCUGAUGCAGCCCCUCACAGACUUCACUGUGUGUGAGGGUGACAUAGCUCAGCUGGAAGUCAGGUUCUCACAGGAGAACGUUGAAGGAACCUGGAUGAAGAACGGCCAGGCCGUAACUGCCUCAGACCGGGUUCACAUCGUCAUUGACAAACAUGUUCACAAACUGCUUGUUGAGAACAUCAGCAGAGAUGAUGCUGCUUCUUACUCUUUUGUGGUUCCAACUCAUGACAUCUCUACCUCAGGAAAACUAACUGUUCAAACUAUUGACAUUGUGGUGCCACUGAAGGACGUGUCCUCCGUCGAAGGCUCAAAAGCUGUUCUUGAGUCUAAGAUCUCUGCUCAGGACAUCAGCUCCGUCAAAUGGUACCACAACGAUAAACUGCUAGUGCCCAGCGACCGGGUCCAGAUAGUGCCAAAGGGUUCCAAGCAGCGUCUGGUCUUCACCAGGACCUUCGCCUCAGAUGAAGGACAUUACAAACUGGUGGUUGGAAAGGUUGAAACCAGCUGCAACUUGGCUGUUGAAGAGGUACAUAUUGUGAAGCACAUGGAGGACAAAGAGUGCUCAGAGUCCCAGAACGUUACUUUUAAUGUUGAAGUUUCCCACCCUGGAAUCGACCCAGUUUGGACCUUCAGGAACCAGCAGCUCAAAGCUGGAGUCAAAUACAAGCUGGAGUCCAAAGAAAUGUCUCACAUUCUCAUGGUCAUUGACACCAUGAAGGACGAGGAGGGCCAGUACAUGUUCCAUGCCGGGGAGAAGACUUCCAGUGCCAACCUCACGGUCUCUGGUGGCGCCAUCACACGACCCCUGCAGGAUGUGACGGUGGCUGAGUCUCAGACCGCUGAGUUCGAGUGCGAAGUCGCCAACGCUGACGCUGAAGGCAGGUGGCUGAAGGACGGUCAGCUGGUGGAUUUCAGUGAGAACGUUGUAAGUGAGGUGAUGGGGGCCAUCAGGCGCCUCGUCAUCGUCAUCACCAGACCGCAGGAUGUAGGAGAGUACACCUACCAGGUUGCCAACUCCAAAACCAGUGCCAACCUCAAGGUGGAGGCGGUGAAAAUUAAGAAGACUCUGAGGAACCAGACUGUGACUGAGACCCAGGAGGCAGUGUUCUCCCUGGAACUGACCCAUCCGGACGUGAAAGGAUCCCAGUGGAUCAGGAACGGAGUGGAACUGCAGAACAGUGACAAGUACGAGAUCACAUCUGAAGGGACGGUCCAAACUCUGAAGGUGAAGGACUGCAACACACAGGACGAGACCGUUUACUCCUUCAAACUGGGAAAACUGUCAGCCAAUGCCCGACUGAAUGUAGAGACGAUAAAGAUCGUGAAGAAGAUUAAGGAUGUGACAUCACUGCUGGAUGGCACCGCCUCCUUUGAGAUGAGCCUGUCACACGACAACAUCCCCGUCAGGUGGAUGUUGAAUGGCGUGGAGCUGAAGUCCAGCGACAAAUGUAAGAUUCUGUCGGAGAGGAAAGCUCACAAACUGAUCCUGCAGAACGUGGAUGGCAGCGCCGCUGGGGAGUACACGGCCAUGGUGGGACACCUGCAGUGCAGCGCCGUGCUCACUGUGGAGGCUCUGCGAGUCACCAAGCCCAUGAAGAGCGUGGAGGUCCCGGAGACCCAGGCGGCCACGUUCGAGUGUGAAGUUUCUCACUUCAACGUGCCGUCCACCUGGCUGAAGGACGGCGUGGAGAUCGAGAUGAGCGAGAAGUUCAGGAUCGUGGUUCAGGGGAAACUCCACCAGCUGAAGAUCAUGAACACCAGCAGGGACGACUCUGCAGAGUACACCUUCGUCUGCGGGAACGACCGAGUGUCGGCCACGCUCACCGUCAACCCCGUCCUCAUCACCUCCAUGCUGAACGACCUGAACGCUCAGGAGAGAGACACCAUCACCUUCGAGGUCACCGUCAACCACGAGGGCAUCACCUAUAAAUGGCUGAAGAACGGCGUGGAGGUAAAGUCUUCAGACAGAUGCCAGGUCCGCACCCGGCAGCUCACGCAUUCGCUCACCAUUCGAAACGUUCACUUCGGGGACGGAGGAGAGUACCAGUUUGUGGCCGGCUCCGCUGCCACAGCUGCUAACCUGUUCGUCGAAGCUCGUGUAAUCGAGUUCACCAAGAAAAUCAAGGACAUCAAGAUCACUGAGAAGAAGAAGGCCAUGUUUGAGUGUGAAGUUUCUGAGCCAAACAUCCAGGUGAUUUGGAUGAAGAAUGACCAGGAGCUGGACUUAUCUGAGGAAAGGUACAUAGUGACAGCAGAGAAGUACGUUCACCGCCUGAUGAUCCAGACGGUUCGAAUGUCUGAUGCCGGAGAGUACUCUGUGGUGGCUGGAUCGAGUGUCUCCAAGGCCCACCUGACUGUGGAGGGGCGCGACAUCCGGAUCUCAGAGCCUGCUGAGCGCGAGAUCACAGUUCUGGAGAAACACAGAGCCACCUUUGAAUUUGAGGUGAAUGAGGAUGACGUGGAAGGUAGCUGGCUGAGAAAUGGCGUGGAGAUCCAGUUCUCUCUGGAGGAGAGGUUCAGCUAUGUGGCCAUCAGGAAGGUGCACCGCCUCACCAUUUCUGAGACGUACAGGAGCGACGCCGGGGAGUACACCUUCAUUGCCGGCAAGAACCGGAGCACCAUGAACCUUCGAGUUAACAUCCCAGAGCCUCCUCAGAUCCUCCGUCACAUGGAGCCCCAGUCAGUGGAGGCUGGGAAGCCAGCGCGCUUCUCGGUGCAGGUGAGCGGCGUUCCUCCACCUCAGGUCUUCUGGUACAAAAACUCCCAGGCUCUGUCACCGGGCUUCAAGUGCAAGUUCCUGCACGACGGCAACGAGCACACGUUGCUGCUGAUUGAGGUCUUCCCCGAAGAUGCCGCUGUCUACAACUGUGAGGCCAAAAAUGACUACGGUACAGCUACCAGCACCGCCAUGCUCAACGUGGAAGUGUCAGAGGUGGUUUCUCCAGACACAGCUGCUCCCAUUUCUCCUCCCGUAAUCAUCACGCCCACCGCCGACACCUCGGCCAGAGAGGGGGAACCAGCUCACUUCCUGUGCAGAGUCCGUGGAGAUGACGUGAAGAUCAGCUGGUUCCACAAGGACAAGGAGAUCAAGCAGUCGGACUUCUUCAGGAUGUCUCAGUUUGACGACAGCUGUCAGCUGGAGAUCUCCAGAGUUUAUCCAGAGGACGAAGGAGAGUACACCUGCGUGGCCUCCAACAAUGCAGGGAGAGUGUCCUGCUCUGCCACCCUCACUCUGGACGUGACCCAUGUGAGGGAGCAGAUCGAAGCCACCAUGGAACAGGAAGUUAAAGAACGAUCUAGCACCACCAUCACCACCAUGGAAGAACAAGAGGAAACCUACUACACUGGUGUCCAGUUACCACAGAAAACUAAAACACUUGAACUCAAGCCAGAGUCCAAACGUUACUCCUCCUCUUUAGAGAAGAAAAAAGAAAAGCCAGUUUUCCUCAGUCAGCUCUCACCAGCGGCUGUAACCGCAGGGGAAACUGCUAGGUUCACAGUCCAAGUGUCAGGCUUUCCAAAGCCUGCAGUUCAGUGGUCUCACAAUGGGACAGUGAUAAAGACCUCCUCUGUGUUCACACUGUUAGAAGAGAAGGAGGAGUACACCCUGGUAAUCACCAAGGUCACAUCUGAGUAUGAGGGCGAGUACUCUUGCACUGCCACCAACAGGUUUGGUCAAACAACUUGCACAACAUACCUUGAAGUAAAAAAAUCUGACAUCAGCCAGGCAGAGAGAUGGGUGGAAAAGAUGUUUAAGGUUACGGGUCAACCCCCCACAUUCACAGUUCAGAUCCAGCCAGUGAGGUGCUCAGAAGGAGGAGAAGUUUCAUUUAAUUACAGAGCCAGUGGUGAUCCAACCCCUGAUGUGAAGUGGUUCAGGGGGGCUUUCCAGAUCCAGCCUAGUAAAAACUGUGUCUUUGUAGCUAAUCUUGAUGGAUCUGGGCAGAUUAGUAUGAAGAACAUCAAACAGGAGGACAGUGGUUUGUACACAUGUAGGGCUACCAACCAAUUCGGUGAGGCAGCUUGUACUGCCGAGCUGGUUGUGUUUAAAAAGCCCAUUUCUCAUAAAGAAGAGCUCACUGUGGUUCAGAAGAAAGGCUAUAAGGUUUCAGUAUCAGAACAGGCAACAGAGUCUCGUCUGUAUCAGGUCAGCCUCCCAGGUCAGGACAGAACCAGGUCAGAUCAGAUGGUUUACACCAUUGGUACUGAAGACAGGAAAAUCAUUCAGAGUGAGCAGGUGGACUCACUUCAGGAAGUCAAUGUCUCUGCUGCCACUGUCCAUCGGGAGAAGUUGACUCACCAGGCAGCAGUGCUUCAGGCUCAUGAGGUAGAGGAGAAGGUGUCAGUGGGGCUGACCCACCCAGCUCUGGUGUCAGCUGUUCCUGGAAAACAGCUCCACAUGGCAGCGUUUACAUCAUCUGUGGAGGAGAGUCAGGGCCUCACCGAGCAGCACUGUGAUCGCAUUCAAAGUCCUGAGGUCGUCAAAGUGCAGCCAGCCAGAGAACAAAUGUCAAAGAUGAUGUCUGCUGUGGCUGAGGAACUCACCCCACUUUCUACUGUCAGCACAGGGCUCCUGACUGACAGGAAGCCUGCUACUAUUAAACCCACCCCCGAGCCUAAACACCUGGUCAGCGGGCAUCAGGUUGAAUCACAACUACCCAUCAUGAAGGAACAGUCUGAGGAUAUUCCCAAAACACAGGAAGAGAAGGGCUACAAGGUUAAAGAGGGGGUUAAGAUUUUAUACUCAGCCCAAUCUGAUGAGAAGCGACUGCUUGAAGAAGGCCACACAUCUGAACUAGCAACAGCAGAAUCUGCUGUUCAGUCCACCAUUAUUAAAGAACAGCAUAGACCCAUUAUAACAUCACUCACUGAGUCCAAACAGACUCUUUCUAAGGAGAUUAAGUUCUCCAUGGAGAGGCCUGCAGAAGAAGCAGCCCAUCUCUGUAAGGACACAAUGAUGAAGGCAGCUUUAACCACGGAGGAGAGGCAGACGCUCCAGGCGGAACCAACCCAACAUCUGCCAAGUCUGGACAGUGCAGUCUCUGUUCAGUCAGAGGUGGAAAAAGGCCAGGUCCUUCACCUGCAGGUGAUCACAGAUCAGGACCUCCUUCCAUCUGAGACGAGCUUCACCUAUGAGAAGCCAGCAUCAGAGCAGGCAAGUACCAGGAAAAGUCCCACAUUGCUGCAUGCUGUUAGCCAAGAUGAGCAACAGACUGUGGCUUGUGAAGACUCUUCUGAAUUUGAGGCCAAGGCCAGCUCAAUGGUCAUCCAGCCCCAGAAAGAGGCUCCACCUUUGUUGCAUCUGCAGUCCACCCAGCCUGUGGAGGUGCUACCCAAAGAGGGUGUUCUCACCAUGGAGAGGCCUGACCAGCAGUUAGCAGCACAGAAACAAGAAAAAUCAAGGAUCCAUGCUGCUGUCUCAGAAGAGAAAAGAGAGAUCACAGCAGAUUAUCAUGCAGAGAUGGAUUUGUCUGUGACUGGAAUUCAGUCCAAGCUUCGAAUUGAGCCCAAGCCUCAGAAGAUCCUCCAGCUUUCCUACCAACCUAUGCAGCUGCCAAAGGAGACACCCAUCACUACUGAUGUUAGACAGCAGAAAGCUUUAGUUCAGAAGGAGGAUCGCUGGAACGUGAUGCAUGUCACCUGUGUAGCAGAAAGUCAGGCCUUAGAAGAGGGUCACAUAGAUAGUCUGUCAGGUGUUGACACAUUUAAAGGUGUGAUGGACAUAGAGCCCAAAGUACCCACAGAACCUGUCCAGAUCGAGGAGAAGGAGAUCUCCACAGAGAGCAGUAUCUCAUUGGUGGCAGCAGAACAGGACUUUGCUGUCCAGAUUCAGGAGGGUCAGUCAGUCAGGCAGUCUAUAGUGAUGGAUGAGAAGAGAAUCCUGACUGGGGAGCUCUCUCAAGAGAUUUCUAAGUCUCAGUCCACUAAAAUGAUUGUCAGUAUGCAGCCAAAACCAUCCUUGAUGGCAUCAGAAUCUAAAGACAGCACAGCUCUUCCUAAAGAGAUGACAUUUGUGAUUCAGAUCCCCAAACCAUCUAGUCUGAAUAUACGACACCAGCUCAGAGAAGCUCUUCAGUCUGCUAUGGCUAGUGACCAGCCAAUCUUACUGGCAGAUGUUGUUGGAAGGUUACAGGCUGUUGAAGUGCAAGAAGUCAAAGUUCAACGAGAGCCCAAACAAGCCAUGUUUACAUAUCUGAUUACAACAACAGGUGCCCCCAUGGAGAUCACCCUGGCUUUUGAAGGGGAAUACCCUCAAACAGCUGACCUGAGGACUGAACUCCAAGCAGCUUUUUACUCCAUUGUAUACCAGGAAACCCAAGUUCUUACCUCAGAGCAGCCAGGCACCAUGCAGAUAGACAAACCUCAAAGGGCUCAGGUCACUUCAGCCAGGUCUAAACAGAUGCUGUCCUCUGUGGUAGAGACUGUGAGCAUGGCAGAGACUGCAGUAGGCUUUACAGCAGUGAAAUCCCAAGCUGCUGCACUGAAGACCGAGUCUGAAAUCACACUUGAAAGUUCUGCAGGAGAGAAACAGGUUGUAGUGCAGGAGUCCAAGGCAGCCAAGGUGGAAAAGUCAAUUUCAUCUCAAAGAAAAACUGUGGCAGAGGCUCAGAUGGAUUUUGAGCAGUCAGUGCAGGUAUCAAGACAAGAAAUUAAGUCUGUAUCAGUGGAAACUAAACGUUCAGUUGAAGUCAGCAUUCAACAGGAGCACAGGGAGGAGAUCUUGAAAAAGGAGAUGACAAUAUCCAGGCCAGAGCAGAGAGAAUACCCUGAAAUAGUUACUCCUUUGGAGGAUUUAUCCAUUGACGAAGACAGUAACGUAACCUUUAGCACAACCAUUAAGUAUACCACUAAGGUAAACUGGUUUUUCAAUGGGAAAUUGGUGAAGUUUGGCAAAGAGUUCAAGUGUUCCACAGAUCAUGACACAUACUCACUGAUUAUCAACAAAAUUGUCAAGGAGAGGCAUCAAGGAGAGUAUGUUUGUGAGGCUGAGAAUGAAGCCGGCAGGACAACAACAUCUUCAAGACUCACUGUGGUCCCAAGAGUGCCGCCUGUUUUCAAGCAGAAAAUCAAUCCAGUGGACAUCAAUGUUGGGGACCAUGCAAAGUUUGACUGUGAGACGGAAGAUGCUCCAAACGUGACCUUCAAAUGGUACAAAUCUGGUAUUGAAAUCAGGCAGAGCGACAAGUAUCGUAUCAUUAGCCACCACAAUCAUUCCUCUGUGGAGAUCCUGAACCCAGUGAAGGCUGACAGCGGUGAUUACACUUGCAAGGCUUCGAACCAGCAUGGCUACGACAGCUGCUCGGCCUCUCUCAUUGUUACAGAGAUGUACCCGCCAGUAUUUGUUUUAAAACCAGAGCCAAUGACACUGUUUGUGGGUAAACAAGCUGUUCUGCAGUGCUCACUCACUGGAUCUUCACCCAUGGAAGUUGUAUGGCACAAGGACAAUGUAGUCAUCUCCUCUGAAGGAAACUAUGUCAUAAAAAGUGAAAAGAACAAGUUUUCACUUAAUAUAAAGAGUCUUGAGUUGACUGAUCAAGGGGUAUACCUGUGCAAGGCCUCCAACAGUGUUGGCACAGCUACAUUUACCACUGAGCUCAGAGUUAUUAACAAGCCCAGCUUCGUUAAGACCUUUGAGCCGGCAUCAGCUGCUGUCAAUGAACCGCUGAGGCUGGAAUGCCAGGUGGACGAGGACACUGGGGUGACAGUCACCUGGACCAGGGAUGGUAAAAAAGUCCACCAGAGCAUGGACUGUAAGAUGCCUUUUGAGGACAAAGUGGCUGUUCUUGAGAUACCCAAGUCCAAACUGAAGGACUCUGGGAAAUAUGUGUGCACAGCCACUAAUGAGGCUGGGAGCUCCUCCUGUGAGGCUAUGGUAACAGUUCAAGAGCCCCCUGCUUUUGUCAGAAAAAUGGAGCCUAAGAUAACAUGGAAGCAGGGUGCACCUGCACGCUUACAGUGCACUGUUAAAGGAUCACCAGAACUACACAUCCACUGGUUCUGGAACGACCGGGAGCUUAGUGAUGGAGACAAAUAUAAGCUCACCUUUAAGAACGGAAUUGCUUCUGUGGAGAUCUUGAACCUUCUGGUCACAGACAGUGGCACCUACACUUGCGAGGUGUCUAAUAAUGCUGGUAGUGAGAGCUGCAGCACAUUUAUAGCUGUUAAAGAGCCUCCAUCCAUUAGAAAAGAUUUACUGACUGUAGAAGCUGUAAAAGGAGUUGCAGCUCACCUGGAGUGCGAGAUUGCAGGAACUGCUCCUUUUGAGAUCAGCUGGUUAAAAAAUAAGAAACCCAUCACAAGUGACCAGAAGUUUAAAAUAAUCUCCCAGGAUUCUCUCUCAAGACUGGAGAUCCAGACAUUUGAAAGUGCAGAUGUUGGUGAUUAUCAGUGUGUUAUAUCCAACGAUGUAGGGAAAGUCACCACCAAGGCCUCGGCUAAACUGAAAGAGCCACCAUCUUUCUCAAAGAGAGUGGAAAGUGUGACAGCCAUGUUGGGAAACCCAGUAAAAUUACAGGGAACCAUUAAGGGCUCAUCUCCUAUCACUGUAAAAUGGAAGAAAGACUCUGAAAUCCUCAGAGAUGAUGAUCCAAACAUCAAGAUGGUGUUCGGGAACAAUGUUGCAACCUUGUCCAUAACUGCAGUGGCUAUCAGCCACGGUGGCAAGUACUCAUGUCAGGCAGAAAAUGAGGCUGGGCAACAAAAAUGUGAAGCCACCCUGACUGUGCAAGAACCUGCCAGAAUCGUAGAACCUGCAGAGUCCAUUAGUGUGACUGCCGGGGAUUCGGCCACACUGGAGUGCACCAUUUCUGGAAGUCCAGAGCUGAAAGUGAAAUGGUUUAAAGAUGGAAAGGAAAUGAUCAGUGGGCGUAAAUAUAAAAUGACCCUGAAGGAUAACAUUGCCACCAUGAAGAUUCUGACUGCAGAGAAAGGAGACACUUCAGAGUACAAAAUGGAGGUGUCCAAUAAAGUUGGGAAAGACCAGUGCACAUGCUCAGUCACAGUGUUAGAUCGAAUAAUGCCUCCAACUUUCACCAAGUCCCUCAAAAGAGUUGACGGCAAUUUUGGUAAUGACGUCUCCAUGGACUGCAAGGUGUCUGGGUCCCAACCCAUGACCAUAUCCUGGUUCAAAGAUGACCAGGAAAUAAAAUCUGGAGCCAAGUUUCAACCUGAGUUCAAAGACAGCUCUGCUAUGCUGAAGAUCAGUUGGCUGGAGAAGACCGACUCUGGAGUUUACAAAUGCAGAGCUUCCAACUCUGCUGGCUUUAAAGAGACCAGCGGCACACUCUACGUUAAAGAGCCCCCAGCGUUCACAGAGAAACCAGAAAACCAGGACGUUAUACCUGGAGCCAAAGUUUCCUUCAGAGCAGCUUUCACUGGAACUGCUCCUUUGGCUAUCAAGUGGUUCAAAGAGGAAAAAGAAAUUGUCACGGGAGGCAUUUAUUUUAUAAAGAAGGAUGCCUCUUCCAGCUCUUUGGAGCUUCACUCAGUAAAACCCAGUGACUCUUCCAAAUACACCUGUCAAGUGUCCAACGAUGCAGGGAAGGUGGACUGCACCACAGUCCUGUUUGUGAAAGAGCCUCCCGUCUUUGUGAGGAAGCUUGAUGCAACCAAACUCAUCACCAGCGGCAACUCCACCAGGCUGGAAUGCAAAGUGACGGGCAGUCCCGUAAUCAGUUUCAAAUGGUUCAAGGAUGAGAUGGAGAUCAGCACUAGUCCUAAAUUCCUAAUCAGCCUGACUGAUGUAGAGGCAACUCUUGAAAUAUUAAACUGUUCAGUGGAGGACAGUGGAGAUUACGUCUGUGUAGCAUCGAGUGAGGCAGGAAAUGACCGGUGCAGCAGUACGGUCACAGUUAAAGAACCUCCAGUCUUUAUACGUAGUUUGGAGUCCAAAGAUGUGGUGAAGGGUUCUGAGAUGAUUAUGGAGUGCCAGGUUUCUGGUUCUGCUCCUUUCACUUUGUCAUUUUAUAAAAACUCUAAAAUGAUCAGAAAUGACAGAAGACAUCGGAUCACUGUGAAAGAGGACCUGCUGGCCCUGCAGGUCCUGGCAGUGGAGGCAGGAGAUGUUGGUUUAUACCAGUGUGCUGUUGAGAAUGAAGUGGGCAGAUCAUCCUGUGAAUGUCAAGUAAACCUCAAAGAACCACCGUCAUUUGUAAAAAAGCACGAGAACCUCAGUCCUCUGGUUGGCAGUGACAUUUCUCUGCAGUGCAUUCUGAAGGGCUCCGAGCCCAUCACAGUGACCUGGUUAAAAGAUAACCAUGAACUGAAAGAGGCUGAAAAUGUUCAUAUUUCUUAUGAGAACAGAACUGCCAUGCUGCAGAUCAGCUGCCUUCAGAGUCAACAUGGAGGCAAAUACUCAUGUCAGGCUCAGAACCAGGCUGGCAGUCAAACAUGCUCGGCUCUGCUGAUGGUCAAAGAACCAGCUAAGAUCACAGAAGAUGUAAAGUCUAUCAGUGUGACGCAGGGGGAUCCAGCCACGUUGGAGGCUCGGUUCUCAGGCACAAAACCACUGAAGGCCAAGUGGCUAAAAGCUGGGAAGGAGCUGACCUCAGGCCAGAGAUUUAAAAUACAAACCACAGACACCAGCUCUGUACUCAAGAUUAUCAAAACUGAGAAAAGCGACAGUGGUGAAUUCAUCUUUGAGAUUUUAAAUGACGUUGGUCAAAGUUCUUGCGAGGCCACCCUUACUGUCCUUGAUCAAGUAUUUCCUCCAUCUUUUACAAGAAAACUGAAGCAGACAGAAGGUAUCAAAGGAUCAUUUGCUCAGCAGGAGUGCCUUGUGGCUGGCUCCCUGCCAAUAACCAUCCAGUGGUUCAAAGAUGAGAAGGAGAUCCAGGCUGAUGAGAAACACAAAUGUACAUUUUUUGAGAAUGUUGCUUGUCUGGAAAUAUCUGAUCUUCACAUUAAAGAUGGCGGCAGUUAUACCUGCAUAGCUAAAAACAAAGCAGGGACAGUCCAAUGCUCCGGGAUCUUGGUAGUGAAAGAACCACCUUUCAUUCUUCAAAAGCCAGAAUCCAUGAAUGUUUUGCCUGGCUCAAAGGUCCAGUUUAAUGUUCUGGUCUCUGGCACGCCACCACUGACCAUCAAAUGGUUCAAAAACAAGAAAGAGAUUUUAUCCAGUUCUGACUGUUCUGUGGUCAAAGACAACACUUCAAGCUCUCUGGAGCUCUUCUUUGCUAAAACCACUGAUUCUGGAGAUUACGUGUGUGAAAUACAGAAUGAUGUUGGCUCCACCUCCUGUCAGGCAGCACUCUUUGUCAAAGAGCCUCCUAAGUUUACACGGACCCCGGCUCGUUUGUCUGUAGUGCGACCCGGUCAGAGUAAAGUGUUUGAGUGUCAGGUAACUGGAACACCUGAGAUAGACAUCUACUGGUUCAAGGAAGGCUCUGAGAUCAGUGCUGGUGAUCGGCACGUGAUUACCUUCGUUAAUUCAGUGGCCACUCUGGAAGUCUGUGGAGCUGAUGCCAAAGAUGGCGGCCUUUACUACUGCGAGGCUCGCAAUGAGGCCGGCAGUGUGAGCUGCAGCAUGGAGCUCAAGGUCAAAGAGCCACCAUCAUUUAUUAAAGAACUGUGUGCAGCUGAGGCGGUGAAGGGCUCCAGAGCCUGUUUUGAGUGCCAGGUUGCAGGGACAAGUCCGUUUGAGAUAACAUGGCACAAAGAUGGAAAGGAGAUCAAGCCCAGUGCUAAACAUGGCUUUUCCCAGCUGAAUGACACUUUGAGCCUGGAGGUGCACAGGUGUGAUGCUGUAGAUGUUGGUGAAUAUCAGUGUAAUGUAGCUAACGAGGUGGGCAGCUGUACCUGUAAGACGACACUAAACCUCAAAGAACCACCAACAUUUACGAAGAAACUCGAGGACAGUGUUACCAUUCUGGGUAAGAAGGCAGAGUUUCAGUGUGUUGUGGUAGGCUCGCCCACUCUGUCUGUACAAUGGCAGAAAGAUGAGGACUGGAUCCUGGAGGAUCCAAAGAUUGAGAGAACAUUUGAGAACAACGUGGCGACUCUCAGGAUUCCUGCUUCUGAGGCGUCUCACAGCGGUAAAUAUGUCUGUCAGGUGGUAAACGAGGCUGGACAAGAUAAGUGCUUUGCUUCUCUCACAGUGCAAGAGCCUCCUCAGAUCUUAGAGAAACCUGAGGAGAUGAAAGUUACCGUUGGAGAUCCAGUCAGUCUGGACUGUAAGGUGAAAGGCUCACCUGAGCUCAAGGUGAGAUGGAUGAAAGAUGGCAGGGAACUGCAGUCCAUCAGGCAGCACAAGCUGAUCUUUGAGAACAACAUCAGCAGUCUGAAGAUCCAGGCUGCUCAGAGAGCCGACGAAGGAGAAUAUGUGUUCGAGGUGUCAAACCACAUCAGUAGCUGCUCUUGUAAAGUCAAAGUGGUCGUCUUAGAACAAGUGAUCGCACCGAGCUUCAUCAAACCACUCGUAAACAUGCAGGAGAUUUUGGGCUCCUUUGUGCAGAUCUGUUGUAAAAUAUCUGGUUCCCUGCCCAUCUCUGUGGAGUGGCAGAAAGACGGGAGAAAGAUCUCAAGUGGUGUCAAGUACAAACUCAUUCAGCAGGACAACUCUGUGUCAUUGGAGAUAGAACAGCUUGAGAUCUCUGAUGGUGGAUCUUACUCUUGUAAGCUGACAAACGCAGCAGGAAGCUGUGAAAGUAGUGGAUCCCUCACAGUCAAAGAGCCGCCCAGCUUUGUGACGCUGCCCGAACCGCAGGUGGCUCUGCCCAAUGCCACCGUGCGCUUCAAAAGCACAUUUAAAGGCAUGCCUCCGUUCACUGUCAAAUGGUUCAAGGAGGACACGGAGCUCAUGACUGGGCCCAGUUGUUUUACAGGCAUGGACGAAACCUCGUGCUUCUUAGAGCUCUACUCAGUGGCCGUAACUCAGACUGGAGUUUAUUCUUGCCAAGUCAGCAAUGAUGCUGGUUCUGUACGCUGCAGUGCAGAUUUAACAGUCAAAGAACCACCUGAGUUUGUGCUGAAACUCCCCGCCACUAAGUUUGUGAAGCGGGGUGAAUCACUCCGGCUGGAGUGUAAAGUCAGUGGCUCGGCCCCCCUGAAAGCCACCUGGUACAAACACGACACCAGGGUCUCAGAGGGGGGGACCUGCAGGACAUCUUUUGUUGACUCGGUGGCAGUCUUGGAGCUGCUGUCCAGCAGCUUUGAUGAUGAUGGAGUGUACACGUGUGAAGCUCAGAAUGAUGCUGGCAGUGUCAGCUGCAGCACCACCCUAACUGUGAAAGACCCCCCAUCCUUUGUGAAAGUACCCCAGCCCAUUGAGGGUCUGAAGGGUAAGGACGUUAGCUUGUACUGUGAGAUGAGUGGUUCAGCUCCGUUCCAGGUCACCUGGUUCAAAGACAGGAAACCUCUGAUGGAGAGCAGGAAGUUUAAGAUGGUGAGCGAGGGCAGCUCAGCCACGCUGCAUGUCAUUGGGAUAGAGGCUUUGGACGCCGGCGAGUAUGAGUGCAAAGUGUCGAACAGUGUAGGAAGUGAGAGCUGCAGCACGUCUGUUAAACUCAGAGAGCCACCGUCGUUUGUGAAGAAAAUGUCAAACAUGACAGUGAUACUUGGAGAGGAGGUGACCCUUAUGGCCACUGUUAAAGGCUCUGAACCUAUUACUGUGUCCUGGGUUCAGGACAAGGAUCACAUUCUCAGGGACAGUGACAACAGGAAAAUCACCUUUGAGAACAACCAGGUGGCACUAAAAGUCUUUAAAGCUGAUGCAACCACAGCAGGGAAAUACACAUGCCAGCUCAGAAACGAUGCUGGGACUGUCGAGUGUUUCGCUAACUUGACUGUUCUAGAACCCGCUAAGAUUGUGGAUAAACCUGAUGCUCUGAGUGUGACGGCAGGAGACAUCGCUGCCCUGGAGGUCAAAGUGUGCGGAACGCCGGAGCUCGUCCCCAAGUGGUUCAAAGACGGUGUGGAGCUGGCCUCUGGGAGGAAAUACAAGAUCUCCUUUUCCCGGAUGAUCUCCAGCCUGAACGUGGUCAAUGUUGAGAAAUUGGACUCUGGGGAAUAUACAUUUGAGGUCAUGAACCAAGUUGGGAAGGACCUGAGUAAAAUUAACCUCACUGUUUUAGAUAAGAUAGUUCCUCCAACAUUCACCAGGAAACUGAAGGACUGUAAGAUGGUUGUCGGAGAAGCUGCAGAGAUGGAGUGUAAAGUGUCGGGCUCCCCACCUUUCACCAUUUCCUGGUACCUUGAUGGCGAGGAGAUCCAGAGUGGGCCGAACUACGAGGUUUUGUUCAGCGACAAUAGCUGCACGCUCAGAGUUCCCACCCUGAAGCUGUCAGACUCUGGACUUUAUAAAUGUGUAGCUGUCAACAAGGCAGGAUCCAGUGAAACAUCCUCCACGUUGGAUGUCAAAGAACCUCCAUCCUUCGUGGUUCCACUGCAGCCAAUGGAGGCCAUGCCCGGUUCUAACAUGACCUUCUCAGCCAUGGUGAAGGGCAGCACCCCCCUCACACUUAAGUGGUUCAGAGGAACCAAGGAAAUCCUGCCAGGAAAGGACUGCAAUUUCUCCUUGAAGGAUAACCAAGUUACCCUGGAGCUUUUCAACGUGAACCGAUCUCACACUGGAGAGUACACCUGCCAGAUCAUUAAUGACGCCGGAAAGGAAAGCUGCGUUGCAAACCUCUCUGUCAAAGAGCCGGCAACCUUCUCUAAGAAGCUGAAGGACGUUUCAGUGGAAAAGGGAAAACCUUUGACCCUUGAAUGUUCCUACACUGGGACCCCAAAGAUCACAGUGAGCUGGUUCAAAGACGGCCAGCAGAUCUUUGCUUCAUACAGAUACAACAUCACCACAACAGAAAGCUCCUGCAUCCUGGAGUGUCUCAGCACUGAUGACAAGGAAGCUGCAGGAACGUACUGCUGCCAGGUGUCAAACGACGCUGGAAAAGACACAAGCGAGGCUGUUGUGUCUAUCCUGGAGUCACCAUACUUCGUGGAAUCUCUGGAACCCAUGGAGGUGACAACAGGUGAUGCUGUGUGCCUGAAGUGUCAAGUGGCGGGCACACCUGAGAUCAAGGUGUCCUGGUUCAAGGCUGAUGGUAAGGUCCGGUCCAGCCCUACCUGUAAGCUGGAGUACUCGAAAGGUGUGGCCUGUUUGAAGCUCAGCAAAGCCACCAAAGCUGACAUCGGAGAGUACACCUGCAAGGCAGAGAACAAGAUUGGCUCUGCCUCCUCCACUUGCAGACUCACUGUGUUAGAGGCCAAAACACCACCAUCCUUCCCGAAGAAGAUCACAAGCCUUCAGGAGACAAAGGGUCAGCCAGUCCGAUUCGAGUGCCGUGUUGCUGGCUCAUCACCCAUUGAGGUAUCAUGGCUGAAAGACGGCGAGCCUCUGACUGAAGGAGGUGAGUUCUCCAUGCUGUACGAUGACAACACUGCUGGGCUGCAGAUCGCCCAUGGAGAAAUGAGGCAUUCAGGAGAAUACACCUGUGUGGCCACCAACAGCGUGGGCUCAGCCUCCUGCAGAGCCAAACUUACCAUGCAAGAACCCAGAUAUGCACCGGUCUUGGACAGGAAGUUGUCCCCACUGGAGGUGACAGUGGGUGACACCAUUGAACUGGAGUGUCACAUGACUGGCUCUGCCCCUAUUAAAGUCACAUGGUCCAAAGACCAUAAAGAUAUUCGCUCUGGUGGAAACUAUAAGCUCAGCUGUGAAGGCAACACUCCCCACCUGAGCAUUCUGAAGGCAGAUAAAUCUGACACUGGAAAAUAUUUCUGCCAUGUUUCUAAUGACAUUGGGAAGGACUCGUGUUCGGCUGAUAUCACUGUUAAAGAGCGCAAAAAUCCUCCAGUGUUUACCAAAAAGCCUUCAGAGCACAUCGAGGAUAUGGAGGGCAAACUGGUGAAAAUCGAGGGCCGAGUCACCGGAUCUCAGCCCAUGUCUGUCAGCUGGUUCAAAGACAACAAGGAGAUCCUCACUUCAGACAAAUAUGACAUCAGUUUUAAGAGCAACAUGACAGUUCUGUGCAUUAAGAGCAGCCAGGUGUCGGACAGCGGCCGGUAUUCCUGCCAGGCCUCCAACGAAGCUGGAAGAACGUCCUGCGACAUCACUGUGGGCAUACUCGACGCCAAGAAGCCUCCAGUGUUUGAUGUUCCACUCAAACCAGUGGCUGUAGAUGAAGGCGACCGGUUGAGCCUCAGGUGUCAUGUGUGCGGAUCUCCUCCUCUGAAGAUCCAGUGGAUGAAGGACAGGAGGGAGCUCACGUCAGCUGGCAGCACUAGAAUCAGCUUCUCCGAGGGGACGGCCUGUGUGGAAAUCAGCCCCGUCUCCAAACAUGAUGCCGGCGAUUACCUCUGCAAGGCUACCAACGAUGCUGGCAGCGAGUUCUGCAAGUCCAAAGUCACUGUCAAAGAGAAACCAGGAGCAGUUCCACCUCCUGCUGAAGCCCCAGCAGCCGCGCCGACCAAAAAACUGCAGAACCUGUUUUUCAUAGAGGAGCCUAAAGCUGCGCACGUCACAGAGAAGGGAACUGCCACCUUCAUUGCCAAGGUGGGUGGGGACCCCAUCCCCAGUGUGAAAUGGAUGAAAGGAAAAUGGCGGCAGCUCACGCACGGCGGCCGCAUUUCCAUUGAGCAGAAAGGUCAGGAAGCCAAGCUGGAGAUCAAAGAGGUGACCAAGUCGGACUCGGGUCAGUACCGAUGCGUUGCCUCCAAUAGGCAUGGAGAAAUCGAAUGCAGCACGGACAUGCACGUGGACGAUAAGAAAGUUGCGCCGCAGCUUGAAGGAGACCUCCGAGCCAAACUGAAGAAGACACCGUCAAAGCAGAAGAGUCCUCAGGAGGAGAAGGCCAUCGACAUUGUUGAGCUGCUGAGAAAUGUUGACCCCAAAGAGUAUGAGAAAUAUGCCAGAAUGUACGGCAUCACUGACUACAGAGGUCUGCUGCAGGCCAUAGAGCAACUCAAGAAGGAGAAGGCUGAAGAAAGUGGAAGACCGGAAAUGGAACGUGGAGACAGAGAGUCUGAUGAGGACAUGGCCCGACUGGUGGCCGACCUGCAGAAGAGGAUGGAGAGGACAGAGCCCGUCACUGUAGAGAAGGACAUCUCCAACCAGUCUGUCUUCACCAAUGAGGACGCGGUGUUCGAGUGCGAGAUCAAGAUCAACUACCCAGAGAUCACACUGUCCUGGUACAAGGGCACACAGAAACUGGACAACGGUGACAAAUACGACAUCAGCAUCAGUGGCGACCGCCACUUGCUCAGAAUCAAGAAUUGUCAGUCAUUGGAUCAGGGCAACUACCGAGUGGUGUGUGGACCACACAUCUCCAGUGCUAAGCUCACCGUCACAGAGGUGGAGGUGGAGAGGCACCUGCAGGACACCUCGGGUAAGGACGGCCAGCCGUGCACGCUGUCUUGUCAGUUGUCCGUUCCUAAUGUUCAGGCUCAGUGGUUUAAAAACGGCCUGCAGUUAGAGAUGAAGGGCAGGUACUCAUCUGAGGUGAAACACAAGGUCCAGAAGCUUCUGAUCCGAGACUUGAAGCCCGAAGACCAGGGCACAUACUCGUGCAGGUACCGGCACCUGGAGUCUUCGGCGGAGCUCAGGGUGGAAGCUGAACAAAUUCAUUUCACCAAACGCAUCCACAACAUCGAAGUCCAUGAACGACAGUCGGCCUCCUUUGAGUGUGAGGUGUCCUUCGACAACGCAAUUGUUUCGUGGUACAAAGACACCUGGGAACUGAAAGAAAGCCCUAAGUACAACUUCACAAGUGAGGGCCGAAGACAUUUCAUGGUCAUCCGAAAUGUGACCAUCGAAGAUGAAGGCGUAUACUCAGUGAUUGUGAGGUUGGAGCCCAAAGGAGAGGCUAAGAGCACAGCUGAGCUUUAUUUAUCUGCCAAAGAAAUCGAGUUAGCCAUGGUGCCGACAGAUAUCCCUGACUCCUCGGUUCAGAGGCCCGAGGUGCCCUCGUCAGUGGACAUCCGAGAAUCUACUGAACUCUAUCAGUUUGAAGAAAAGAUCGAACAGAGAGAAUCGACCGACUAUUCGUAUCAGUAUGAAGAGGAGGUGCAGCAGCAAGUGGAGCUUCAGAGCUGGACAGAGAAGAUGACGACUCAGCAGGUUUCUGAGAUCCAAGCUGCCAGAGUUGCCGUUGAGGAGAAGGUGGAGACCAAGAAAGCUGAACUGAGGGAGGAAAUCCCGACUAAAGUGGAGCGGAAGUCGGAAGAGAAGCCGAGAGCAGCUGUGGAGGAGCCGACACCUCAGAGAGAACUGGAGGUCAGGGAGUCAGUGGAGAAAAAGGUUCCUGUAGUUUCAGUCCCAGAGAAGAAGGAAGCUGCAGCUCCUAAAGAACCAGAGGAGGUGAAGAAGCCGCUCGUUGUUCCCACUCCGCCUGCAGAGAAACCUCAGCUGCCAACCAAAGAUGAGCCCAAACCUCAGAUUCCAGCAGAACCCAAAAUGGUUGUGCCUGAAGCCAAGCCAAGAGCAGCACCAGAACCCAAACCUAAACCUGUUCCAACACCAAAGGCUGAGCCAGAACCCAAGACUAAACCUGCUCCAGCUCCAAAGGCUGAGCCAGAACCCAAGAUUAAGCCUGCUCCAGCUCCAAAGGCUGAACCUGAAGUGACACCAGUGGAGCCUCCAUCCAAAGCCCCCGAAGAGGCUCCAAAGACCAAACCAGGACCAACAGUAACCAAGCCAGUACCUGAAGUCCUCAAACCAAAGGCAGAACCAGAGAAAACAAAACCAGAAGUCCGUAAACUUGAGCCUCCGACCACAAAGCCCGAAGCUUUAGUAUCAAAACCUGAACCAGCACCAGUACCAAAGGAACCUGAGAGAAAAGUUCUAGAAGAACCAAAGAAGAGGAAGGAGUUGUCUCCUCCUCCUCCUUCUCCUCCUCCUGUCCCUCAGAAGGUCCAAAUUGAAGCAGAAGAACCAAAGAAGAAACCACUUAAAGUUCCCGUGGAAGAAAAAGUCCCGGUGCCUCCACGAGCAGCAAAGAAACCUGAACCCGAAGUCGUUCCUCCCAAAGAAGAACUGGCUCAGAAAGAAAAAGCUCUGAAGCCCAAACAGAAACCCCAAGAGUUGCUGGAAAAGGUCCCUCUGAAGGUCUCUGAGGAGGCGGUGGUGUUGGAGACCAAACCUGAGUCUGUACCAGACAGAAAACCUCUGAGGAAACCUGAGGUGAAGGAAAAACCUCCUGAGAAGAUCCCAGACGAGGUGGUGACACCUGAGAGAAGGCUGGAGGAAACUCCAAAGGUGGUCAUUGCAAAGAUUCCAGAAGAACCUCCAGAGAAAGUAGAGGAGAAGGUUCCUUCUCAGGGGAAACUUGAUAAGGUUCCUCAGAAGGAGACUGAAGAGAAGAAGCCACCUGAAAAGGUCAAAGUGAAGCCUGAAGACGUAAAACCUGAACAGGUGAAGAAACAACCAGAGAAGAUAUCUGUGUCACAAAAGGUUCCUGCUAAAAUCCCUGAGAAGGUCCAAGCUAAACGGGCACCAGAAGAACUUGGUCCUAAAGAAACCCAAGUCCAGAAGAUUGAGAAGAUUGAGAGGAUCAAAGAUCAAGAGAUCCAACCGUUUGUUCCUGGAGAAGAAACUCGUCUUGUCCGGACGGAGCAAAGACAAGAAGCUGGGAGGAAACGGGAAGAUCAUCUCGUUCCACAGGAAGUCCCUCACACCAAGGAGGAGGAUGAACGGGAUGAAGAUCGGGACAUCUUAGCUGUAACAGAAUCAGAGGAACGAAGGUCUGAGCUCAGAGGACAAUCUGUUACCGACUCUUCAACCAGGAAACUUGGAACCGUUUCAAAACCUCCAGAAAAACCAGGUUCAGUCGCUGAAGCUGAACUCGUUAAACCUGCAGCAGAGAUCCAAACUUCAGAUGCCCCCGAGAAAAAACACAGCAAAGAACCAGAAAUAAAAACCACGUCAGCAGAGACAGAACCGGUCCAACCCAGAACCACUCCAAUACCUGACGCAUCAGUUAGACAGAAACCAGAGAGGAAGGUUCAAUCUGAUGCAACAGUGGAGGUAGAACGGCACAGAGUUCCUUCAGAAGAGUCGGUAACAGACUUGAAGCUGACGAGACCAAAGAAGACCAGACAGGAGACCGAGUCUGAGCUCCAGACGUCUGCAGAUGUUUCUGCUCAGACCUUCAGAAAACCUUCAGCCUCUGUGGAACCAAAGGAAGAGAAGAUUUCUACAGUCAGAGAAACUGAAGACAAAUCUGAGGCGGUCAGAAGUCCUGCAGCUGAAACAAAGCUGAAGAAAGUUGUUGAAAAGGAGAAGGAGCCUCCACCGCAGGUCAAAGAAACAAGGCCAGCCGCUCCUAAAGAAGCUGCUGUAAAAGUUCCUGAAGAUGCAAAAGAACCCAAAGUCUUUGAAAAACCAAUGGUUCCACACGAAGAAACAAAGCCAGUGACAAAGCCACAACCUACCGUUAAGCCCGAAGAACCGAUCAAAGUGGCUCCAGAAGAGAAGAAACCAGUUGUGGUGGAAACAAUUCCUUCAGUUCCAGAUGAAACCAAGGGACCGGUCCAGGCACCAGGAGGAGUUCAGAAAGAACCAGUUCUGCACAAAAAGGGUAAAAUUGGUGUGGAAGAGGAUGGGACUUUUGAGAUUCCUACCUUAAAGAAAGCAACUCGCAUCAUGAGAGAAGUGGAAGAAGAACAUGAGGUCAUCACACUAAAGAAGAUCCCAUCAGUUCCAUCUAAAGAACCUGAAGAGGAGAAAAAGCCUCAGAAGGUCACCCAAACCACUCUUUUUCAUGCCGAGGAAAUGGUGCAUGAAGAGGAGGAUGUUGAGAUAUCAGUGGUCACCAGGAGGACCGUAGAGGAGAGGAAGUCUCGAGACAAAGCUGAGGUGGUGAAAAAGCCAGAAGUUGUUCAACCUAAACCGCGGGAAGAAAAAGAAGCUCCUAAAGAUGCAUGGACUCGCCAGAAACCCACACCUAAAGAUGAAAAACCAGAAGACAAGAUUUCUCUAAAGAAAACUCCAAAAUCACUAAAGGAAGCAGAACCUGCCCUUCCUGAUUCAGCCCUGAAAAAAGUAAAAAAGUUGCCUUUAGCUGAAGCUGAACCGGAAGUGGUCAAACUGAAACCUUUUGAGAAGCCACAAAAACCAUCAGAGGAACCAGAGAAAGAUAAGAAGGAGAGGCCCGACAGAGACACCAUUUCUUUCCAGAAGGGAGAGCGGAUCCCCAGAGACGUGGAAGCUAAGGAACCUUCAAAGAAACCUGACGAGCCACUUCCUGAGAUAAAGGAGCCCCCUCCCAAAGUGCCUAAGCCAGUAGAUAAGAAGAAAACUCCAGAGAAGGAGCCUGAGGAGGUAAAAGGACCCACCAAAGUGAAGAAAAUUCCAACAGCUGAACAAGAGAAGGGGGCUGUCAAGCUGAAGCCCGUCUCUAAACCUUCAAAAGAAGCUGCAGAGCCUGAGAAAAAACCAUUAGAAAAGAAAGAGACGAAACCAUCUGAUGACCUUCAGCGUCGUAGCAGAAGUCCUGUUGAAAAAACAAAAGCAAAAGAGCCAGAAGCUAAGCUGAAGAAAUCUGAGGUCCCAGAGGUGCCAGAGAAAAAGCCAGAGAAACCAAAGGAGGUAGAAGAAGUUCCAGUAGAGAGGCCUACUCCUGUUCCAGUCUCUGUUAAGAAACCUGACAAGAUAGACGAGGAGCCCAAACGCCCGGAGCUUAAGAAAGGGGUCGUACCCAAGAAGAAAGAGGAGAAAGAGGAAGUGGCUCUGAAGCCAGUGGAACAACUCAAGAAGGUAGAGCUCAAGAAAACACCAUCUCCUAAAGUUGAAAAGCUCAAAGAACUGGAGGCAGGCUCAGCUGAGAGGAGGCCAAGUGUGGAGAAACUCAAAAGGGUUCCAAAGACUGUCUCACCUAAAGACUCGAUUGAAGCUGUGACUCUUAAAAAAGCUCCAAAGAAGCCAUCACCAGAAGAACCGAAGGCUGAAGAACCAGCAAAGCCCGAUAAAGGAAAAGUUCCCCUAGCUAAGGAGGUCUCUCCUGGAGCCGUACAGAUGAAAAAGGUUUCCACCCAUCCUGAGGAGGAGGUGUUUGAAGAGGAGUUCAAAGCUGAGGAAGAGGCUGAGCUGGAGGAAGAGGAGGCGUGGGGCUGGGAGCUGGUUCCUCGGGACAGUUAUGGCUCUGAGGACUGGGAAGGUGAAGAAGAAGAAGGGGCUCUGGAGGUUCCAGGGGUGACCAGGAGAGAGGGACAACCAGCAGAGGAAGCAGGAAGAGGGCGAGGCAGAGGCCUCAGACCCAAGCAGACCCCUUCCCCCGGAGAGGGCAGAGGUCGUGGCCUGAGGCCUGGUGGCAAGGGUCCACCUCCUCCAGAGGAACCGUUUGCAGGCUUCAAACUCAAAGCUGUCCCCCUGAAGUUCAUCAAGAAGCUUCAGGACAUUGUGCUGCAGGAAGCCGAAUCCAUUGGAUCUUCUGCUGUGUUCGAGUGUGAGGUCUCUCCGUCCACUGCCGUCACUUCCUGGAUGAAAGAUGGCGGUAACCUGCGCGAAAGUCCCAAACACAAGUUCACUUCUGAUGGUAAAGAUCGUAAGCUGCAGAUCAUUGAUGUCCAGCUGUCUGACACUGGUGAAUACACCUGCGUGGCUAAGAACGCUGGCAAGGAGAUUUCAUGCACUGCCAAGCUCAUAGUUGAAGAGCUUCCUGUUAAAUGGAUCAAAGAGCUGGAAGAGGAGACAUCAGCAAUAAAGGGCCAGGCAAUCUACAUGACCUGUGAGCUGAACAAAGAGAAAGAUGUGGUCUGGAGGAAGGACGGCCAAGUCCUGAAGAAGAAAGAGGGCAAGAUCCAGAUCAACAUCAUUGGCAUGCAGCAUGCCGUGACCAUCCAGAGUUCCUCAGAGGAAGAUGCUGGUUGUUACUCCUGUGAAGUGUCCGAACAGGAAGACGUCAAGACGUCUACAAACCUCAAAGUGAUCGAGAUUAUCAAAGACUGGAUUGUGAGGCCACUUAAAGACCAGCAUGUGAAACCAAAGGCCACAGCUACGUUUAAAUGUGAGCUCUUCAGAGACACUCCCAACUGGAAGUGGCUCAAGGGAGAGAACGAGGUCACUCCGUCUGACAAGGUUGAGAUCAAGAAGGAAGGGAAGGAGCUGACUCUGACCAUCAAGAACUGUCAGCCAGACGAUGUAGCAGACUACGCCAUGGAAGUGGAAGGACGUGUCUACAUGGCCAAGCUAACUCUAGGAGAGCGGGAGGCUCAGAUCCUGAAGCCCCUGGCCAGUGUUGAGGUGGUAGAGAAGCAAGAUGCCACAUUUGAGACAGAGAUAUCUGAGGACGAUGUUCCAGGGGAAUGGAAACUCAAAGGAGAGGUUUUGACCAGGUCUCCGACCUGUGACAUCCAAAUGGAGGGCACGGUGCGCAGACUUGCGCUGAAAAACUGCCAGCUGGAUCACGCCGGUGAAGUUUCUUACCAGGCUCUGAACGCAAUCACAACCGCCAUGUUGAAUGUCAGAGAGAUCGAAAUGGAUUUUGUUGUCCCGCUGAAGGACGUGUGUGUGCCUGAAAAGAAACAGGCCAAGUUUGAAUGCUCCAUCACGAAGGAUGUCUCUAAGGUCAUGUGGUACAGAGGGGCUGACAUAAUUACCCCUGACCAAAAGUAUGACAUCAUCGAUGAUGGAAAGAAGCACAUGUUGGUCAUAAACUGCUGUGAGUUUGAUGAUGAGGAUGAAUAUACCAUUGAAGUUUUGGGCAAAACUUCAACAGCUAGACUCGUGGUGGAGGGUAUCAGACUCAAAUUUAUCUCACCGCUAAAGGACCAAACUGUAAAGGAGGGUCAAACAGCUCGUUUUGAGCUGGAGCUUUCCCACGACAACAUCCCUGUCAACUGGUUCAAGAACGAUGUUAAAAUCCAUCCGAGCCGAACUGUCGUCGCCCACGUGGACGGAAAGAGACAUGUGCUAGAAAUAAAGGAUGUGACUCUAGAUGAUAUCUGCCAAAUUAAAGCCGAGGCCAAAGGAGUUCCUUCCAUGGCCAACCUGACGGUUAUAGAGGGAGAUCCUUACUUCACAGUCAAGCUGCAGGACUAUACUGCAGUGGAGAAAGACAAUGUGAUUCUAGACUGUGAGCUCAGCAAAGACGUAGACGUCAUGUGGUACCACAACGAGGCAGAAAUCAAGGCCUCGAAGACGGUGGCCAUUAAAGCCGAAGGCAAACGCAGAACCCUGGUGAUCAGGAAGGUUGGGGACAAAGACAAAGGGCAGUAUGUAUGCGACUGUGGGACAGAUAAAACAACAGCAGAGCUUCACAUUGAAGCUCGCCACAUCAAAGUGGUACGGCCCAUGUAUGGCUCUGAAGUGUUAGAAGGAGAGACUUCUCGAUUUGAGGUCGAGCUCAGUGAAGACGAUGUCCAUGGCCAGUGGAAACUAAAUGGAGAAGUCCUCAGUCCAUCUGCUGAUGUGGAGAUUGUGGAGGAUGGCGCCAAACACACCCUAGUGUUGUACAACUGCAAAGUUCCUCAGACAGGCGAGCUGGUGUUCACUGCCGCCAACGCCAAGUGUUCUGCUAACCUGAAAGUGAAGGAACUUCCCGUCUCAUUUGUUACGCCACUGGCUGACAUGCACGUUUACGAAAAGGAUGAGGCAAAGUUUGAGCUGGAAGUUUCUAGAGAACCCAAAAGUUUCCGUUGGCUGAAGGGAGCUCAGGAGUUAACGAACGACGAUAAGUUUGAAAUCCAGACUGAUGGCAAUCGGCAUGCUCUUAUUGUGAAAUCUGCCCGAUAUGAAGACGAAGCCAAAUACAUGUUUGAGGCUGAAGAUAAGAGGACGUCUGCAAAACUGGUUAUUAAAGGUAUUCGUCUUGAGUUUAUCAAGCCGAUUAAAGACGUGACUGUAAAGGAACGUGAAACUGCAGAGUUCAGUGUUGAACUCUCUCAUGAAAAGAUACCUGUAGUGUGGUACAGAAACGAUGUGCGGCUGCACCCCAGUAAGGUGGUGCACAUGUCAGAGGAGCGAAAAGUCCACACUCUGGCUUUCAAGGAGGUCUCAAUCGAUGACACCUCCAUGAUUAAAGUGGAGGCCAUGGGGAAGACAUCAGAGGCCAUGCUCAUUGUGCUUGAGGGCGACCUCUACUUCACAGUCAAACUCCAGAACUACACCGCUGUCGAAAAGGACGAGGUGCUCUUGUCCUGUGAACUGAGCAAGGCCGGCGCUGAGGUCAAAUGGUUCAAAGACGGUAACGAGAUAUUUCCAUCCAGGAACGUUCUGUUUCAGUCUGAUGGCAGGAAGCGCACAUUGCUCAUCAAGAGGGCAGCCAAGAAAGACAUGGGAGUAUACGCCUGCGACUGUGGCACCGACAAAACCACCGCAGACCUGAACAUCGAAGAGCGUGAUAUCAAGGUGACCCGCCCGCUGUACAGUGUGGAGGUGACAGAGACCGAGACUGCCACCUUUGAGACGGAGAUUUCUGAGGACGACCUCCACGCCGUCUGGAAACUGAAGGGAGAGACGCUCCACUCCUCUGCUGAUGUGGAGAUUAAGGAGGAAGGAGCCCGACACACACUGACCCUCUACAACUGCAAGAUGGACAUGGCUGGAAGCAUCGACUUCUCAGCAGCGAACGCUAAAUCUACAGCUCAGCUCAGGGUCAAAGCCCGAGUCAUCGGCCUGGCGAAGCCUCUGAAGGAUGUGACCGUGACCGCCGGGGAGACCGCCACCUUUGAGUGCGAGCUGUCAUAUGAAGGCAUCGCUGUUGAGUGGUUCCUGGGGGGUACAAAGCUGGAACCGAGCGACAGAGUGGUGCUGAAGUCAGAUGGGAAAGUCCACAGCGUUACCGUGAGAGACGUCCAGCUGAGUGAAGCUGGACAGGUCACACUCUCCAGCAAGGAGUUCCAGGCGGAGGCCAGCCUCUUCGUUAAAGAGCCACCGGUGGAGUUUACCAAACCUUUGGAGGACCAGACCGUGGAGGAGGAGUCCACCGCAACGCUUGAGUGUGAGAUUUCCAGAGAGAACGCGGAGGUGCAGUGGUUCAGAGACGGACAGGACAUCCGCAAGACCAAGAAGUACGAAGUGAUUGCCGAUGGCCGCAAGAGGAUACUGCUCAUCCACGAGUGCACAAUGGACGACUCGAGGACUUACAUGUGUGACGCCAAAGACUUCAAGACCUCCUGCUUCCUCAACGUAGAACCUCCACAUGUCGAGUUCUCCAAGCCGCUCCAUGAUGUGGAGGUCAGAGAGAAGGAGUCUGCCAGGUUUGAAUGUGAAGUUUCCAGAGAGGACGUCAAGGUCCGCUGGUUUAAAGACGGAAGUGAAAUCAGAAAAGGAAAGAAAUAUGAAAUUCUUGCUGAAGGCCGCCAACACAUCCUGAUCGUCCACAAGUCUGUGUUUGAUGAUGAAGCUGAAUACGAAUGUGACGCAAAGACCUCCAAAUCUUCCGGCAUGCUCACCGUGGUCGAGGAGGAGACCAGGUUCACCAAGAACCUGUCCAACGUGGAGGGGACGGAGACGGACAGCGUGAGGCUGGUCUGUGAGGUGUCCAAGCCCAGCGCAGAUGUUAUCUGGUACAAAGGUGACGAGGAGCUGCCUGAAGGAGGACGCUACGACCAGAUCGUUGAUGGCAAGAGGAGGAUCCUCCUCAUUCGGGACCUGCAGAUGAGUGACGCAGGAGAGUACAACUGCAGGCUCAGUCCCACCAUCAGAACCUCAGGAAACCUCCAGAUCAAUGAAAUGGCUGCUGAGUUCACCUCCAGGCCUCAGAACCAGGAGGUGGUGGAGGGCCAGAAGGCAGAGUUCACCUGCUCCGUCUGCAAGGAAACCUUUGAGGUGAAGUGGAAGAAGGGUGACAAAGAGCUGGAGGCAGGAGACAAGUACCAGAUGGUGAGCGACGGCAAGAGGCGAACUCUGGUCAUCAAGGACUGCGAGCUCAAAGACGAGGGCGGCUACGUGGUGGUGAUCGGGGCCACGAGAGCUGGCGCUGACUUGACGGUGCACGAGAAACUGAAGGUCAUCACCCCUCUGAAGGACACGGAGAGUAAAGAAGGUCAGGAGGUGGUCCUGAACUGCGAGGUCAACAUAGAUGGAGCCAAGGCCAAGUGGCUGAAGAACGACGAGACACUGUUUGAGAGCAGCAAGUAUACCAUGGUCCAGAGAGACAACGUCUUCUCCCUGAGGAUCAAAGAUGCCCAGAAGGGAGACGAAGCCAACUACAGCAUCAACCUGACGAAUCAGAGAGGAGAACAGGCCAAGAGCUCCUGCAGCCUCACCGUCAAAGAGGAGAGUCUGAGAAUCGUGGUUCCUCUGGAGGACAUCGACACUCAGGAGAAGAAGACCAUCAGCUUUUCUUGUAAGGUCAACAGACCCAACGCCACUCUGAAGUGGAUGAAGGCUGGCGAGGAGAUCGUCCUCAGCAAACGCAUUGUCUAUAGAGUGGAGAAAGAAAAGCACACGCUGACCAUCAAAGACUGCACGCUGGCCGACGAGGGCGAGUACACCGCCGUGGCUGGAGAUGACAAGUCCACCGCGGAGCUGAUCAUCAGCGAGGCACCGACUGACUUCAACGUUCACCUCAAGGAUCAGACCAUCACUGAGUUUGACGAUGCAGAGUUCAUGUGCAAGCUGACUAAGGAGAAGGCAGAAGUGAAGUGGUACAGGAAUGGCCGUGAGAUCAGAGAAGGACCCAGAUACACUUUUGAGAGGGAUGGAAAGUUUUGCACUUUGCGUAUCAAAGAGUGCAGACCCGACGAUGAGUGUGAGUAUGCCUGUGGCGUGGACGAGAAGAGGUCCAGAGCCAGGCUCUUCGUUGAAGAGACGCCGGUGGAGAUCAUCCGACCGCCACAAGACAUGUUCGAGCCUCCGGGCUCUGACAUAGUGUUCGAGGUGGAACUGAAUAAGGACCGGGUGGAGGUGAAGUGGUUGAGGAACAACAUGACGAUCGUCCAAGGAGACAAGUACCAGAUGAUGAGCGAGGGGAAACUACACCGGCUGCAGGUCUGUGAGAUCAGACCCAGAGACCAGGGGGAGUACCGGGUCAUCGUCAAGGACAAGGAUGCCAAGGCCAAGCUGGAACUGGCAGCUGUGCCUCAGAUAAAAACCACAGACCAGAGCUACGUCACUGACGCUGGGAAGCCCAUAGUCAUGGCUGUCCCCUACAGUGCCUACCCUCAGGCCCAAGCUGACUGGCUCUAUGACAACCAGAGUCUGUCCAAAGACCAGAUCCACACCUCCGCAGAGCGCACCGAAUACCGACUCAAGGACCCAAGGAAGUCCGACGAAGGCCGUUACAAGAUCACGAUCAAAAACAAACACGGAGAAGGAGAAGCUUUCAUCAACUUGAGUGUCAUCGAUGUACCUGGACCUGUGAAGAACCUGCAGGUGGUUGACACCGCUGACGGUGAGGUCAGUUUGGCGUGGGAGGAACCAGAGUAUGACGGCGGCAGUAAAGUAAUUGAAUAUGUCGUGGAGAGACGUGACGAGAAGCGCAAGACAUGGACUCUGGCCACCGACCAUGCCGAAAGCACAGAGUACACAGUGACCGGGCUGCAGAAGGACUGCUUUUACCUGUUUAGAGUCUGUGCACGGAACCGGGUUGGCAGUGGACCCCUUGUUGAGACCGACAAAGCUGUGCAAGCCAAGAACAAAUUUGACGUUCCUGAUGCUCCCAUGAACCUCAUCGUGGGGAAUGUCACCAAGUUUGGGUGCACCGUCUCCUGGGAGCCUCCUGAGUCUGACGGAGGCUCUCCCAUCACCUCGUACAUUGUGGAGCUGCGCGACAGGACGUCCGUGAAGUGGUCACCUGUCCAGGUGACCAAAGCUGAUGAGCUCAGCGCCAUCAUCAAUGACGUCAUUGAGAACAAAGAGUACAUCUUCAGGGUCAAAGCUGAGAACAAAGCUGGUGAGGGCAAGCCCAGCGCUGCCUCACAACCUGUUAAGAUUAUGGAUCCCAUUGAGCGCCCCAGUCCACCUCUGAACCUGUCCUGGCAGGACCAGAACAAGAACUCGGUGCAGCUCAGCUGGGAGACUCCUCUGAAGAACGGAGGCAGCAUGAUUACCGGAUACAUCAUCGAACGCUGCGAAGAUGGCACAGACAAGUGGCUCCGCUGCAACGCCCGCCUCUGCCCCGACCUCUUCUACAAGGUAUCUGGUCUGAAAUAUGGAACUAAGUACAACUACAGAGUAUUUGCUGAAAACGCUGCUGGCAUUUCGGACCCGUCCAACACCAUUGGACCUCUGCUGGCUGACGACCCACACAUCGGUCCAACCUUUGAUCUGAGCGCUUUCAAAGAUGGCCUCGAGGUGAUCGUCCCUCAGUCUCUCGUUAUCAGAGUCCCCAUCUCUGGUUAUCCAACACCUGUCGCAAAGUGGACCUUCGGAGAGAAGGAGUUGACCACCGCAGAUGAGCGUGUCUCCUUGAUGACUAAGUCAACAUUCACAGAACUGAGCAUUGCUCCGAGUGUCCGACCCGACAAAGGCAUAUACACCCUGCAGCUGGAGAACGAUGUCACCACUGUCUCCGGAGAGAUUGAAGUCAACGUCAUUGCUGCACCCAGCGCUCCAAAGGACUUUAAGGUCCUGGAGGUGACCCGACAGCACGUCCAUCUGAGCUGGGAGGCUCCAGAGCAUGAUGGAGGAAGUCCUCUGACCGGAUAUCAGGUGGAGAAGCGAGACGUGUCCCGCAAGACCUGGGUCAAGGUUGUCACAGGGAUCCAGGAUCAGGAGUUCACUGUCACUGAUGUGGUUGAGGGAAAGGAGUAUCUGUUCAGAGUCACUGCGCUCAACAAGUGUGGCCCAGGAGAACCAGCGUAUAUUGACGAGCCUGUCAAUGUCUCCUCUCCAGCCACUGUCCCAGACCCUCCAGAGAAUCUGAGGUGGAGAGACAAGUCCGCCAGUGGCAUAUUCCUAACUUGGGAGCCACCCAAGUAUGAUGGCGGCACUGGCAUCCGAGGCUAUAAUGUGGAACGUUGCCAGAGAGGAACAGAUAAGUGGGAGCCCUGCGGAGACAUGGUACCUGAGCUGAAAUGCGAGGUGACUGGUCUGAUUGAAGGCCAGUGGUACGCAUACAGAGUCAGAGCCCUGAACCGACUUGGAGCCAGUCGGCCCUGUAAGGCCACUGAUGAGAUUCAAGCUGUGGAUCCCAAAGAGUCUCCACAGAUCCACCUGGAUGCCAAGCUGCUGGCUGGUCUGACUGCCAAAGCCGGCAGCAAGAUCGAACUUCCCGCUGAGGUGACUGGUAAACCAGAACCUCGAGUGAAGUGGACUAAAGCUGACCUGGUCCUCAAACCAGACGACAGGGUGUCCAUUGACACCAAACCAGGGCACUCCACUGUUACUGUUGCCAAGACCAAGAGAGACGACAGCUCCACUUACAUCAUUGAGGCUACCAACAGCAGUGGCCGUGCCACCGCCACUGUGGAUGUCAACAUCCUUGAUAAACCUGGUCCUCCUGCUGCUUUUGACAUUUCUGAUAUCACCAAUGAAACCUGUUUCUUGGCUUGGAAUCCUCCACGUGAUGAUGGUGGCUCCAAGGUCACCAACUACAUUGUAGAGCGUCGGGCUGCCGACAGCGAGAUCUGGCACCGUCUGUCCUCCACAGUGAAGCAGACCACAUACAAACCUGUGGGUCUGGUCAAGUUCAAGGAGUACAUCUUCAGAGUGUUUGCUGAGAACCAGUUUGGUGUUGGUCCCCCUGCUGAACACCCAUCCAUCAUUGCCAGAUAUCCCUUUGACACUCCUGGAGCUCCAUAUAAGCUGGAGCCUUCAGACAUUGCCAAGGACUCUCUGACUCUGAGCUGGUAUGAGCCGGAAGAGGAUGGAGGAAGCCCCAUCACAGGAUACUGGGUGGAGAGAUAUGAACCGGACCACGAUAGGUGGAUCCGAUGCAACAAACUGCCUAUCAAAGAUACCAACUACAGAGUCAAAGGCCUUCCCACCAGAAAGAAGUAUAAGUUCAGAGUUUUGGCUGAGAAUCUGGCUGGAACUGGAAAACCCAGCCAAGAAACCGAUCCAAUCCUCGUUAAGGAUCCAAUCGAUCCUCCAUGGCCUCCAGGUAAACCCACAGUGAAGGAUGUAGCUAAGACUUCCUGCUUCCUGAUGUGGACCAAACCCGAGCAUGACGGUGGAGCAAAGAUCGACAGCUACGUCAUUGAGAUGUUGAAGAGUGGAACAACGGACUGGAUUCGUGUGGCAGAGAACAUCAGCUUCUUGGAGUAUUUCCUGAAGGGCUUGAUGGAGAAGCAGGAGUACUCAUUCAGAGUGAGAGCCGUUAACGUGGCCGGAGAGAGUGAACCCAGUGAGCCCAGCGAUCCAGUGCUUUGCAAAGAGAGACUGAACCCUCCGUCGGCUCCUCGCUGGUUGGAGGUCGUGAGCAUCAGCAGGACCAGUGCUGAGCUGAAGUGGACGGCUCCUGAACGUGAUGGAGGGUCCAAAGUCACUAACUAUGUGGUGGAGAAGCGUGACGUCAGGCGUAAAGGCUGGCAGACUGUGGACACCACUGUCAAAGAGCUAAAGUCCACCGUGACGCCGCUGAAUGAUGGGUCGCUUUAUGUGUUCCGCGUUGCUGCAGAGAACGCUGUGGGCAUUGGACCAUUCUGUGAGCUGGAGGACUCCGUGCUGGCCAAAGAUACUUUCACAACUCCUGGGCCGCCUUACGCACUCACUGUCAACGCAGUGACCAAAAAAUAUGUGGACCUGGAAUGGGAGAGCCCUAAGAAUGAUGGUGGAAGACCCAUAAUCAGAUACUCCAUUGAGAAGAAGGAGAAACUUGGAACACGUUGGGUGAAAUGUGGCAAGACUUCAGGUCCGGACUGUAAGUACAGAGUAACAGAUGUCAUCGAGGGAACUGAGGUUCAGUUCCAGGUCUGUGCUGAGAACGAGGCUGGUGUUGGACACCCAAGUGAACCUACUGAGAUCAUCACUGUUGAAGAUCCAACAGGCAUCCCAUCUCCACCUGUUGAACUCCAUGUGACUGGGGCAAGCCGGGACUUCCUGUCCAUCGCCUGGAAGCCUCCACAACAGGAUGGCGGCUCUCCUAUACGUGGAUACCACAUUGAGAUGUGCGAGGCUGGAACCGAGAAGUGGAUGAGGGUCAACUCCCGUCCAGUGAAGGAACUGAAGUACCGCGUAGAAGAGAGCGUGGUCCCUGAGAAGGAGUACAUCCUGAGAGUGAGGGCCAUCAAUGCUGUUGGAGAGAGCGAACCCUCCGAUAUCUCAGAGAACGUGUUUGCCAAGGACUCAGACUGUAAUCCUACUCUGGACUUCCAGACUCUGGACCUAAUUGUUGUGGAAACAGAGAAACUUCACAUUCCAGUUCCCUUCAGAGCCGUACCCUCACCCAAAAUCACCUGGCAUAAAGAUGGAAAGGAACUGAAGGCCGAUGAACGUAUUGGGUUCAGGAAGGAGUACACUUCCUGUCACCUGGAGAUUGACAGCAGCGUUCAUCCUGAUGCUGGAGUUUAUAAAGUGACUUUGGAGAACAAACUGGGAAGUGCCAGUGCCACCAUCAACGUUAAAGUCAUUGGACUACCUGGUCCCUGCAAGGAGAUUGUGGCUUCUGAAAUCACAAAGAGCUCCUGUAAAGUGUCCUGGGAUCCUCCAGACUAUGACGGUGGUAGCCCGAUUCUUCACUACGUCCUGCAGCGCCGUGAGGCUGGAAGGAGGACAUAUGUCAAUAUGAUGUCUGGAGAGAACAAGGUGAGCUGGACUGUGAAGGACCUCAUCCCCAAUGGAGAGUACUACUUCAGAGUCCAGGCAGUCAACAAGAUCGGAGGAGGAGAGUUUGUUGAGCUGCGCAACCCAGUCAUUGCUGAGGACCAAAAACAUGCUCCUGACCCUCCAGUGGAUGUGGAAACCCACAAUCCUACAUCCAGCACAAUCACCCUGACCUGGAAGCCUCCAAUGUACGAUGGUGGUGCCAAGAUCAUGGGCUACAUUCUGGAGAAACAGCAGAAGGGUGAGGACAAGUGGGAGAGGUGCAAUGACUUCCUGGUGCCCGUCCUUUCCUACACCAUCAGAGGACUGACUGAAGGCAAGAACUACAUGUUCCGAGUCAAAGCUGAGAACGCUGCCGGCAUCAGUGAGCCGUCACGCAACACGCUCUUUGUAAAGGCCUCAGAUGCUGUUGAUCCUCCAAAGGUUUUCCUAAGCGGCAGUCUGCAGUCUGGUCUCAGCGUGAAGCGAGGUUGUGAGAUCUGCCUGGACGCCAACAUCUCUGGUUCGCCGUACCCUCAGAUCACCUGGUACUGGAACAACCAGGAGAUCCAGCCUGAACCACUCCGCAAGAGACCGGAAAAACCCCUCAAGAAAAAGGUUGAAAAGAAGGAAGAGGAGAAGAAAGAGGAAAUAAAGGAGGAGGAAAAGAAGACCGAGGGAGUAGCAGAAGAGAAGAAGGAGGGUGAGGUGAAGGAGGGAGAGGAAAAGAAAGAAGGAGAGGAGAAGAAAGAAGGAGAGGAGGAGAAGAAGCCAGAGGAGGAAACAGAAGAGGUAGAAGAGAUCGACUAUCCAACCAUCAAUGAACGAUUGACCAUCAACAACAGCCGAAGGGGCAUGUCCUCCAUCCUCAUUGUAGACUCCCUCCGCCGUGAUCACGGCGUCUACAUGGUGAAGGUGGAGAACGACCACGGUACUGCCUCUGCAACAUGCGAGGUUAACGUGCUCGAUACUCCUGGUCCUCCUGUGAACUUCAAGUUUGAGGAGGUGAGGAAGAACUCUGUUAUCUGCAAGUGGGAUCCUCCUCUGGAUGACGGUGGAAGUGAGAUCAUCAACUACACCCUGGAGAAGAAGGACAACUCUAAGCUGGAGUUUGGCUGGAGCUCUGUCACCUCCACCCUGAUAGGGUGCCGCUACCUGGUGCCCAAACUCAUCGAGAAGAAGGAGUACAUCUUCAGGGUUGUGGCAGAGAACAAGUUUGGUCCUGGUCUUCCCUGCCUCUCCAAGCCUCUAAUCGCCAAGAACCCUUUCGAACCUCCUGAGGUUCCCGAUAAGCCACAGAUUGAUGACAUCACAGCCAACAGCAUGCUGGUCACGUGGAAUGAACCAAACGACAAUGGCAGCCCCAUCCUGGGAUACUGGGUGGAGCGCCGGGAGAUCAACAGCUCCCACUGGGCGCGUGUCAACAGGAAUAUCGUCCCAGACACUCAGCUGAAUGUUGAAGGGUUGCUGGAGGGACUGACUUAUAUCUUUAGGGUGGCAGCUGAAAAUCAGGCUGGACCUGGAAAGUUUAGUGUUCCAUCUGAACCCAAAACUGCCCAAGCUCCCAUCUUGCCUCCUGGACCUCCCAUCGCCCGGAUUGCAGCAACCACGGACCACUCAAUUGAAGUGGAGUGGGACCCUCCUGUUGAUAAUGGUGGAGGGGAGAUCCUGGGAUACCAUGUGGACAAGGCAAUGGCUAAUACCAAGGACUGGUCCAGAUCUACGGAACGCCCCUGGAAAAACCGGGCCUUUACUGUGUAUGGAGUCCGUGAGGGAGCCAAGUACACUGUCAGAGUCAUUGCUUGCAAUGCUGCAGGAGAAGGAACACCUGGAUUCACAGAGGCUGUGUUUGUCCGAAAUCCAGCAGAAAUGCCAGUGAUUGAACUGGACCUGUCUGUGAAGAACGGAGUCAUCAUCAGAGCUGGGGAAACACUCCUUGUACCUGCUACUGUCACAGGUAAACCUUACCCAGCCAUCACUUGGACCAAGGAUGAUGGUAAACCUGACAAAGACCGUGUGGAGAUCCUCAGUGAGGGCAACAACAGCAUAGUCUCCAUCAAGAAUGUCCAGAGGAAGGACUGUGGAAAAUAUCAGAUCGCUGCUUGCAACCCCAGUGGCUCUAAGUUAGCCUGGACCAGAGUGGAUGUGAUGGAUGUCCCUGGACCUGUCACAGAUCUGAAGCCAGUUGUUGUUACUCGUAAGAUGAUCUUCCUAAACUGGGACGACCCUGUAGACGACGGGGGCAGUGAUAUAACGGGCUUCCUUGUGGAACGGAGAGAUGUCAAGAUGCACACAUGGAGACAGCCCGUUGAGACCGCCUCAUCCAAAUGUGAGUGUGUGGGUAUCAUGGAAGGACAAGAAUACUUCUUCAGAGUCAUUGCCAAGAACAAGUAUGGUCUGGGUGAACCUGUGGAACUGGGACCAAUCAAGGCUGUAGACCCACAGGGUCCACCAUCAUAUCCUGAAAAGUUCCAUUAUACGGAACGCACUAAGAACUCCAUCACACUGGCCUGGAAGCCACCUCGUAACGAUGGUGGCAGCCCUGUUAUUGGGUACUUUGUUGAAAAGAAGAGACAGGACCAGCAGGCCUUUGAGCCCUGCAACACCGAGAUCUGCCCCAACAUGACUCUGACUGUGGAGGGCCUGGAAGAGGCCUGGAUGUAUGAAUUCAGAAUCAAAUGUACCAAUCUGCUUGGUGAGAGUGAGCCAUCCAUCCCUCUGACAGUGGUUAUCCAAGAUGAUGAAGUGGCUCCUGAGGUCCACAUGCUGAAGCACUUUAAGGCAGAUUGCAUCACCGUAAAGAAGGGUGAGCCUGUUGAGAUUCCUGCUGACAUCAUCGGACUACCCAUCCCAAAGAUUGAGUGGUCCAAGGAUGACGUGGUGAUUCCGAAGUCCACUGAGACCCUUCUAAUUGAGACGGAGGUUACCGGCAGACUGAACGCCAAGACCAUGCUAUCUAUCCCAGCUACCAACAGGAGGGACCGGGGCAGCUACAUGGUGUCAGCCUCCAACAACAUGGGCUCUGCUAAGCACACCAUCUUUGUCAUGGUUCUGGACCGACCAACUCCACCCAGACAUCUGACUGUGUCCAACAUCAGGGCAGAGUCCUGCUACCUGAACUGGGACCCACCCACUGACGAUGGUGGCAGCGAGCUGACCAACUAUAUUGUUGAAAGAAAGGAAGUGGUCAAAGAUCAGCCUGAGCUGGAGGAGGGAGAGGAGGCUCCACCUGAGCCGCAGUGGGAGGAGGUCAACAGCAGUGUCAUUGAAAGGAAAUACGGGGUAUGGAACCUGGAGACCAAUAAGACCUACCUGUUUCGAGUAAAAGCAGAGAACCGCUAUGGUAAAUCUGAUCCCUGUACAACAGAGGAGGUUCUCAUCACAGACCCCUUUGGCCUUCCUGGUCCACCAGAGAAACCAACUAUUGCAGAGUACUCCAAAACCUCCAUGACACUAACCUGGGAGCCUCCCAGAGAGACCGGAGGUUCAAAGAUCAUCGGCUACUGGCUGGAGAAACGAGAGAAAGGCACAACUUACUGGGCUAAAGUCAAUAAGAUGCCAGUAACUAAAAGGGGCACGAAAGGCUGGGAGUAUCAGGUGACUCGUCUCUUUGAGGGAACUGAGUAUGAGUUCAGGGUUGCAGCCUGUAAUUCAGCUGGAACCGGACCCUUCAGUGGCCCUUCUGACUCUGCCUUCGCUGUUGAUCCCAUCACUCCUCCCAGCAUGCCUGCUGCCCCUGUGGUUGCUGAUAAGACCAAGUACAGUGUCACUCUGACCUGGAAACCACCUGAGAGCGAUGGAGGAAGCCCCAUCAAGGGCUACAUCGUCCAGAUCCAGGAUGAGGGCUCAUCAGAAUGGCACAAGCUGAAUGAUAUUGACAGCCUAAUCCCCACCACAGAGUUUACUGUGCCCAGCCUCCGCGAGCUGAAACGCUACCGCUUCAGAAUCAUUGCUGUCAAUGACAUCGGAGAGUCGGACCCCAGCCCCCGCACCAGCGAAGUUCUGGUUGAAGAUGUUCAACUUCCACCUUUCAUCACAAUCGAUGUACUGGCUGAUGACCUGGUGAAUAUUCGCGCCGGAGAUCCUAUCAGGAUACCUGCCACCAUCAAAGGCCGACCUGCUCCCAAGGUUACCUGGGACUUUGAAGGCAAAGCCAAAACACAGAAAAAGAACAAGCUGCACAUACUGCCAGUGGAGGCUGAGGUUGAGUCCACAGACACCACAUCCGUGGUGCACAUCCCCGUCAGCCUGAGGAGCCAUUCUGGACGUUACACUAUCACCGCUAAGAACAAGUCAGGACAAAAACAUGUCAACGUUAGAGUCAUUGUUGUUGAUGUUCCCGGACCUCCAAAGGACCUGAAGGUCACUGACGUUACUCGUUCAACCAUGAGGCUGAUCUGGAAACUUCCCGAUACUGAUGGAGGAGAGAGAAUCAAGAGCUACUUUAUUGAGAAGAAGUCUGUCAUUGACAAGGCCUGGACCAAGGUGAAUGCUGCUUGUGCUAGCCAGGCCUUUGUGGUUCCAGGUUUGUUGGAGGGUCAGGACUACAUGUUCAGGGUGCGAGCAGAGAACAGACUGGGAUUUGGCCCAUUUACUGAAACAGCUGAACCCGUUCGAGCCAGAGAUCCCAUCUACCCACCCGACCCCCCAACCAAGCUGAAGGUCAACCUGGUAACAAAGACCACGGUCACUUUGAGCUGGGAGCCCCCGAAAAAUAAUGGUGGCUCUCCUGUGAAGCAUUACAUCAUCGAGCGUCUGAGCUGGGACACCAGCGGGAAGGAGAAGGAGACCUGGAAGCAGUGCAACAAGAGAGACGUGGAGGAGCUCACCUUUGUGGUGGAGGAUCUGAAGGAGGGAGGAGAAUAUGAAUUCAGAGUUAAAGCCGUGAACGAUGCUGGACCCAGCCGACCCUCUGCCACCGUAGGACCCCUAGUCAUCAAGGACCAGACAUGUCCUCCAACCAUUGAGCUGCGUGAGGCCAUGGAGGGCGAGGAGGGAUGUGAUGUUAGCAUCGUGGCAAAGAUCAGCGGCUGCCCAUUCCCAUCGCUCACAUGGAAAAAGGCCAGCCUGUCCAAACCUGAGGAGAAAGCUGCCGUCCAGUAUGACCAGCACUUCAACAAACUGGUCACUCAAGACAAGUGCACGCUGCUGAUCCAGCAGGCCAGCAGGCAGGACAGUGCACUCUACAGCCUAACAGCCAGCAACAGUCUGGGAACCAUCACCAAGGAUAUCCAGUUAUUAGUACUGGGACCUCCGGGUGUACCUGUUGGACCAAUAAAGUUUACUGAGGUGUUUGCGGAUAGAAUUGGGCUGGCAUGGAAUCCUCCAGCAGACGACGGUGGAUCCAAGAUCACCAACUACGUCAUUGAGAAACGUGAGGACAACAGAAAGUCCUGGGUCCAUGUCUCAAAUGACCCCAAAGAGUGUGCCUAUGUUGUGAUGAGGCUCACAGAGAACCACGAAUAUGAGUUCAGAGUCAUGGCCCAGAACAAGUUUGGAGUUGGGCCACCGCUGGUCAGCGAGCCAGAGAAGGCCAGAAAUCUUUUCACUGUCCCAGGUCAGUGUGAGAAACCAACAAUAACUGAGGUCUGUCUUGAGUCCAUGACCGUCAACUGGGAUGAGCCAAAGUACGAUGGUGGAUCUCCCAUCACCGGCUACUUCGUAGAGAAAAAGGAGACUACCUCCAAGCGCUGGUCCCGUGUCACCCGCGAACCAAUUCGAGCACUCCCACUGGGCAAUAGCUGGGAUGUCACAGGACUGCUGGAGGGUGCCUUGUACCAGUUCAGAGUCAUUGCUAUUAAUGCUGCUGGCUGCGGUCUGCCCAGCAUGCCCUCGGACCCCAUCCUCUGUAGAGACCCCAUCAAGCCUCCAGGCCCACCCUCCCCAAAGGUGACAGACUGGACAAAGUCCACGGUGGAGCUGGAGUGGAUUCCUCCUCUGAUCGAUGGAGGAUCCAAGGUGACAGGCUACAUCGUUGAGUUUAAGGAGAUAAAUAAAGAGGAGGAAGAUAAGAAAGCUCAGAGGAGGCUACUGCUGAGUGAGGCUGAGGAGAAGGAGCCUGAGGGCGACGACAACUGGCAAAAGGCAAAGGACACUGAGAUCAGAGGAACCAAGUUUGUGGUGGCUGGUCUUAAAGAAGGGGGUCUGUACCAGUUUAGAGUCCGGGCUGUGAACGCUGCUGGGGUUGGAGACCCUGGACUUGUGUUGGAGCUGAUUGAAGUCAAAGACAGAACAAUUCCUCCUGAGAUGGACCUGGAUGCCUCAGUAAAGGAGAAGAUCGUGGUCCACGCCGGUGCUACUAUCCGCAUCAUUGCCUAUGUUUCUGGUAAACCCGCCCCGCAGAUCACCUGGUGCCGGGACGAUGGUGAAGUGCCCAAAGAGGCAGUGGUGGAAACAACUGGCAUCUCAAACUCUCUGGUGAUCAAGAACUGCAGACGCCAACACCAGGGCAUCUACACGCUGAGCGCCAAGAACGAAGGAGGCGAGAGGAAGAAGGCUGUCAUUGUCGAGGUGCUUGAUGUCCCUGGACCAGUUGGUCUUCCCUUCAUUGGUGAGAACCUGACCAUAGACUCCUGCAAGCUGACCUGGUAUUCUCCUGAGGACAAUGGUGGCUCAGCCAUUACCAACUACAUCAUCGAAAAGCGGGAGUCCGAUCGCAUGGGCUGGACCUCUGUGUCCUACACAGUGACCAGAAACAAUGCGGUAGUGCAGGGGCUCAUUGAGGGCAAGGGCUACUUCUUCAGGAUUGCUGCUGAGAACGUUAUCGGAAUGGGACCAUUCACUGAGAUCGAUAAGAUGGUUCUAAUCAAAGACCCGAUCUCUGUCCCAGAGCGUCCAGAAGACCUGAUCAUCACCGCUGUGACCAAAGACUCCAUAUCUGUCGCCUGGAGACCGCCAAAAUAUGAUGGUGGCGCUGAGGUGACGGCAUAUGUUCUGGAGUCCCGAAUGAUUGGUCGUGACAAUUUCACACGGAUUGGUGGUGAGGACAAGCUGAUGGACAAGAAGUUCACACUGAAGGAGCUGAAGGAAGGCUCAAGUCACGAGUUCAGGGUUUCUGCUGUCAACCAGGUGGGACAGGGCAAGCCCUCCUUCCCCACUAAACCAGUGCAGUGCAAGGAUGAGUUCGAACCACCUACUUUGGACCUGGACUUCAGGGACAAAGUGAUGGUGAAGGUGGGAGACUCGUGUUUGCUGUCGGGACGCUUUGGUGGCAAACCAACCCCGGUCAUCACUUGGACAAAAAAUGAUGAAGAACUGAAAGUUGAUGAUGAAAUCAGCCUUCACAGCACCGCCCAUCACCUCAGCCUGAGCAUCAGUAAGACCAAAAGGGAUCACAGCGGUCGCUACACCGUCAGUGUGGAGAACGCUGCCGGUACCCGUACAGGAACGUGCAACAUCGUUGUGGUUGACCGUCCUGACCCACCACAGGGUCCCGUUGAGUUCAACGAGAUCUACAGGAACUACAUGGUGAUCUCCUGGAACCCCCCUCUAGACGAUGGAGGCUGUGCCGUCUCCAACUACAUCGUGGAGAAGAGGGACACCAACAGAGACCUGUGGAUGCCCGUCACCUCAUCCUGCACCAGGACCACCUGCCGGGUGCCAAAACUGAUCGAGGGCCGUGAGUACAUCAUCCGGAUCAUGGCUCAGAACAUGUAUGGCAUCAGUGACCCCCUCCUGUCAGCAGAGACCAAAGCUAGAGACAUCUUCAAGGUUCCUGAUGCCCCAAAACAGCCUGUGGUGAAGGAGGUUUACCAUGACACAGCCCUGAUCAGCUGGGAACCACCUGCCGAUGGAGGAAAACCAAUUACAGGCUACAUUGUGGAGAGGAAGGAGACCAAGGCCAACAGGUGGGUUUGUUGCAACACAGAAAGAAUCCAUCCCAAAGUGGAGUACUGGGUGACAGAGCUGCUGAAAGGCUGCGAGUACGAGUUCAGAGUCAGUGCUGAGAAUGAGGUGGGAGCUGGAGAUCCCAGUCCACCAUCAAAACCAGUUUUUGCCAAGGAUCCCAUUGUGAAACCCGGCCCACCAGUCAAGCUUCAGGCCAUUGACUUCACCAAGGAGUCUGUGACUCUGUCCUGGGAACCCCCUACUGACACCGGUAGAGGAAAGAUCUUUGGAUACCUGUUGGAGUUCCAGAAGGCUGGAGAAGAGGAAUGGCACAAAGUGAACCAGACUCCAGAUUCCUGCCAGGAGACAAAGUUUAAGGUGAUCAACCUCGAGGAUGGUGCUUUGUACCGCUUCAGAGUUAUGGCUGUGAAUGCUGCAGGGGAGUCUGACCCAGCCAACAUCAAGGAGCCAAUCAGAGUGCAGGACAGACUUGAGCCACCAGAUCUCAUCCUGGAUGCAUCGAUGACUCGAGAAGUGAGGGCCAUGGUCGGCACUCACAUCACACUCAUGGCUGCCAUCAAAGGUGUCCCAUUCCCCACCGUAACCUGGAAGAAGAAUGAGGCAGAGGUUCCCACUAGAGCAGACAUUGAGACCAACCAAACAGGCACCAAGCUAGAGAUGAGAUUCUGCAACCGAGGUGACUGUGGAGACUACACCCUUACAGUGGAGAACCCAGCCGGAUCCAAGACUGCUACCUGCACUGUUCUGGUUCUUGACAAACCUGGUCCUAUCCAGCACCUCCGGGUGUCAGAUGUCAGGAGUGACUCUGCCUAUCUGUCAUGGAAGGACCCAGAAGACAACGGUGGCGCUCGCAUCACUAACUUUGUGGUAGAGAAGAAAGAGACAGCAUCCACUCAAUGGGUCCCUGUCUGCUCCACGUCCAAGAAGCGCAGCAUGACGCUGAAGCAUCUGAUGGAAGGAAUGUCUUACACCUUCAGGGUUGCUGCUGAGAAUCAGUACGGCCGAAGUGAAUAUGUUCAGACACCAAAAGCCAUCAAGGCAAUGAACCCUCUCUUCCCUCCUGGUCCUCCCAAAGAUCUGCAUCAUGCUGAUGUGGACAAAACUGAGGUGUGGUUGGCCUGGAACUGGCCCGAUCGCAAUGGAGGAAGUGAGAUCACAGGCUUCCUGGUAGAGUAUCAGGAAGAGGGAACAAAGGACUGGGAAGAAUGGAAGACUGAGAGCAUUCCUGAGAGCCAUGUUACCGGCCUGGAGGAGGGAAAGACCUACCGUUUUAGAGUGAGGGCUGAAAAUGCCAUUGGCCUCAGCAGACCUGACACCACCCUGCCCAUCCUGUGCCAAGAAAAACUUGUGCCUCCAAUUGUCGAGGUGGACGUUAAACUCAUCGAAGGCAUCAUUGUGAAGGCUGGCACCACCAUCAGGCUACCAGCUAUAAUGAGAGGAAUCCCUGUGCCAACAGCUAAGUGGUCCAUUGAUGGAGAGGAGAUCACAAGCCAGGGCAACAUUAAGAUUGACACCGAUAAUUUCUCCACUGUGAUCAAUAUUAACGAAUGUACCAGGAACCACACAGGCACCUACCUGCUGACUGUGUCCAAUCCAGCAGGAACCAAGACUGUGGCCCUGAAUGUCACAGUUCUAGAUGUUCCAGCUGCUCCUAUUGGACCUGUCAACAUCCUGGAGGUCAACCCAGACUCCAUGAUAAUUGAAUGGCGCCCACCGAAGGAUGAUGGUGGAAGUCCUGUCACCAACUACAUUGUGGAGAAAAGAGAAUCCAACAAGGAGACCUGGGGAGGAGUCAGUUCUGGCAGCCUUGCUACUCAACUUAGGAUCACCCGACUACAGAAGGGAGUGGAGUAUGUGGUCCGCAUUCGUGCUGAGAACAAAAUGGGAGCAGGCGCUCCACUGGAGAGCAAGCCGACCGUUGCUGAACACACCUUUAUGCCACCCAGUCCACCUGGUAAGCCUCAGUGCUCUGAUCUUUCAGAAGAUGCCGUUACAGUUGGAUGGACAAUGCCUCUAGCCGACGGUGGAAGUCCGAUCACUGGCUACCUUAUUGAGCGCAGGCACACAGGAGGAAAGUGGAUCCGUGUCAACAAGACCCCCUGCAAGGACCUGCGUUACAGAGUCCAGGGUCUCUUUGAGGGAAGUGAAUAUGAGUUCAGAGUGUUUGCCGAGAAUAUUGCUGGCUACAGUGGACCUUCUCCCACCUCUGACCCCUGCAAGCCCUGUAGACCCAUCACAGUCCCAAGUCCUCCAAUCAAUGCUAAAGUUAAAGAUUACAGUAAGACCACAGCUGACUUGGUCUGGAUGAAACCUUCCAGAGAUGGAGGCAGCCCUAUCCUAGGUUACAUUGUGGAGAUGCAGAAAGCUGAUUCUGAAGAAUGGAAAAAAGUGAACCUGGAUGAUGACUUAAUCAAGCUGUGUGCCUACAGGGUGAAGGGACUGGAAGAGGGUGUGACCUACAGAUUCAGAGUCCGGGCUUCAAACAUGAUUGGUGAUGGAGAGCCCAGAGAAAUGCCAGGUUCUAUUACUGCUCAGGAUAUCCUCAUUCCUCCAGAGAUAGAAAUGGAGGCCACCUGCCGUGAGCGAGUAACUGUGCGCGUUGGACACAACAUCAACAUCAUUGGCUACAUCAAGGCUCGUCCCGAUCCUGAGGUCGUUUUUUCAAAGGAGGACACAGUUUUGGAAAACGGCAAGCGUGUGACCAUCGUUCAGAACUUGCCUAUGGUCCACUUGAGGAUAAAGGAAGCCACAAGAAAUGAUCAUGGCAAGUACACACUGAAGGCUUCAAAUGAGGGUGGUGAGGCAUCCUGCACCAUCACAGUUAAUGUUCUGGACAGACCUGGUCACUGCCAGAACCUGCACCUCACCUACGUGACCAAGGCCUCCUGUAUGAUCAACUGGGAGGCACCUAAUGACAAUGGUGGAUCUGAAAUCACCAACUAUAUUGUGGAGUGUCGUGAGCCCAGCAUUAGUAUGUGGUCUAUGAUUUCCUCAAACUGCACCAACCGUAAGAUCAAAGCCAAGCUGAUGGAAGGCCACGAGUACCUGUUCCGUGUCUGUGCUGUAAACAAAUUAGGACCUGGUCCUGCUGUGGAGAUUAAGACCCCUCAGCUGGCCAUAGAUCCCAUCGAGAAGCCUGGAGAGCCAGAGAAAUUUAGAGCCUCUGACAUUGGUAAGAACUACGUCUACCUGAGGUGGAGAAAGCCUGACUAUGAUGGUGGCAGCCCUAACCUCUCCUACAACCUUGAGUACAAAGCCAAAGAUGCUGAACAAUGGGAGAAACUCAACACCAGCACACUGACAGACACCUUCUUCUUGGCUGACAAGUGUGUGGAGAACCACACAUAUACCUUCAGGGUUCAGACUGUGAAUGAGGGAGGAGAAAGUGCCUGGGUGAAACUUGCUGAUGUCUUGGUGAAGGAGGAGAUCCAGAAGCCAGUCAUUGACCUAAAGGUGGCUGGAACUGUGACAGUGUUGGCUGGAGAGUCCGUCAGGAUGGAGGCUGCCUUGAGAGGAAAGCCCCAGCCAGAAGUUGUAUGGGCCAAAGACAAGGCUGUGGGAGACAACCCAAGACUGAGCUAUGAAACUGGUCCAGACUAUUCCAAGUUCCUUUUGACCAAGUCCAAGCGCACAGACACUGGGAAGUAUAUCAUCACUGCUACCAAUGCAGCUGGCACCUUCACGGCAUACGCCAACGUCAAUGUCCUGGAUGUUCCUGGACCAGUGAGGAACCUGAGGAUCACUGGCAUUGGAGCCGACAAGUGCAGGGUGGUGUGGGACGGCCCAGAGGACGAUGGAGGUUGUGAAGUGGACAGCUAUAUUGUGGAGAAAUGCGAGACUAGGAGGAUGGUAUGGUCCACAUACUCAGCCGCUGUGGUCACACCGUACUGUAAUGUCACUCGCCUGGUGGAGGGUAAUGAGUACAUCUUCAGGAUAAGAGCAGAAAACAAGAUGGGGACCGGCCCGGCUAUGGAGAGCAAACCUAUAACUGUCAAGACUCAGUUUAAUAAACCAGGACCUCCUGAAGCUCCUGAAGUUACCAAGGUGAGCAAAGAUGAGAUGACUGUGGUCUGGGCUCCACCAGAGAACGAUGGAGGAAAGUCCAUCACCGGCUACAUCCUGGAGAGGAAAGAGAAGCGGGCGGUGCGGUGGGUGGCAUGCACAAAGAGCCCCAUUUCUGAGAGACGAAUGAAAGUGACUAACCUAAUCCCAAACCACGAGUAUCAGUUCAGAGUGAAAGCUGAAAACGAGGUGGGCCUGGGAGAGCCAAGCAAACCCUGCAGACCUGUGGCGGCCAAAGAUCCAAUUGAACCACCUGGACCACCUGCAUGCCUUAAGGUGGGCGACAGCACCAAGACCUCAAUAACCCUGACCUGGUCCAAACCUGUGUAUGAUGGUGGCGCUCCCAUCAUCAAUUACAGCCUGGACCUGAGGCUGAAGAGCGAGGCGGAUCCUGAAAAACCCUCAGAGGGUUGGAAGAGGAUCGAUACUCGUGGUCCACUAGUGAUCACGGAGUUCACUAUCGGUCAGCUGGAUGAGAAGCAGGAGUACGAGUUUAAGGUUUCUGCCCAGAACCAGGUGGGCUGGGGCCGCCAUGCCUACCUGAAGGAAGCCGUGUCUCCCAGGGAGAUUCUGGAGGCUCCAGAAAUCGAACUGGAUGCCAGUCUGAGGAAAGGCCUGGCUGUCAGGGCCAGCUGUCCCAUCAGGCUGUUUGCUGUGAUCAGAGGAAGGCCUGCCCCCAAGGUCACCUGGAAACGCCUGGGUGUGGACAAUGUGGUGCGCCGAGGACACGUGGAGCAGGUGGACACCAUGUCCUUCCUGGUAAUCCCUGAGAGCACCAGAGAGGAUUCUGGGAAAUAUUCACUGACUCUGUCCAACUCAGCCGGAGAGAAAGCUGUGUAUGUCCGUGUCAAAGUCCUCGACACUCCUGGUCCUGUUGGAGACUUGGAUGCAACCAAUGUCACUAAGACCACCGCACAGCUCUCCUGGUUGCCACCAGAAAAUGAUGGAGGCAGCCCAAUUCUUAAUUACAUAGUGGAGAAACGGGAGGUGGACAGAAAAACUUGGACCAAAUGUAUAGAGGAUCUAAAGAAAACCAGCUUCAAGGUGACUAACCUGUCGCCUAGCAUCGAGUACUACUUCAGAGUCAUAGCCUGCAACAAAUACGGCACGGGAGUUCCUCAGGAUUCUCCCAGAUCCUACCUGGCUGUGGAUCCUCUUAGUGAGCCAGACCCUCCGAAGAAGAUGGAUGUGUUGGAGAUCACCAAGAACAGCGCCACUCUGGGCUGGCUGAAGCCCCUCAGAGAUGGAGGAGCCAAGAUCAACGGCUAUGUUGUGGAUUACCAGGAGGAGGGUGCACCUGAAAAUAAGUGGACACCUUACUCCGUGGUCAAAGACCUGACCAUUGUGGUGGUAGGUCUGAAGGAAGGGACAAAGUACCGGUUCAGAGUGGCAGCUAGAAACUCUGUGGGGGUCAGCUUGGCUCGAGAGGCGGAGGGAGUGUUUGAGGUCAAGGAGCAGCUGAUGGCUCCAAAGAUCAUAAUGCCUGACAUUGUGACGGCCAGAGCUGGAACCAAGAUGGUGAUCGAGGCCAUUGUGGCGGGUAAACCUGCUCCAAUCUGCAAGUGGAAGCAGGGCAAUGAGGAUGUGCUUACCUCGGACCGUUUGUCGCUUGCAAAAACACUGACAACUUGCGCACUCACCAUCAAGAACGUGAACAGGAAGGACAGCGGCUACUACAGCCUGUCAGCUGAGAACAGCACUGGCAAAGUCAACCAGAUUCUCAGGGUUAUCAUAAUGGAUAAACCUGGACCUCCAGAAGCUCCUUUAGAAAUCACAGAGUUGGACAUUGAUGCCUGCACGCUGCUUUGGAACUCCCCACAGGAAGAUGGUGGCAGCAACAUCACCAACUACAUUGUGGAGAAGUGUGAUGUCAGCCAGGGUGACUGGAUCACUGUGUCGACUUCCUGCACCAAGACCAGCUUCAGAAUGACUAAACUUACUCCUGGCAAAGAGUAUGGGUUCAGGGUCCGUGCUGAGAACAGGUUUGGCAUCUCAGAUCCAAUCUACUCUGAGAAGAUGGUUGCCAAAUAUCCAUUUGAUCCUCCAAGUGAGCCCAAAAACCUGCAGAUCAACAAGGUCAACAAGGACUUUGUUAUCCUGUCCUGGGAGUGUCCCAGCAGCGAUGGUGGCAGCCCCAUCACUGGUUACUGCAUCGAGAAGAAGGAGAGAAACAGCCUUCUGUGGGUGAAAGCUAAUGAAUCUGUGGUCAAAGCCACCCAGUACACCUGCAUGGGCCUGAUCGAGGGUCUGGAGUACACCUUCAGGGUGUCGGCAUAUAACCAGGCAGGACAGGGAAAACCAUGCAAACAGACAGACUUCAUCACUGCUAGGACUGCUAUUGACCCACCAGGUAAACCUGAACCCAUGGAUGUGGCUAAGAACUCUGUUUCAUUGGUAUGGAGCCGUCCUAAACAUGACGGAGGUAGCAAACUGAUUGGUUACUACAUGGAAUACUCAAAGCUCCCAGAGGAGAAGUGGACUCGCUGCAAUGCCAACUGCAUGAACAUUCAAACUGAAAACUACGUUGUUCAUGGACUGGAGGAGGGUCAAAAGUACCAGUUCAGGGUCAUCGCUAAGACUGCAGUCAACAUUAGCCUUCCAUCUGAGCUGUCUGAUCCCAUCACUGUCAUAGCAGAGAAUGUUCCUCCUCGUGUAGAACUUGGCAUCAACAUGAAAAACCUCAUUGUGGUAAAAGCCGGAGAGAACAUCUUACUGGAUGCAGAGGUGUUUGGCAAACCACUACCCAAGGUGAGUUGGAAGAAAGACGGCGCACAUCUGGUCCUUGCUGAGGGAAUGAAGGCAACUCAGAAGAAACAUGUUCAUCUACUGGAGCUCUACUCAGUCACCAGAAAGGAGUCUGGAGACUACACCAUCACAGCUGAAAAUGUCAAUGGCUCCAAAUAUGCCACCAUAAAGGUCAAGGUGCUCGACAAACCGGGACCUCCAGCCUCUGUGAAAAUCUCUAAGGUGUUUGCUGACCAUGUCAAGAUGCGAUGGGAGCCUCCGCUGGCAGAUGGAGGAUCUGAAAUCACAAACUACAUUAUUGAGAAGCGUGAAACCAGCAGGGCCAACUGGGCGCUGGUAACUGCCAACAUCCACGGCCACAUCACUGACUGCUCAGUGGAGAAACUCAUUGAGGGUCAUGAAUACCAGUUCAGAGUUAGUGCUGAGAACCAGUAUGGUGUGGGAGACCCCAUCAUGACUGAUGCUGUCAUGAUCAAGAACCCAUAUGAUGUUCCUGGGCCAUGUGAACCUCCCGUAAUCACCAAUGUUACCAAAGACUCCAUGACGGUCAGCUGGAAAGCUCCAGCCAAUGAUGGCAAAGCUCCCAUCCUCGGCUAUAUGGUGGAGAAACGUGAUGCCACUGAGCUGACUUGGGCGAAGGUCAACCGCCGUCCGGUCAUCGACAGAACCAUCAAGGCUGUUCAGCUGACUGAGGGCUCUGAGUACGAGUUUAGAAUCAUCGCCUUGAAUAAGGCUGGUCUGGGCAAACCCAGUGAUCCAUCCAAUGCUGUUCUGGCUGUUGACCCUGUCUAUCCUCCUGGCCCACCUGCAUUCCCCAAGGUGGUGGACUCAACCAAGAACUCUGUGAGCCUCAGCUGGACCAAACCAGCAUACGAUGGUGGUUGCGAGAUCAUUGGAUAUCUGGUAGAGUGCAAGCGAGCGGACGCCGAAGACUGGACUAACUGCAACAUCCCAAAGAAGCUUCAGGCCACUAAGUUUGUGAUGACUGGGCUGAUGGAAAACAUUGAGUACCAGUUCAGAGUCACCGCUGUUAACAAGAUUGGAUAUAGUGAACCCAGCGAAGUUCCUGGAAACCACAUGGCCAAGGACAUUUUGAUCCCUCCUGAAGGUGAGCUGGAUGCUGACUUGAGGAAGGCUCUGGUUCUGCGAGCUGGUGUCACGAUGAGGCUCUACGUCCCUCUAAGAGGACGACCAGCACCAAAGGUGACAUGGACAAAGGUGGACGCCAACCUGAAGGAAAGGCAGGGCAUCUUGAUCAAGACAUCUGACUGGGACACCUUUUUGAUGGUAGAGGACAUAAACAGAUAUGAUGCUGGCAAAUAUGUCCUGUCCCUGGAGAACAGCAGCGGAUCCAAGAGCUAUACCAUCAUAGUGAAGGUCCUUGAUUCACCUGGACCACCUGUAAACCUGAUUGUGAAGGAGACCUCCAGAACCCAUGCCUGUAUCACCUGGGAUGCACCUCUGAUUGAUGGUGGCAGUCCGGUGAAAAGCUAUAUUGUAGAGAAACGUCUGGCUGAGAGGAAGGCAUGGACCUGCGUGUCAGCAGAGUGCCACAAGCCCUCAUUCAGGAUCACCAACCUGGAGCCAGGACAAGCAUACUGCUUCAGAGUGCUGGCUGAAAAUGCCUAUGGUAUUGGAGAGGGCUGUGAGACUCAGGGCAGCAUCCGGGCAUCAGAAAACCCUGGUCCAGUGACAGACUUUAAAGCCCAGAAGACCACCAAGAAUUCAAUCACUCUAGGAUGGAAAAAGCCCAUCAGUGAUGGGGGAAGCUUUGUUACUGCAUACAUACUAGAGCAGAGUGAAGGCGAGGAGAAGUGGACCCAAAUUAUGAAGGGCAAGAACAUGUCAUACACCAUCAGUGAGCUGACAGAGGGCAAAUCUUAUCUAUUCAGAGUCAAGGCACUCAACGAGUCAGGGGAGGGACCACCAACUGAGCUCACUGUUGUUGCCAAAGACCAGUUUGUGCUGCCUGACUGCAACUUGAGCGUUCUGCAGGAUGGUUGCUAUGUGGUGAAGGAGGGUGCCACGACGCGUAUAAACAUUCCUGUCACUGGAGUGCCCUACCCAACUGCCACCUGGAAGAAAGGCGACACAGGGCUCGGUGAUACUGGCCGUAUUUGCAUCGAGGCUUCACUGGGAGUCACCACACUGCUGAUCAGAGACUGCCAGAGAGGAGAUGCUGAUACUUUCACUAUAAAUGUUAGGAACAGUGCUGGCUCCAAAGACUGCAAGUUCCAGCUGAAGGUGGUUGGAAAGCCCGGCAUCUGCACCGGUCCUAUCAAGUUUGAUGAGAUUACUGCUGAUGGCAUUACCCUGGAAUGGGCGCCACCCAAAGACGAUGGAGGUGCUGAGGUGUCAAAUUACAUUGUUGAGAAGAGGAGGACAACAGACAACAAGUGGGCAACAGUGGCUUCAGCCAUUCAGAAGACUGCCAUGAGGGUGAUCAGACUCCACGAUGGAAUAGAGUACAUUUUUAGAGUUUGUGCCGAGAAUAAGUACGGGAUUGGAGAGUACCUGAGAUCUGACCCAGUCAUUGCCCAGCAUCCAUUCAAUGUACCUGAGGCGCCUGCUCCUCCAGAGAUUGUGAGCAUCCGCCACGAAUCAGCCAUUCUGACAUGGGCUGAUCCAAAAGACACUGGUGGCUCCCCAAUUACUGGAUAUCAUAUAGAGUUUAAGGAGAGGAACAGCCUGAUGUGGAAAAGGGCCAGUAAGACUCCUCUGAGAGUAAAGGAGUGUAGAGUCACAGGUCUAAUAGAAGGACUAGAGUACGAGUUCAGGGUGAUGGCCAUAAACGUGGCUGGUCUUGGAAAGGCAAGUAAGGUCACGGAAGCAGUGGUCGCUCUUGAUCCUAUUGAUCCACCUGGCAAACCUGAAGUUAUUAAUGUGACCAGGAACACAGUCACUAUGAUUUGGACUGCUCCUAAAUAUGAUGGUGGCUAUAAGCUGACUGGCUACAUGGUGGAGAAGCUAGAGGCUGUUGGCAAGACCUGGAUGAAGGCUAACCAUGUCAACAUCCAGAGCUGUGCCUUCACCGUCACUGACCUGACAGAAGGAUCUCAAUAUCAGUUCAGAAUUAGAGCCAGAAAUGCUGCUGGUGCUAUCAGUGUUCCUUCAGAAUCUACCGAGUCCCUGACCUGCAAGGAUGAGUACGAGCCCCCAUCUAUUACUAUUGACCAAGCCAUGAAGGAGGGCGUGUCAGUCAGGGCAGGAGACACAAUUGUGAUCUCAGCCUCUAAAAUUGUGGGUAAACCUCCCCCAACAUCUGUCUGGUUCAAAGGAGGUCGUGAGUUGAAGAACUCUGACAUUGUCACUGUCACCAGCACCCCUACCUCUUCCACCCUGGCUAUUAAAUAUGCAAGCCGGAAGAACACAGGAGAUUAUACCAUCACCGCUAGCAACCCUUUUGGUAUUAAGGAAGAACAUAUUAGAGUGAAGGUCCUAGACGUUCCUGGACCUCCAGGUCCUAUUGAAGCAAGCAAUAUUUCAGCUGAGAAGUGUACCCUGACCUGGCUUCCACCAGAGGAGGAUGGAGGAUGCUCAAUCAAGUCUUACAUCCUAGAAAAGAGAGAAACUAGCCGUCUGCUGUGGACCAAACUAGCUGAAAAUAUCAUGGACUGCAGACAUGUAGCCCACAAACUGAUCAAAGGCAACGAGUAUAUCUUCAGAGUGUCUGCUGUGAACCAGUAUGGAACUGGAGACUCAAGCCAGUCUGGGCCAGUCAAAAUGGUAGACAGUUUUGGUCCCCCUGGUCCACCUUCAGCCCCAGAGAUUGAUAAUGUCAGUAGGAAUGCUAUCACCAUUUCAUGGAAGAGACCAGUAAAGGAUGGGGGAAGUGACAUUAGAGGUUACAGUGUAGAGAGAAAAGAAAGGAGAGGAAUGAGAUGGGUGAGAGCCUGUAAAAGGACAGUUCCUGACCUGCGCUUUAAGGUGCAAGGCCUGACCGAGGGAGUAGAGUAUGAGUUUAGAGUCACGGCUGAGAAUAAGGCUGGAUUUGGGGAGCCAAGUGAGCCAUCACAUCCUGUCAUGACCAAGGAUAUUGUUUAUCCACCUGGUCCUCCAUCCAAUCCCAGAAUUGCAGACACCACUAAAACCACAGCAACCUUUGCUUGGGGCCACCCACAUUACGAUGGUGGUCUUAAAGUGGAAGGAUACAUUAUUGAGUAUAAAAAAGAAGGUCAUGAUGACUGGGAUACAGAGACACAGUACCCAGUGAAAAUGACUGAAUAUGUUAUUGGUAAACUCCAAAAAGGAGGUAAAUACCAUUUCAGAGUUAGUGCUGUGAACUCUGAAGGAGUAGGUGAGCCUGCUGAGGUUGAGAAAGUUACUGAACUGGUGGACCAAGAAACAAUGCCAGACUUUGAGCUGGAUGCUGAACUCAGAAAAACUCUAGUGGUCAGGUGCCGUGCUUCCAUUCGUAUAUUUGUUUCCAUCAGGGGCCGACCUAUUCCUGAAGUCACUUGGAGCAAAGAAAAUACCAACUUAAAAGCACGUGCACACAUAGACACAACAGAGUCCUACACUCUGCUUGUUAUUCCUGACUGCACUAGAUAUGAUGCUGGAAAGUAUCAGCUCUGUCUAGAGAACGUUGCUGGGAAAAAGACAGGCUUUGUUAAUGUGAAAGUUCUGGACACACCUGGACCACCAGUUAACCUCAGACCAAGAGAGAUCACCAAGAACAGCAUAACCCUCCAGUGGGAAAUUCCCAUAAUUGACGGAGGUUCCAAGAUUCAUAACUACAUUAUUGAAAAGAGAGAUGCCACCAAGAAGGCCUACACAGUGCUCAGCACCCAAUGGCAAAAGUGCUCUUUUAAAUUCCAAGACCUUGUGGAAGGAGCCUACUACUACUUCCGUGUGUCUGCUGAAAAUGAUUUGGGUGUAGGUGAGCCUGCUGAAACCCCUGAGCCAAUAAGAGUGUCCCAAGCUCCCUCUGCACCAGAGAACUUGUAUGUCACUGAUGUGACCUCUGACAGUGCUAGCCUUGCGUGGACCAAACCUCUGCAUGAUGGUGGUAGCUUGAUUACUGGAUAUGUCAUUGAAGCUCAGAAGAAGGACACUGAUCAGUGGGUCCACAUGGCCACCAUCAAAGCUCUAGAUUACACUGUUACAGAUUUGGUUGAGGGUGCUGAAUACACCUUCCAUAUAAUGGCUGUGAAUGCAUCAGGCCGAAGUGAUCCCCGUGAAAGCAGACCUGCAAUAAUUAAAGAGCACACCUCUGCUCCAUCAUUUGAUCUGAGAGGGGUCUACCAGAAAACCGUGAUUGUUAAGGCAGGAGAUCGUGUGAAGGUAGAGAUUCCGGUGCUGGGAAAACCCAGGCCUGUUGUCUCCUGGAAGAAGGGAGACUUUGUGUUGAAAGAGACACAACGAAUAAAUGUUGAAACAACAUCAACAUCAACUAUUCUCAACAUUAAUGAGGUCAGGAGGACUGAUGGAGGCCAGUAUUCCAUGACAGGAAAGAACAUGCUUGGUACAGUGACAGAGACAAUCACCCUCCUGGUCCAUGAUAUUCCAGGUCCUCCUAGUGGUCCUAUCAAACUGGAUGAGGUCUCAUGUGAUUAUGUCAUUCUCUCAUGGGAAGCUCCAGAAAAUGAUGGAGGUGUUCCUAUCAACAACUAUAUUGUUGAGAUGCGAGAGACUACUGGCACUUCAUGGGUGGAAUUGGCAGCUACCGUUAUCCGAACCACAUUCAAAGCAGCAAGACUCAAUACUGGUACCCAGUAUCAGUUCCGUGUCAAGGCUCAGAACAGAUAUGGCAUUGGACCUUGCAUUCUCUCUGAACCAGUGUUGGCUGCCUAUCCAUUUGAUGUGCCAAGUCAGCCUGGCAGUCCCAUGGUAACAUCGUUCAACAAGGAUCAUAUUACUCUUAGCUGGAAUGAGCCAGCCUCUGAUGGAGGCAGUCCUAUUCUAGGCUAUCACAUGGACAGAAAGGAGAAGAAUAGCAUUCUGUGGCAGAGGAUCAGCAAAGCUCUUGUUGUUGGAAACAUCUUCAAAUCAACAGGCCUUGUUGAUGGCAUUGCAUACGAACAUCGUGUUAUUGCUGAAAACAUGGCUGGUCUUAGCAAACCUAGCAAACCCUCUGAGCCUAUGUAUGCUUUGGACCCAGUCGAACCACCAGGCAGACCUGUAGCACUGAAUAUUACCAGACAUGAGGUGACACUGUCAUGGACCAAACCAGAAGGUGAUGGGGGAUUCUCCAUCACUGGAUAUACAGUAGAGAGGAGAGAGAUGCCUAAUGGACGCUGGCUCAAAGCAAACUUCAACAACAUUCUAGAAACCAUGUUUACAGUUAGUGGUCUGACUGAAGAUGCAACCUACGAAUUUCGUGUGUUUGCUCGUAAUUCAGCUGGUGCUGUUAGCGCUCCAUCUCAGCCAUCAGAGACAAUCACAUGCAGAGAUGACAUCGAAGAGCCCAGGCUUGAUGUGGAUACAUCAUAUAGCAGCAUUGUUGCAGUCAUGGCAGGAGAGCCAUUCAAGCUGGAAGCCAGUGUGACUGGCAGACCAUUACCUUCUUUAGUAUGGACCAAGGAAGGAAAGGAGCUGGAGGAUACGGGCAAAAUAGAAAUAAAGACAUCUGAUUUUCACACAACUUUAAUCAAUAAAGAUUCACUCAGGAGGGAUGGUGGUUCUUUCACCCUGACUGCCAGCAAUCCUGGUGGCUUUUCCAAAUUCACAUUCAAUGUUAAAGUAUUUGACAGACCUGGACCACCAGAUUCCCUAACUGUUACAGAUGUCACUGCUGAGAAAUGUGUGCUUAACUGGCUACAUCCAACCCAUGAUGGUGGUGCCAAGAUUGAGUACUUCAUAAUACAGAGGCGUGAGACCAGUAGGUUGGCAUGGACAAAUGUGGCAACAGACCUUCAAGUAAACAGGUUUAAAGUUACCAAGCUUCUUAAGGGCAAUGAGUACAUUUUCAGGGUCAUGGCUGUUAACAAGUAUGGUGUGGGUGAGCCUUUAGAGUCGGAAGCCAUUAUUUGUGCCAACCCAUAUGGUCCAAGUGACACACCAACACAGCCUGAAGUCACCACAAUUACUAAAGACUCUAUGGUUGUUUGCUGGGAGCGUCCUGAACAUGACGGAGGCAGUAGAAUCAACACAUAUAUAAUAGAAAGACGGGAUAAGACAGGCCUACGCUGGGUGAAGUGUAACAAGAGAACUGUAACUGACUUGCGAUUCAAGGUCUCUGGUCUUACACUAGGACAUGAAUAUGAAUUCAGAGUUUUUGCUGAAAAUAAUGCUGGUCUAAGCCAGCCUAGUCCUUCCAGUCCGUUCUACAAAGCAGUCGACACCAUCUUCCAGCCUGGACCACCAGGAAACCCAAGACUGCUGGACACAACAAAGUCGUCAAUUACAGUUGCCUGGAACAAACCUGUCUAUGAUGGUGGUUCUGAAAUCACUGGUUACAUUGUGGAAACUUGCCUGCCUGAGGAGGAUGAAUGGACAAUCCAUACUCCUAAAAAGGGAUGGACAGCCACCUCCUUCAGCAUCACAAAUCUGAAGGAAAACCAGGAGUACAAAAUUAACAUCUGCGCCACUAAUAGUGAAGGAGUGGGAGAGCCUGCUGCUGUUCCUGGAACCCCUAAGGCUGAAGACAGACUACUUCCUCCAGAAAUUGAACUUGGUGCAGAACUACGUAAAGUAGUCUGCAUAAGAGCCUGUGGUACACUUAGACUGUUUGUCCCUAUCAAGGGCAGACCAGCACCAGAAGUAAAAUGGUCAAGAGAGCACGGAGAAUCUCUAGACAGAGCCAACAUUGAAAUCACUUCAUCAUUCACAACUCUUCAGAUAGACAAUGUUGACAGAUUUGAUGGAGGAAAAUACUUGGUGACAGUAGAAAAUGCAUCGGGAAGUAAGACAGCUUUUGUUAAUGUCAGAGUACUAGAUACUCCUGGAGCACCCCAGAAUCUGAUUGUUAAAGAGGUCACCAGAAAUUCUGUUUCCUUGGUUUGGGAUGCACCUCUCAUAGAUGGGGGCUCCAGAAUCCGCAGCUACAUUGUGGAGAAACGUGAGUCAACCAGAAAAGCCUACUCAACUGUUUGUGCCAGUUGCCAUAAGUCUAGUUGGAAAGUUGGAGACUUAGAGGAAGGAAAAUUGUACUUCUUUAGAAUCCUGGCUGAAAAUGAGUUUGGUAUUGGUCUUCCAGUAGAGACUCUUGAACCAAUUAAAGCAUCAGAGAAGCCUCUACCACCAGGCAAAGUAUCCCUCCUUAAAGUAACCAGUACUAGUGUCACACUAGCUUGGGAAAAACCAGAUCAUGAUGGUGGAAGCAGAAUUACAGGCUAUUUUAUUGAGAUGCAGAGAAAGGGAAGUGAGAAAUGGACUCAGGUCAUGGUGGUAAAAACCAACGAGGCUCAGGUUACUGGACUUACACAGGGAGAAGAGUAUAUGUUCCGUAUUUCAGCCACUAAUGAAAAGGGUGUUAGUGAUCCACGCCCUCUCAAUGUGCCUGUAGUGGCUAAAGAUUUGAUAAUCCCACCAACUUUCAAGCUGCUUUUCAACACAUUCAGUACACUUGCAGGAGAUGAUCUUAAGAUUGAUGUUCCAUAUGUUGCCUGCCCAAAGGCUACAGCAACUUGGUUCAAAGAUGGUAUUGUUCUCAAGGAAACAAUAAGGGUUAAUGCUGAGACAACAGACAAUAACCUCCAUCUUGUCAUUAAGGAAGCUUGCAGAGAUGAUGUAGGCAUAUACACUAUAAAACUUACCAACACAGCUGGAGAGGCUACAGCUGAUAUCAGUGUUGUUGUCUUAGAUAAACCUGGUCCUCCAGCAGGCCCAAUCAAGCUGGAUGAAGUCACUGCUGACAGUGUGGUCUUGUCUUGGAAUCCCCCACUGUAUGAUGGUGGUUGUGCAAUCAAUAAUUACAUUGUAGAGAAGAGAGACACAUCAACUACAAACUGGCAGAUUGUGUCUGCUACAGUAGCCAGAACAACCAUUAAGGCAGCCCGUCUGAAAACUGGACUUGAGUACCAAUUUAGAAUUGCUGCAGAAAAUAGGUAUGGGAAGUCUUCAUUCCUGCUUUCUGAUAACAUUGUUGCUCAGUAUCCUUUUGAAGUGCCCAGCUCACCACGUUCCAUUGUGGUGCAGUCAGUCACCAGGGAGAACAUGAUUGUUGUAUGGGAGAAACCUAGCAAUGAUGGUGGAAGCAAAAUUCUAGGCUACCACUUAGAACUUAAGGAGAGAAACAGUAUUCUGUGGGUGAAACAGAACAAACAGCUUAUCCCAGAGACCAGAUUUAAGGUUGUUGGACUCGAGGAAGGUAUUGAAUAUGAGUUUAGAGUCUAUGCUGAGAAUAUUGUUGGCCUGAGCAAAGCCAGCAUAGUGAGUGAAAUGCAAGUGGCCAGGGAUCCUUGUGACAGACCAGGGAAACCAGAAGCUGUCAUUGUAACAAGACACCAAGUAACUCUGAGAUGGACCAAACCUGAGUAUGAUGCUGGUAUCAAGAUCACAGGCUAUGUGGUUGAGAAAAAGGAAGGAGGUGGCCGUUGGAUGAAGGCCAGUUUUGCCAAUGUUAUUGAGACUGAAUUUGUUGUCACAGGACUUACUGAAGAUCAGACUUAUGAGUUCCGUGUCAUUGCCAAAAAUGCAGCAGGUGUCUUUAGCCAACCAUCUGAUUCUACUGGAACCAUCACUGCCAAAGAUGAGGUUGAUCCUCCUAGAAUUGACUUGGAGACUAAGUACUCCCAGGUUAUGGUUGUGAAUGCAGGAGAGACAUUUAGACUUGAAGCAGGAAUUUAUGGUAAGCCUGUGCCCAGUGUACACUGGCUGAAAGAGGGCAAUGAGAUUACAGAAGCGGCUCGUUUAGAAAUUCAUAAUACAGACUUUACAGCUUGUAUAAUUGUUAAGGAAGCCAUUCGUGUUGAUGGAGGUCAGUACACCUUGCUGGUAAAGAAUGUUGGAGGAGAGAAAACUGUUCACAUUAAUGUCAAGGUCUUGGACAGACCAGGUCCACCAGAGGGCCCUAUAUCUAUCUAUGGUGUCACCAGUGAGAAAUGCUCAAUUUCCUGGAAACCUCCCUUGCAAGAUGGCGGUAGUGAUGUUUCACAUUACAUUGUUGAGAGGAGGGAAACCAGCAGACUUGUGUGGACUGUAGUUGAACAAAAAGUUCAGACUUUGAAUCUGAAAAUCACCAAACUUCUUCCUGGUAAUGAAUACAUAUUCAGAGUAAUACCUGUAAACAAAUAUGGUAUUGGUGAACCUUUAGAAUCUGAGCCAAUGAUUGCCAAAAAUCAAUUUGUCGCUCCAAGCCCACCAACAGAAGUAGAAGUCUCCACAAUUACCAAGGACUCUAUGGUAGUGACUUGGGAGAGACCCGUUAAUGAUGGUGGCAAUCCCAUCCAAGGUUAUGUUGUUGAGAAACGUGACAAGGAUGGUGUAAGAUGGACUAGAUGCAACAAACGCAAUUUGACUGAGCUACGCUUUAGAGUGACAGGACUCAUUGAAAAUCAUAGCUAUGAAUUUAGAGUUUCUGCUGAGAAUGCUGCAGGAAUUGGCACACCGAGCACAUCAACAGUGUACUACAAAGCACUGGAUCCAAUUUUUGAAGCAGGCCCACCAAACAAUCCCAGGGUGGUAGACAUCUCUAGGUCCACAGUGUCUCUUACAUGGGGCAAGCCCAUAUAUGAUGGUGGCUGUGAAAUUCAGGCUUACAUUGUUGAAGCGUGUGAUGUAGCAUCUGAUGAGUGGUUUAUUUGUACCCCUCCCACUGGAAUAAUAGACACUAAAUUCACAGUGACAAAGCUUCUGGAGAAGCAUGAGUACCAGUUCAGGGUUUGUGCAAUUAACAAAGUUGGUAUUGGUGAACAUGCUGAUGUGCCUGGAAAAAUUCUUCUGGAGGAGAAGCUUGAGGCUCCUGACCUUGACUUAGAUGCUGAGAUGAGAAAAACUAUCAACAUAAGAGCAGCAAGCACUUUAAGACUGUUUGUACCUGUAAGAGGUCGUCCAUCUCCUGAGGUGAAAUGGGGCAAAGCUGAUGGAGAAAUUAAGGAAACUGCCUUAAUUGAUAACACGGGAAGCUAUGCUUCACUUGUCAUUGAGAAUGUUGACAGAUUUGACAGUGGCAAGUACACCUUGACUGCAGAAAAUGCUAGUGGAGCUAAGUCAGCUUUCAUCAGCGUCAGGGUUCUAGAUUCCCCUAGUCCACCAACUAACUUAAUGGUUAAAGAGAUUACAAGGAACUCUGUCACUCUCUCUUGGGAGCCCCCACUUUUGGAUGGUGGCUCAAAGAUUAAGCAUUACAUUGUUGAAAAGCGUGAAAGCACCAGGAAAGUAUACUCUACCAUUACCACCUGCAACAAGAUGUCAUGGAAAGUUGAGUCUCUUCCAGAGGGUGGAAUCUUCUUCUUCAGAGUCUUGGCUGAGAAUGAAUAUGGUGUGGGUCUUCAAGCUAAAACUAUUGAGCCAAUUAAAAUAUCAGAGAAGCCUCAACCACCUGGUAAGGUUAGUGUUGUUGAUGUCAGUAAGAGCACUGUUACUUUAACUUGGGAGAAAUCUCAGUAUGAUGGUGGCAGUAGAAUCAGUCACUAUGAAGUUGAAAUUGCUCCUAAGGACAGUGAGACUUGGUCUGUGUGUGCCAGUGUGAAAGGUGUGGAGACAGUAGUAAGCAACCUUCUCAAGGGAGAGGAAUAUCAAUUCAGGGUAAUUGCUGUUAAUGAAAAGGGUAAAAGUGACCCAAGACAACUGGUUCAAUCAGUUGUAGCAAAGGACCUUGUCAUUGAGCCUUCUGUUAGACCCAAAGUGAGCUCCUACAGUGUUCAGGUUGGGUAUGAUCUCAAGAUAGAGGUCCCAGUUGCUGGUCAUCCAAAACCAACCAUCACUUGGACUAAGGAUGGACUGGCCCUUAAACAGACCACCAGAGUCAAUGUCACUGACUCAGCACAUCACACAACUCUAACCAUAAAGGAUGCUACCAGAGAGGAUGGUGGUAUGUACAGUAUCAAUAUUGCCAAUGCCCUGGGUUCCAAGGAUGCCACUAUUGAGGUAAUCACUUUGGAUAAACCAGGCCCACCAACAGGCCCUAUCAAGAUUGAAGAUAUAAGUGCUGAGAGUAUGACUCUUAGUUGGGAAGCUCCCACAUACACAGGUGGAUGUCCAAUCUCUAACUAUGUAGUGGAGAAAAGAGACACAACUACAACUAACUGGGUUGUUGUAUCUGCCACUGUGGCCAGAACCACAUUAAAAGUAACCAAUCUGAAGACAGGUGCUGAAUACCAAUUCAGAAUCUUUGCUGAAAAUAGAUAUGGAAAAAGUUAUGCAAUUGAUUCACAGCCUGUUGUAGCACAAUAUCCAUUCCAGGAACCCGGCCCUCCAGGGACACCAUUUGUGUCUUCAUAUACUAAAGAUUAUAUGGUGGUUGAGUGGAAUAAACCUCCAUCUGAUGGAGGCAGUGCCAUUUUGGGCUAUCAUUUAGAGAGAAAAGAAAAGAACAGUAUACUGUGGACUAAGAUCAACAAAAUGCUCAUCCAAGAAUGCAAAUUCAAGUCCACUCCACUUGAAGAAGGCAUUGAGUAUGAGUAUAGAGUAUAUGCUGAGAACAUAGUGGGCAUUGGAAAAUGCAGCAAAGUGUCUGAGGUUUACGUAGCCCGUGAUCCAUGUGAUCCACCUGGUUGUCCUGAGGCUGUAAUUAUAACCAGGCACUCAAUGAAGCUGAGGUGGUCACCUCCACAAUAUGAUGGUGGAAGCCUUCUAACUGGCUAUGUAGUUGAGAAGCGUGACCUCCCUGAGGGAAAAUGGAUGAAGGCCAGCUUUGCAAACAUUAUUGAACAAGAAUUUACAGUCACUGGCCUUACAGAGGACAGUAAAUACGAUUUCAGAGUGAUUGCAAGGAAUGCAGCUGGUGCUGUCAGUAAGCCUUCUGAUACAACAGGGUCCUUAACAGCCAAGGAUGAAGUUGAGCCUCCUAAGUGUGAGACUGAUCCUAUGUACAAUCAGACCCUUGUUAUUAAUGCCGGAGAAACGUUCAGUCUGGAGGCCAGUGUGGAAGGAAAACCCAUCCCAGCAGCUCAGUGGUUCAAGGGAAGUGUUGAAAUUGAAAACUCUGCAAGAAGUGAAAUCAAAAACACAGAUUUUAAAGCUUUACUUGUUAUGAAAGAUGCCAUCAGAGUGGAUGGUGGACAGUACACUCUGGUUCUAACAAAUGUUGCUGGAACCAAGUCCGUCCCAUUCAGUGUGAAGGUUCUAGAUAGACCAGGUCCAUCAGAAGGACCACUUACAAUUAGCAAUGUUACUGAGGAGAAAUGCUCACUGUCAUGGCUGCCACCUAGGCACGAUGGAGGUGCUAACAUUUCUCACUAUAUAAUUCAAAAGAGAGAAACCAGUCGCUUGGCAUGGACUGUGGUUUCCAGUGAUUGUGGAGCUACAAUGUUAAAGGUUACCAAACUAUUGAAGGGCAAUGAGUACAUCUUCAGAGUUAUGGCUGUCAACAAAUAUGGAGUGGGUGAGCCUCUUGAAUCCGAACCAGUCAUCAUGAGAAAUCCAUUUGUUCCUCCUGGCUCACCUCGUGAACUUGAGAUCACUAACAUUACCAGGGAUUCCAUGACAGUCUGUUGGAACCGCCCUGAGACCACAGGAGGAAGUGAUAUUGUUGGUUACAUUGUUGAAAAGAGAGACAGAGCUGGAAUUAGGUGGACCAAGAGCAAUAAACGCAGAGUGACAGACUUGCGUUUUAGAGUAACAGGACUCACUGAGGACCAUGAUUAUGAGUUCAGGGUAUCUGCUGAGAAUGCAGCUGGAGUGGGCCAGCCAAGCCCACCUACACCCUACCUCAAAGCAUGCGAUCCCAUCUUUGAACCAGGUUGUCCUACCAAUGCUCAUGUGGUUGACACUACAAAAGACUCCAUCAGCCUAGCUUGGCAUAAGCCUAUAUAUGAUGGCGGUUGUGAAAUUCAAGGAUAUGCUGUGGAAAUUACAAAGGCUGAAGAGGAAGAAUGGACUAUUUGCACGCCACCUACUGGAGUAAACACUACCAAGUUCACCAUCAAACGUUUGACAGAACAUCAAGAAUACAAAGUGCGUGUUUGCGCAAUCAAUAAAGAAGGUGUUGGUGAGCCCACAGAAAUCCAGGGAGUAUUGAUACCUGUAGAUAAAAUUGAUCCUCCAGAGGUUAUUUUGGACUCAGAACUUAGGAAAGGAAUAGUUGUUCGUGCAGGAGGCUCAAUGAGAAUCUGCAUUCCUUUCAAGGGUCGUCCUGUUCCUGAAGUAAGCUGGGCCAAGGAAGAUGGCGAGCUGCCCACUAAAGUUCAAAUUUUGUCAGGUGAAGAUUACACUCAGCUUUCCAUUGACAUAUGUGACAAAUAUGAUGCAGGAAAAUACAUCCUCACUUUAGAAAAUAGUGCUGGAAGCAAAUCAGCUUUUGUCUCCGUUAAAGUUCUAGACACUCCUGGUGCUCCUUUAAAUCUAACAGUAAAAGACAUAAAAAGGGAGAGUGUCACUCUGACCUGGGAACCUCCAGUUAUUGAUGGUGGUUCAAGAAUAAAGAAUUAUCUAGUUGAAAAGCGUGAGUCCACAAGGAAUGUGUAUUCCAAUGUAGACAACAAAUGCACAAAGACAAGUUAUCGUAUCACUGGGCUCACCGAAGGAACAAUCUACUAUUUCAGAGUCUUGGCUGAAAAUGAAUUUGGUGUUGGACAGCCAGUUGAGACAGAAGAAUCUGUCAAAACAUCUGAGCCACCUUUGCCUGUGGGUAAGGUAAAUCUGACUGAAGUCACUAAAACUACUGCCUCGCUCUCCUGGGAGAAACCAGUCCAUGAUGGAGGCAGCAGGAUCAUUGGCUACUACAUUGAGAUGCAGCCCAUGGGCUCUGAGGAAUGGGUUGUAGCUGCAACAAUCAAAACUUGUGAGGGCACUGUCACGGGCCUCAGUGCAGGACAUGAGUACUUGUUUAGAGUGUCAGCUUUCAAUGAGAAAGGCAGAAGUGACCCCAGACCUCUGGCUUCACCAGUUACUGCUAAAGAUGUAACUGUUGAGCCCAGGUUUAAAAUCAAAUUCACUACUUAUAGUUUACAACAAGGUGAAGAUCUCAAAAUUGAGAUUCCAGUAUUGGGACGCCCUGUUCCCAAGGUUGAAUGGAAAAAGGAGGGGCAAGCUCUGAAGGAGACAACCAGAUUGAAUGUAUCCAGCACACCAUCAUCCACUAAGUUGGUAAUCAAGGAAGCGAAUAAAGAAGAUUCUGGUAAAUACACUAUCACAGCCACCAGCAGCAUUGGAACAACUACAGAGGAGAUUACUGUCAUUAUUCUCGACAAGCCAGGACCACCCACAGGGCCUGUAAAAAUUGAAGAGGUGAGCUCUAAUUAUGUUACACUUUCCUGGGAGCCACCAGAAUACACUGGAGGCUGUCAGAUCAACAACUACAUUGUAGAGAAGAGAGAUACAACCACUACAGCAUGGCAGAUUGUGUCUGCUACAAUUGCCAGGACAACCAUCAAAGUCACAAAUUUAAAGACUGGUGUUGAAUACCAGUUUAGAGUGUUCGCUGAGAAUAGAUAUGGAAAGAGUUCAGCUAUUGUCUCUCCUGCUGUUGUUGCCAAAUAUCCAUUUAGUGAACCUGCUGCCCCAGGAACGCCAGUUAUAACAGCUGCAACCAAGGAUAGCAUGGUAGUUGAAUGGAAACCUCCCACCAACAAUGGAGGCAGCCCAAUUAUUGGGUAUCACCUGGAAAGAAAGGAGAAGAACAGCCUUUUGUGGACAAAACUCAACAAACUUCUAAUUCCAGAAACACGAUUCAAAACCACAGACUUGGAAGAAGGUAUUGAAUAUGAAUUUAGAGUUUAUGCUGAGAACAUUGCUGGUUUUAGUCCAGCCAGCAAGGUCUCUGAAAGCACAGUAGCUAGGGACCCAUGUGACCCACCAGGCACUCCUGAAGCCAUUGAAAUCACUAGAAACCAUGUUACACUCCAAUGGACCAGACCUCAGUAUGAUGGAGGCAGUACAAUCACUGGCUAUGUGAUAGAAAGGAGAAAGCACCCAGAUACUCGGUGGAUGAAAGCCAGCUUUACCAACAUUAUUGAGACCCAGUUCAAAAUCACUGGUCUCACUGAGGAUCGUGUCUAUGAAUUUAGAGUCAUUGCCAGAAAUUCUGCUGGCAUUUCUAGUUGCCCAUCAGGUAGCACAGGAGAAAUUACAGCCAAAGAUGCAAUUGAAGCUCCAGAUGCCACUGUGGAUUCCAAAUUCAAAGAUCUGACAGUUGUUCAUGCUGGUGAGUCAUUUGUCAUCGAUGCGGACUAUACAGGUAAACCUCUGCCUGAGGUCACAUGGUUGAAGGAUGGAAAGGAAAUUGACAAAACCACACCAAGAACAGAGAUAAAGACCACACUUACCCGUACCAUCCUGACAGUUAAGGAUUGUAUCAGAGUGGAUGGUGGUCAUUUUGUCCUCAAACUUGUAAAUGUGGGUGGAAUCAAAAUGGUCCCAGUUAAUGUCAAGAUUCUGGAUAGACCUGGUCCUCCAGAUGGACCAUUAGAAGUCAAAGGAGUAACAGCUGAAAAAUGUUAUCUACACUGGAGCCAUCCUACACAUGAUGGUGGUGCUAGCAUCUCUCACUAUAUCAUUGAGAAGAGGGAGACAAGUCGUUUGUCUUGGACCAUGGUUGAGCCCAAGAUCCAGGCAAUCAGUUACAAAAUUACAAAACUUCUUCCUGGAAAUGAAUACAUCUUUAGAGUCACUGCUGUGAAUAAAUAUGGUGUUGGUGAACCUUUAGAAUCUGAGCCUGUGAUUGCUCGUAAUCCAUUCACCACUCCCAGUGCCCCCUCCACUCCUGAGGCCAGUGCUAUUACUAGGGAUUCCAUGGUGCUUACCUGGGAGAGGCCUGAGAAUAAUGGAGGAGCUGAAAUUGAAGGAUAUGUACUUGAAAAACGUGAUAAGGAUGGUGUCAGAUGGACCAAGUGCAACAAGAAGAGGCUGACUGACCUGAGAUUCAGGUGCUCUGGCCUCACAGAAGGUCACUGGUAUGAAUUCAGAGUUUCAGCUGAAAAUGCUGCUGGUGUUGGAAAGUCUAGCACACCAACACAGUAUAUCAAGGCAUGUGAUGCCAUUUAUCCACCAGGACCUCCAAAUAACCCCAAAGUUACAGAUCAUUCAAGCAGCACAGUCUCCCUUUCCUGGUCCAGGCCUAUCUAUGAUGGUGGAGCACAGAUUACUGGAUAUGUUGUUGAAAGAAACGAAGCAGGAGAUGAUGAAUGGUUUGUCUGCACACCACCUACUGGUGUCCAAGAAACUCAUUACAUUGUAAAGAAACUGAAAGAGAAUGCAGAGUAUAAUUUCCGCAUCUGUGCUGUUAACUGUGAAGGCGUGGGGGAUCAUGUGGACCUACCUGUAUCUGUGAUUGCUGCAGAGAAACUGGAGGCUCCUGAAAUUGAACUAGAUGCUGACUUGAGAAAGAUGGUCAAUGUUCGUGCCACUGCCAUGCUGCGCCUCUUUGUGCCAAUCAGAGGAAAGCCUGAGCCUGAGGUCAGAUGGUCAAAAGCAGAUGGAACUUUAAAUGAACGUGCACAGAUUGAAGUUACAAGCUCUUACACAAUGCUGCUGAUUGAGAAUGUUGACAGAUUUGACACAGGCAAAUACACACUGACCCUUGAAAAUCUUAGUGGCUCUAAAUCAGCCUUUAUCAAUGUUAAAGUUCUGGACUCCCCCAGUGCGCCUACUAAUCUGCAGGUUAAGGAUGUAAAAAGACAUUCUGUCUCUCUUUCCUGGGAGCCUCCGCUUAUUGAUGGUGGGGCUAAAAUAUCACACUAUAUUGUAGAGAAGAGAGAACAAAAACGAAUGGCAUUCACUAGUGUUAGCAUGAACUGUGUGAGGAAUUCCUACAUUAUUACUGACCUGCAAGAGGGGGGCAGAUACUUUUUCCGUGUGCUGGCUGUGAAUGAGCUAGGAGUAGGUCUUCCUGCUACCACAGAUCAAGUCAAGGUAUCAGAGGCUCCUUUGCCUCCGGGUAAAAUUGUUGUGGUUGAUGUGACUCGUCAUACUGUCACUCUUUCAUGGGAGAAACCUGAUCAUGAUGGAGGCAGUAAAAUCACAACCUAUAUUAUAGAAAUGCAGCCCAAAGGAGAUGACAAAUGGACAGUUUGCAGUGAAGCCAAAGCACUGGAAGUUACUAUUGAUGGACUCACCACUGGUGAGGAGUACACCUUCAGGGUGAUUGCUGUGAAUGAUAAGGGUAGGAGUGAUGCCAAACCUUUGGCUACCCCUGUUGUGGUAAAAGACAUCACAAUGGAGCCCAUUAUUAACCUGCUGUUCAACACAUACAGUGUAAAAGCAGGAGAUGACUUGAAGAUUGAUGUUCCCUUCAAAGGGCGACCUCAACCUGAAGUGUCCUGGAAGAAGGAUGGUCAAAUGUUGAAGCAGACAACCAGGGUAAAUGUUGUGAAUUCCAAGACCUCAUCCAAAAUUGUCAUCAAGGAUGCUACCAAAGAGGAUGUUGGAAAAUAUGAGAUUACAUUGACUAAUUCAGUUGGCACCAAGACAGCUGAAAUCUCAGUUAUAAUCCUGGACAAACCUGGGCCACCCAGCAAUAUUAAGGUGGAUGAGGUGAGUGCCGACUUCAUCUCUCUGUCCUGGGAUCCUCCAACCUAUGAUGGUGGAUGCCAGAUUAACAACUAUGUUGUAGAGAAAAGAGACACCACCUCUACCACGUGGCAAAUUGUCUCAGCCACGGUUGCAAGGACAUCAAUAAAGGUUUUGCGACUCAACCAGGGCACAGAGUACCAGUUUCGCAUUGCAGCUGAGAACCGUUAUGGUAAAAGCCCUGCCACAGACUCUGCUCCUGUUAUUGCCCAGUAUCCAUUUGAGCCUCCUGGUCCUCCAACCAAUAUUCAUGUUGUCCAUGCCACCAAGACUGGCAUGCAUGUAUUAUGGGACAGACCUGCCAGUGAUGGUGGAAGCCCCAUUAUUGGUUAUCAUAUUGAAUGCAAAGACCAAAGCAGCAUUCUGUGGACCAAAGUCAACAGAGGUCUACUGGCUGAAAACCAGUUCAAAAUGACUGGCAUUGAAGAAGGCCUGUUGUAUCAAUUUAGAGUCUAUGCUGAAAAUAUUGCUGGCAUUGGUCCAUGCACUAAACCUAGUGAUCCUGUUGCAGCCAGGGAUCCUUGUGAAUCACCACAUAAUCUUAGAGUUACAAAUAUCACUAGAAACUCAGUUUCUCUCUUCUGGAAUGCACCUGAAUAUGAUGGUGGAGUGAAAAUUACUGGAUAUGUUGUAGAGCGCAAAGAACUUCCCAAUGGUCGCUGGCUGAAAUGCAACUUCACCAAUGUGCAAGACACCUACUUUGAUGUCACAGGCCUCACAGAAGACGUCCAGUAUGACUUCCAUGUUAUUGCAAGAAAUUCAGCAGAGAUGUUGAGUGCUCCUUCAGAAAGCACUGGUCCUGUAACUGUUAAGGAUGAUGUAGACCCUCCAUCCAUUAUCAUGGAGGAUAAAUUCAGACAGUUGGUUGUCAUUAAGGCUGGAGAGAUAAUAAGAAUAGAUGCUGAAAUAACAGGGCGUCCACUUCCUGUGCUUUCCUGGUCUAAGGAUGGAAAAGAGAUUGAGGCCAAGGCCAGGUGUGAAAUCACCUCCACCAACUUUACAACCACCCUGAUUGUCAGAGAUGCUAUUAGGAAGGACUCUGGUCAGUAUGUCCUGACUCUGCACAAUGUAGCUGGAACAAGGUCUGUGGCUGUCAACUGUAAGGUUCUAGACAGGCCUGGACCUUCCUCUGGACCUCUGGCUGUGUCUGGUCUUACAGCUGAGAAAUGCACUCUAACAUGGGGACCUCCUCAAGAGAAUGGUGGUGCCGAAAUCAUGCAUUACAUUGUGGAAAAACGUGAGACAAGUCGCCUUGCCUGGACCCUGGUCUAUGGUGAUAUGAAGGCAACUACUUGCAAAGUUACUAAGCUGCUCAAAGGAAAUGAGUAUAUCUUUAGAGUCAGGGGAGUAAACAAAUAUGGAGAUGGUGAAGCACUGGAAAGUGAGCCAAAAAAGGCAAUGGAUCCAUUCACUGUGCCUGUAGCUCCCACUAAUGUCCAGGUCACCUCAGUUACUAGUGAGGCAAUGACAAUCUGUUGGGAAAGACCACAUUCUGAUGGUGGCAGCAGUAUCUCUGGCUAUGUUAUUGAAAAGCGGGAGAAGACUGGCCUUCGUUGGUGCCGUGUCAACAAGAAACCUGUUUAUGACCUCAGAGUCAAAGCCUCCAAUCUUCGUGAGGGCUGUGAGUAUGAGUACAGAGUGUUUGCAGAAAAUUCUGCUGGCCUCAGUGCUCCUAGCAUCCCUUGCCCACUCAUUAAGGCUGAAGACCCACAAUUCCUGCCUUCACCUCCUCCUAAACCUAAAAUUAUUGACUCUACAAAGACCACAGCCACACUAACUUGGAGUAAGCCACUAUUUGAUGGUGGAGCGCCUGUGACUGGUUACAGAGUAGAAUACAGACAGACACUAGAUGAUGAAUGGAUUAUUGGAGUUCAGAACACCAAGAACACAGAAUUCACUGUGGUGGGACUGACUCCUGGGGUUGAAUAUGUGUUUGUUGUCAAGUCAAUUAACAAAAUAGGAGUCAGUGAACCUAGUCCUGAGUCAGACAAACAAAUUGCAAAAGAAAGUGAGGAAGAACCAGCCUUUGAAAUAAGUAAUGAAAUGAGAAAAACUCUUAUUGUGAAAGAUGGAAGCUCAUUUACUAUGACAGUACCCUUCAGAGGAAAACCCAUUCCUAUUGUUUCAUGGACUAAACCUGACAUAGACCUUAGAGUACGGGCUGUCAUUGACACUACAGACACAUUUACCUCAAUCACCUUAGAAAAAGCAACUCGCAAUGACUCUGGAAAAUACACCGUCACCUUGUCCAAUGUUGCUGGAACCUCCUCAUUGACACUCAAUGUUAGAGUCCUUGAUUCACCUGGACCUCCUGCUCAAGUGGAAGUCAAGGAAGUGACAAAGACUUCUGCCACUGUAACCUGGGACACUCCUGAGAAUGAGGGAGGAGGGCCAGUCAAGAAUUACCUUGUUGAUUUCCGUGAAGCUAGCAAAAAAGGUUGGACUAGGUUGACUGACACAUGCCACAGACUGACAUACAAAGUGGCCAACCUGAAAGAGGGAGAAGUUUACUAUUUCAGAGUAACAGGCGAGAAUGACUACGGUAUUGGUAUUCCUGCUGAGACCAAAGACGGAACCAAAAUCACAGAAAAACCAAGUCUGCCACCAAAGCUAGGAGUAACCAAUGUCACCAAGGAGAGUGUGUCUUUGGCUUGGGCUAAACCAGAACAAGAUGGGGGAAGCAGAAUCACUGGCUACCUGGUUGAAGCACUGGAAAAAGGUCAGGAGAAGUGGGUUAAGUGUGGUGUUAUCAAGUCCACCCACUUCACAGUGUCUGGCCUGAGAGAGAAAGCAGAGUACUUCUUCAGAGUCAGGGCUGAGAAUCAUGCUGGAUUCAGUGAUGCAAAGGAAAUGAUCAUCCCUGUUAUGGUCAAAGACCAGCUUGAACCUCCUGAGGUAAUCAUGAAGGACUUCCCCCACAACACAGUUUAUGUCAGAGCUGGCUCCACACUCAAGUGUGAGAUCCCACUGACAGGCCGGCCAUUGCCAAAAAUCUCUCUUUCCAAGGAUAAUGUGAUGCUCAAGUCAACAAUGAGGUUCAACUCUGAAGUUACUCCUGACAGCAUCAAAAUCACUCUGCGGGAGAGUGUUGCUGGAGACUCAGGGCGCUAUGACAUCAUUGCUUCUAACUCCAGUGGAACCACCAAAUCUUAUGUCAAAAUUGUGGUUCUGGAUCGUCCAAGUGCCCCACUUGGACCAGUAGAGUUGUUUGAUGUCACAGAGGACAGUGUAAGUCUGACAUGGCUUCCACCAGCAUACGACGGUGGCAGCCCUAUCACUAACUACGUUGUUCAAAAGAGAGAGACAACUACAGCCAACUGGAUGGAUGUCUCCUCUGCUGUGGCUCGCUGCACCAUGAAGAUCAUGAAGCUGACCACUGGGUUGGAGUACCAGUUCAGAAUCAGGGCUGAAAACAAAUACGGAAUCAGUGAACACAUCGACUCACCAGCUGUUGUUGUCAACCUUCCAUACACUACUCCGGAUGUUCCAUCAACUCCAGAAAUCACUGCUGUAACCAGAGAAACCAUCACAUUAGCCUGGAAAGAGCCCACAUCAGAUGGAGGCAGUCAGGUGUUUGGCUACCAUCUCCAAAUGAAAGACAAGAACAGUAUUCUGUGGCAGAGAGUGAACAGAUCUGUGAUCCGUGCAACACACUUCAAGGUCACCAACAUCAAUGCUGGACUCAUUUAUGAGUUCAAGGUGGCAGCAGAGAAUGCUGCUGGACUCAGUGCUUUCAGCAAAGCUUCAGACGCUGUGCUGGCCAUUGAUGCUUGUGAGCCACCCAUCAACCUGCGUAUCAGUGACAUCACCAAAAAUUCCAUCAGCCUGGCCUGGGAGAAGCCCAACUAUGAUGGUGGAUCCCCCAUCACUGGUUACAUCAUUGAGAAGAAAGAAGGUGUCAGUGUCAAGUGGUCCAAAGCUAACCUGACUAAUGUCUCUGACACACGUUUCACUAUGACUGGCCUUACCCAGAACGAGACAUACAAGUUCAGAGUCAUGGCCAAGAAUGCAGUUGGCUCAGUCAGCAACCCAUCUGUGACAGCUGGACCGACCACCUGUGUGGAUACCUACGGUGCACCAGAGAUUGAAAUUCCUCAAGAGUACCUUAAUGAGGUCAAACAUAGUGCUGGUUCUGAUGUGGAACUCAAGUUUAAUAUCACAGCCAAACCUGCCCCAACUAUUGAGUGGUUUAAAGAUGGCAAAGAACUGAAGCCCACUAAUCAGCUCUCUUUCAAACACACUUUUGAGUUCACCAGUAUAUUCAUUAAGGAGACCACUCGCCUGAACUCUGGAACCUAUGAGGUCAAAGUGAAGAACUCUCUGGGAUCUGCAUGUGGUAUUGUCAGGCUGCUCAUUCAAGACAAGCCAGGGCCCCCUGCUGGAGAAAUACAGUUUAAGAAGGUGACAGCUGACAACAUCACCAUCAUGUGGUCUCCACCUGCUGAUGAGGGUGGAGCCAUGGUAACUCAUUACAUCGUAGAGAAGAGGGAGACCAGCAGAGUCAUGUGGUCUAUUGUGUCGGAGAAACUCGUAGACUGCAUUGUAAAUGUGCCUAGACUUAUCCAGGGUAACGAGUACAUCUUCAGGGUCCGUGGAGUCAACAAGUAUGGCAUCGGAGACCCACUGGAGUCUGAGCCCAUUAUUGCCAAGAACGCUUUUGUUCCACCCAGUGAGCCAUCCAAGCCUAAAGUUACCAUGAUCACCAAGUCCACAAUGACAGUGAUUUGGGAAAGGCCAGCACUGGAUGGAGGCAGUGAUAUUGAUGGUUAUUACCUUGAAAAAAGGGAGAAGAAAAGUCUGCAAUGGUUCAAGGUGGUGAAGGGCACCAUCAGAGACACCAGGCAGAAAGUCAGCAACCUGACAGAGAACAAUGAGUACCAAUUCAGGGUUUGUGCUGUCAACAAGGCUGGUGCUGGAAACUACUCUGAGGCCUCAGACCUUUACAAGGCCUAUGACCCCAUUGACCUUCCAGGUGAACCCUCCAAACUGCGUGUGGUGGACUCCACAAAAACCUCCAUCACUCUAGGCUGGGAUAAACCAGUCUAUGAUGGUGGCAGUGAAAUCACACACUACGUAUUGGAACAGAUGAAUGCAGAGGACAAAGAAUGGGUGACCAUCAAUCCCCAGGUCAAGACAUGCGAGUAUGUGGCAUCUCACCUCAAACCUGGAACUUAUUACUACUUCAGGGUAUCUGCUGUAAACUGCAAGGGUAAAGGAGAGGACAUCAAGAUGUACCAGCCUGUGCAAGCCAAAGACAUUUUAGAGGAGGCUGAUUUGGACUUGGAUGUAUCCAUGACAACUCAGUACAUAGCUCGGGCUGGCCGUGACGUUGAAGUGUUUAUCCCUCUGAAGGGGCGUCCCACUCCCAAUGUCACCUGGCGCCGUGGCGAUCGCAACAUAGCUGGUGACAACCGCUACACCAUCAGCAGCACUGAGAGAUCUACCACACUCCUUAUACCAAAAGUCACCCGUGAUGACUGUGGAAAGUAUGUGCUGGAGAUAGAGAAUGGUGUAGGAGAACCCAAGGUAAUCACAGUUUCCCUAAAGGUUCUGGACAGUCCAUCCUCUUGCCAAAAACUUAUUGUUAAGAACGUGACAAGAGGAAAGCUGACCCUCAGCUGGGAGGCUCCUCUCAUUGAUGGUGGAUCUCCUGUCACUAAUUAUAUUGUGGAGAAGAAGGCUUCCACCAUGAAGGCUUUCCAGUUGAUCGCUGCAGAGUGCCUGAACACCUCUUAUAAGGUGUCAGGCUUGGAGGAGGAGGUAGCUUACUUUUUCCAGGUGUCAGCUGAAAAUGAGUUUGGUGUGGGUGACCCCUGUGAGACCACUGAGCCUGUUAGAGCAACAGAAACUCCAGGAGCUGUCAAAGACCUGGUAAUAAUGGACUCUACAAAGAACUCUGUUACCCUACAGUGGACCCGACCUGACCAUGAUGGAGGCAGCCACAUCACUGAGUACAUAAUUGAAAAGAGAAGCCAGGAGGAAGUCAACUGGAGUUUAGGUGCCACAUGCAAGCGCUGCACUUGUGAAGUGACAGGACUCAAGGAGAAUACUAUCCUGGAUUUCAGAGUGUUUGCCAAAAAUGAGAAAGGCAGAAGUGACUUUUCCCAGGCUGGUCCAAUCACAGUGAUGGACUUGAUUAUUCCACCUGAAGCAAUCCUCAGUGAUUAUCCCAACGGAGAGCUUUUUGUUCGUAUUGGUCAGAACAUUCACAUUGAGCUACCCUUUAAGGGUAAACCAAGACCCGCAAUCAGCUGGCUGAAAGAUAACUUUCCACUGAAAGAAAGUGAAAAGAUUCGCUUCAGGACCACUGACAACAAAACUGCAGUCACGGUCAGAGGAGCCAAGAAAGAAAAUGCUGGCCAGUACACCUUGGUGUUGGACAACAGAGUUGUCAAAAACUACUUUGAUAUCAAUGUGAUCACUCUGGGACCUCCCUCAAUGCCUGUUGGGCCUAUUCGCUUUGAUGAGAUAAAAGCUCAGAGUAUCAUCAUCUCCUGGGAUGAGCCAAAGGAAAAUGGAGGCGGUGAGAUUACCUGCUACAGCGUGGAGAAACGUGAAACCUCCCAAGCCAACUGGAAAAUGGUCUGUUCCAGUGUUGUCAGGACCACCUUCAAGAUUCCUAACCUGGUCAAGGGAACCCAGUACCAGUUCAGAGUUCGUGCAGAGAACAAAUAUGGAGUUAGUGAGCCACUCAACUCAUCAGACAUUAUAGCCCAGCACCAGUAUAAACCUCCAGGCCCACCAGGAAAGCCAGUAGCCUACAAUGUUACCAGUGAUGGUAUGACUAUCAAGUGGGAUGCCCCAGGCUUUGAUGGAGGUUCCCCAAUAUUGGGUUAUCAUGUCGAGAAGAAAGACAGGAACAGCCUUAUGUGGCAGAAGGUGAACUCCACCACCAUUUCCAACAAAGAGUACAGGAUCAUUGGUCUCAUGGAGGGACUGGAGUACUCCUUUAGAGUCUAUGCUGAGAACAAUGCUGGAAUCAGCCCUGUCAGUGAACAAAGCAAACAUGCUCGUGCCAUUUCUCCUGUUGAUCCUCCUGGCACACCUGUCUGCAUUGAUGUAACCAGAGACUCAGUUUCACUGCAAUGGAACAUUCCCAAGAGAGACGGUGGCAGCAAAAUUGUGGCAUACAGUGUAGAAAGGCGUCAAGGCAGAGGCAAAUGGCUACGAUGCAAUUUUAUUGAUAUCAGUGAGACUCAGUUCACUGUGACUGGUCUAUCCCCUGGAGACAGAUUUGAGUUCAGAGUGAUUGCCAGGAAUGCUGUUGGCACCAUCAGUCCACCAUCCAACUCCUCUGGAUACAUCAUGACCAAGGAUGAGAGCAUUGCUCCUGAAAUCGAGUGGUCUCCAGACCAGGUGCUCACCCUGAGGGCUGGAGAGAUUGUUCGGCUUGGCUGCACCAUCACUGGACGCCCACUUCCCCAGAUUGUGUGGUACAAGGAUGGCAAAGAGAUUGAUAAGAGAACAACGAUUGACAUUGAGAUCAUCACUGGCAUUGGCACCAGUAGUCUGUUUAUUCGUGAUGCUGACAGGAGCCACCGUGGAAUCUACACGGUGGAAGCCAAAAACAGCUCUGGGACCAGGAAAGCAGACGUUAAUGUCAGAGUGCAAGAUACUCCUGGACCUGUUGAGGGUCCAAUCCGUUUCACUGGCAUUGCAGCAGAUAAAUGCACUGUAUGGUGGAACCCACCAGAAAAUGAUGGUUGUGCUGCCAUCACCCACUAUGUGGUGGAGAAGAGGGAGACAUCCAGGAUCUCCUGGGCCCUGGUCACAUCUAAGUGUGAAGCUUGUUCAUACAAUGCUACCAACCUCAUCAAGGGCAAUGAGUACCAGUUCAGAAUCUCGGCUGUCAACAAGUUUGGUGUCGGCAAACCACUAGACUCCGAUCCAGUCAUUGCACGGAUGCAAUACACUGUACCUGAUGCUCCUGGUACUCCUGAUUCCACUCAUGUGACAGGUGACAGUAUCACCCUAUGCUGGACCAGGCCGAGAUCAGAUGGAGGCAAUGAGAUCAAACAUUACAUUCUAGAAAGAAGAGAGAAGAAGAGCCUUCGCUGGAUAAGGGUCUCCUCUAAGAGACCCAUAACGGAGCUGAGGCACCGUGUCACCAACCUUACUGAGGGCAACGAGUAUGAGUUCCGAGUCAUGGCUGAAAAUGGUGCUGGUGUCGGACCAGCCAGCAACACCUCCAGGCUUUUCAAAUGCAGAGAGCCAACCAGUGCUCCUAGUGCCCCCACUGUGAUCAAGGUCAUUGACUCCACAAAGUCUUCUGUCACCCUGGAAUGGACGAAGCCUGUGUUUGACGGUGGCAUGGAAAUUAUUGGCUAUAACAUUGACAUGUGCAAGGCCAGUUUGGAAGAGUGGAAUAGAGUCAACAGUCAAAUUUGUAUCCAGAACAGCUACACUGCAAAGGGUCUGGUACCUGGAGAGCUCUACAAGUUCAGGAUCAGUGCUGUAAAUGGAUCUGGAGAGGGUGAAGCUUCAGUUAUGCCACACCCUGUUCAGGCCCUGGACAGACUUACAUCUCCAGAGAUUGACAUUGAUGCCAACUUCAAGCAAACUCAUAUUGUGAAGAAAGGAGGCACAGUCUCUCUUCAUGUUGCUUUCCGGGGAAAACCUGCUCCCCUAGCCACUUGGUCAAGAGUAGAUGGUGAACUUCCUGUCAUGGCUGAUGUCAACACCACAGAUACCUUCUCCACUCUGAUUAUAGAAGGUUGCACCAGGUAUGAGGCAGGUAAAUACACCCUGUCUCUGGAAAACAACAGUGGGCGCAAGUCUAUUACAUUCACCAUUAAAGUCCUGGACACUCCUGGACCUCCAGGAGCAAUCACCUUCAAAGAUGUUACUCGUGGGGCCUUGACAAUGAUGUGGGAUGCUCCUUCUAAUGACGGUGGAUCUCGAAUCCACCACUACAUCGUUGACAAGCGUGAGGCAAGUCGUCUUGCCUGGCAGGAGGUCAGUAGCAAGAGCUCCCGUCAGAUGGUAAGGGUAACAGGACUGGAUAUUGGCGUGCCAUACUUGUUUAGAGUGACAGCUGUUAACCAGUAUGGCCAGGGAGAACCUCUUGAAAUGACAGAGCCCAUCACUGCGACGGAAGAACCUGCACCACCCAAAAGAUUAGAUGUUGUAGACACUACUAGGUCUACAGCCUCCCUGGUGUGGUUGAAACCAGAGCAUGAUGGAGGUAGCCGGAUCAGAGGCUACAUUGUUGAAUUCAGAGCUAAGGGUACUGACCACUGGAUUGUUUAUGGAGAGGCAAAGCUGCAGAAGAUGCUGGUAGAGGAUCUGAUCGAGAACACAGAGUAUGACUUCAGGGUCAAGGCCAAAAAUGAUGCUGGAAUCAGUGAGCCUCAGGGUACUUUGAGCUCAGUGGUAAUUAAGGAGCCUCGUAUUGAACCAACUGCUGACCUGAGCAGCAUCACCAACCAGCUCAUCACCUGUAAAAUCUCUAACACCUUCACAAUUGACAUCCCCAUAAGUGGCAGACCUGCACCCAAGGUCACAUGGAAACUUGAGGAGAUGAAGCUGAAAGAGACUGACAGAAUCCUAAUAAGGACCUCUAAGGAAAGAACGACUCUGAUUGUGAGAGACAGCAAGAGAAACGACAGUGGCAAGUAUUACCUGAUCCUGGAGAAUGCUGCUGGUGUGAAGAUUUUCACAGUGACUGUGGUCAUUGUUGGCAGACCAAGUCCACCCUCAGGUCCCUUGGAGGUUUCUGGAAUCUCCUCAGAGUCCUGCAUUCUGGCCUGGUCUGAGCCAGCUGAUGAUGGUGGAACUGAAAUCACCAACUACAUUGUUGAAAAACGGGAAUCUGGCUCUGCCUCCUGGCAGGUGGUUAACUCCAGCGUGCAGCGAACCACAAUUAAAGUGACUCACCUCACCAAAUACAUGGAGUACACCUUCAGAGUGUGUGCCGAGAACAAAUAUGGAGUCAGCAAAUCCAUAGAGUCUUCUGCUGUUGUGAUUGAGCAUCCAUUUAUUCCUCCAAGUCCUCCAACUCGACCAGAUGUGGUAUCUGUGUCAGCUAAUGCCAUCAGCAUCAAGUGGGAUGUCCCGUAUGCUGAUGGUGGUAGCAAGGUGACAGGCUACUGGAUUGAGAAGAAAGAGAGGAACACAAUCCUGUGGGUGAGGGAGAACAAACUGCCCUGCUUGGAGUGCCAUUACAAGGUGUCCAACCUGAUUGAAGGCUUGGAGUAUCAGUUCAGGGUGUAUGCCAUGAACCUUGCUGGACUCAGCAAGGCCAGUGAGGCCUCUAGACCAAUGGUGGCACUCAAUCCUGUUGAUCCUCCUGGUAAACCUGAGGUUACGGACAUCAGCCGCUCAUCCGUUUCAUUGUGCUGGACGGUGCCCUUCAAUGAUGGCGGCAGUAAGAUUGUUGGUUACAUCGUGGAGAGGAAAGUCUACAGCACAGAUGAGUGGGAUGACAACCGCUGGCUGAAAUGCAACUACACUACAAUCACAGAGAACUACUUCACAGUCACAAAUCUGGGAGAAGGAGAGACCUACGAGUACAGAGUCAUUGCCAAGAAUGCGGCUGGGGUCCACAGUGUGCCAUCAGAGUCCACUGGACCAGUGACAUGCAAGGAUGAAUACUCUCCUCCCAGAGCUGAGCUGGACAGCAAGCUGAUAGGUGAGACCGUUACUGUCAUGGCUGGCUCUGAUUUAGUCCUGGAUGGUGCCGUGGGUGGAAAACCAGAGCCAGCGGUCUACUGGUCAAAGGGCGACAAGAUCUUGGAGCUCGGCGAGAAAUACUCACUGACAUACACCUCCACCAAAGCCAUGGCUGUCAUCAAGAACUGUGACAGAUAUGAUACAGGAAGAUACACCCUCACUGCAAAAAACACCAACGGAAUAAAGACUGCAAACGUCAACGUGAAAGUUCUGGACACCCCCGGACCUCCAGCUGAUAAGAUCGUGAUCAGCCGAGUAACGGAGGAGAAGUGCACAGUUUCCUGGAAGAUUCCCUUCGAGGACGGUGGAGACAUCGUCAGCCACUACAUCGUGGAGCGCCGUGAGACCAGCCGCCUCAACUGGGUGAUCAUGGAGGCCGAGUGCAAGUCUCUGUCGUGCGUCAGCAGCAGGCUGAUCAAAAACAACGAGUACGUCUUCAGAGUCAGAGGAGUCAACAAGUUCGGACCUGGAGUUCCUCUGGAGUCCAGCCCCAUCAUCGCCAGGAAUGCCUACACUGUUCCAUCCCAGCCGGGCACUCCGGAGACCACAGCUGUAGCAAAGGAGCACAUCAUCAUCGAGUGGCUGAAGCCUGAAAGCGACGGAGGCAACGAAAUCAAAACCUACAUCGUGGAAAAACGAGAGAAAAGCAGCACCAGAUGGACUCGGGUGAACAAGACCUACACCAUCUAUGACACCCGUCUGAAGAUCACAGGCCUGCUUGAAGGAAGCGAGUACCAGUUUAGAGUGACAGCUGUCAAUGCUGCUGGAGACAGCCAGCCGAGUGACGCCACUCCCUACAUUCUCUGUAAAGACCCCACAUACACCCCAGCUGCUCCAUCAGUGCCUCGCAUCACUGACACCACAAAGCACAGCAUCAGCAUGAUCUGGACCCGACCCAUGUACGACGGUGGAUCCGACGUUUCUGGCUAUGUAGUAGAAAUCCUAGAGGAGGGCUCUGAGCAGUGGUACCGUGCCACCUCUAAGCCUCUAAAGACCAACGAAUAUGUAGCUGCCGGACUGGCAGCGAAUAAGAAGUACCAGUUCAGAGUGGCCGCCACCAACAGCAGCGGUACCGGAGAGUUCAGUGAAGCCAGUGCACAGGUCGAGGCACUGGAGAGAAUUGAAAUGCCUGACCUGGAGCUGGCUGAUGACUUGAAGAAAACUGUAUGUCUGAGAGCCGGAGGUACCUUGCGUCUGCUCGUGUUCGUUUCUGGCCGACCAAUACCAGUGAUCGCCUGGAGAAAGACGGGCGUGGAGCUGCAGACCCGUGGCUACAUCGAGACCACUGAAAGUUACACAGCACUCACUGUGGAGAAGGUCAAUCGCUAUGACUCUGGAAAAUAUGUUGUGGAGGCAGAGAAUCCAACUGGCAAGAAGACUGCCACCAUCCUGGUUAAAGUCUACGAUACUCCUGGUCCUCCAGGUUCAGUCCGGGUGAAGGACUACACUAAGGAAUCUGUCGUGAUCACCUGGGAUGUUCCAACAAUUGAUGGAGGCGCUCAUGUCAGCAACUACAUUGUGGAGAAGCGUGAAGCCAACAUGAAGUCAUACAAGACCGUCACUACUGAGUGCAGGAAAACUUUGUUCAGGAUCACAGGCUUAGAAGAAGGUGUGCACUACUUCUUCAGAGUCCUGCCUGAGAACAUUUAUGGUGUUGGUGAGCCCUGUGAGACAACAGAACCUGUCUUGGUGUGUGAAGUACCAUCAGUGCCCAUGGACCUUCAUGUUAUUGACAUUACCAAGUCCUCCGUGACUCUGCACUGGGAUAAACCAUUGCACGAUGGUGGAAGUAGGCUGACAGGCUACAUUAUAGAAGCCUGCAAAGUUGGCUCUGACAGGUGGAGUACUGUGGCCACAGUCAAAGCCUCAGCAUCCCAACACACCAUCCAGUCCCUGACAGAGAAUGACCAGUACCUGUUCAGGAUCCGUGCCACCAAUAGCAGGGGAACCAGUGAGCCCAUGGACAUCAUAACACCGGUCACAAUUCAGGAGAUCAAGGUGAUGCCCAAGAUUGAUAUGACUAGCAUCCCUCAGAAGGUUGUCCAUGUGCAUCGGGGCAAACCUAUCGAUCUAAACAUACCCAUAAAGGCCAAACCACAACCGGUCUGCUCCUGGUACUUUGGUGGUGCUAAGCUGAAGGACAGCCUGGACCGCAUCAAGAUUGAAAGUAACGGCAAAUUCACCCACCUUCUCAUUCGUGACACCACCAUCCAUGACACUGGAGACUACAUGCUAGAAGUGAAAAACACCAUAGGCAUGGCAACUGAGGUCAUCAAGAUCAUCAUCCUUGACAAACCUGGUAUCCCAGUUGGUCCAGUGAAGAUUGAGGAGGUUGAUGGCGUAUCAGUGACCGUUAGCUGGGGAUCUCCAGAGAAGGAUGGUGGUGCUAGCGUCAGCGGCUACGUGGUGGAACAGCGUAAUGCCCACCAUCCAGGCUGGACCACUGUCUCAGAAUCGGUGACAAGACCUUGCUUCAAGUUCACCAGGCUCUCUGAGGGAACAGAGUAUGUGUUCCGUGUUGCUGCCAUGAAUCGCUUUGGUGUUGGUGGCUUCCUGCAGUCAGAGGUGGUGGAAUGCAAGAGCCCCAAAACCAUCCCUGGACCUCCAAGCCAGCCAGAAGUGAUUGAUGUCACCCACGAGGGCAUGACCCUGACCUGGCAUGCACCCGAGGACAAUGGUGGCUCCACCAUUGCCGGCUACAUUAUAGAACGUAAAGAGGCCCGUUCCGACAGGUGGCUGAGAAUCAAUAAGAAUCCUGUUACCAUGACCCGGUACCGUUCUUCUGGACUGGUUGAAGGCCUGGAAUAUGAGUUCCGUAUCACUGCCAUCAACUCCAGAGGAAAUGGCAAACCCAGUGAAUGUUCUGCCAUCACUGUUGCCAUGGACCCCAUUGAACCUCCAGGUCCUCCAGUUCAGCCUAGAGUUACAGACACCACAAGGACUUCAGUCUCUUUGGCCUGGAUGCCACCAGAAGAAGAGGGUGGAUCUGUUGUUACUGGCUAUUUUAUUGAGAUGCAGAAGGUUGACCAGGUUGAAUGGACCCUGUGCAACACCACACCCACCAAGAUGUGCGAGUACACCCUCACCCAUAUGCCCCAGGGUGCAGAAUACAAGUUCAGGGUCACGGCCUGCAAUGCUGGUGGUGCCGGAGAAUCUGCAGAGAUCCCUGGAGUGGUUAAAGUCCAGGAGAUGCUUGGUUAUCCUGACUUUGAGCUUGAUCAUAAAUACGAGGAAGGCUACGUGGUGCGACAAGGUGGAGUCAUCCAUCUGUCUGUACCCAUUAAGGGUAAACCUGUCCCGACAGUGAAGUGGACCAAAGACGGUCACGACAUCUCCCAUCGUGCUAUGAUUGCUACCCAUGACGACAUCACUGAGCUGGUCAUCAAAGAGGCACACAAAGACGAUACUGGUACCUACGACUUAGUGCUGGAAAACAAAUGUGGAAGGAAGGCCGUCUACAUCAAGGUCAAAGUGAUUGGUCGUCCUGAUGCCCCAGAGGGACCGCUGGAAUUUGACGACAUUCAGGCCAGAUCAGUCCGGGUUAGUUGGAGACCACCUUCAGACGAUGGUGGAUCUGACAUCCUUGGUUACAUUGUGGAAAGACGGGAAGUACCAAAGGCUGCCUGGUAUACAGUGGAUGCCAGGGUAACAGAGACCUCUCUGGUGGUGAAAGGUCUGAAGGAGAAUGUAGAGUACCACUUCAGAGUUUUUGCUGAGAACCAGUUUGGUGUUAGCAGAUCUCUCAAGUCAGAAGAAUCAGUUCUACCAAAGACACCUCUUUGUCCACCCGAACCUCCCAGCAACCCACCAGAGAUCAUGGAUGUCACCAAGACCACAGUGUCUCUGUCCUGGGCCAGGCCCCGGGACGAUGGUGGCUCUCGUGUAACAGGAUACUAUGUUGAACGAAGGGAGGUUUCAACAGAAAAAUGGGUCCGUCACAACAAGACCCACAUCACCACCACCAUGUUCAAUGUGACUGGUCUUAUACCCAGUGCAGAGUACAUGUUCAGAGUAGUAGCUCAAAAUGACAUUGGGCAGAGUGAACCUGGUCCUGCUUCAGAUCCCGUGGUCUGCAAAGAUCCAUUUGAUAAACCCAGCCAACCAGGAGAUAUUGACAUUGUCUCCGUCACCAAAGACAGCAUCACCAUUCACUGGCUCAGGCCUGAGCAUGAUGGUGGAAAAGAGAUCUUGGGUUACUGGGUUGAGUACAGGGAGGCCGGAGAGAGCGCCUGGAAGAAAUGCAACAAGGAGCGCUCCAAGGAUCGUCAGUUCACCAUGGGCGGCUUGAUGGAGGCUACUGAGUAUGAGUUCAGAAUCUUCGCUGAGAAUGAGACGGGACUUAGCCGACCUCGUCGUACACCUAUGGGCAUCAAGACCAAACUGAGUGUUGGUGAAGCUCCAGCUCUGAAGGAAGAGAUUGAAGAUGUAACCACAAAGCUUGGCACAUCUGGCACCCUAACCUGUGGAAUUGUAGGCAGACCUUUGCCUGAGAUUAAGUGGUAUCGCUAUGGCAAGGAGCUAAUCCAGAGCCGCAAGUACAAAAUGAGCUCAGAUGGCCGUAACCACUCCCUGAUCAUCCUGACAGAGGAGCAAGAAGAUGAGGGCCUGUAUACCUGCAGGGCUGUCAAUGAGGCUGGUGAGAUAGAGACUAGUGGCAAACUGCGUUUGCAGGCACCACCUCAGUUCCACCCUGGUUUCCCUCUGAAGGAGAAGUAUUUUGCUGGGGCUGGUACUAGCCUUCGUCUCCAUGUAGUCUACAUUGGUCGUCCAAUCCCACAGAUUAUGUGGUUCUAUGGCAAGAAACCUCUGAAUGCUUCUGAGAAUGUGAUAAUCGAAAACACAGAAAGCUAUACUCAUCUAGUGGUGAGAAACGUCCAGAGAAAAACUAACGCUGGUCGCUACAAGGUGCAACUUAGCAAUGUGUUUGGAACCAUCGACACUGUGCUAAGAGUUGAAAUCCAAGACAAACCUUGUAUCCCUGAGGGCCCUCUCAUUGUUGAUGCCCUACUGAAGAGCUCAGUUGGGAUCAGCUGGAAGGUUCCCAAGGAUGACGGUGGGUCUGUGAUCACCAACUACAUUGUGGAAAAACGUGAGGCCAAAGAAGGUGAACAGUGGCACCUGGUGUCCUCUUCGAUCUCGGGCACCACCUGCCGUGUCCCCAACCUGACAGAAAAUGCUGGCUACUACUUCAGAGUCUCUAGCCAGAACCAGUAUGGAGUCAGUGAGCCUCUAGAGAUCCCAUCAGUGGUCAUCAUCAAGAGUCCAUAUGAAAAACCUGGAAUUCCACAGCAGCCCUUCACUAUCAGCUCCACCAAAGACUCCUGUGUCGUUUGCUGGAAGCCUCCAAGCAGUGACGGUGGAGCGAAAAUCAUCAGUUACUACCUUGAGAAACGUGAGAAAAAGCAGAACAAGUGGAUGUCUGUGACAACAAAGAAGAUUGUUGAGACAAGCUUCGAAGUCCAAGGCUUGAUUGAGGGCUUUGAAUACGAGUUCCGUGUGAAAUGUGCAAACAUGGGUGGUGAGAGUGACUGGAGUGAGAUCUCCGCACCAAUCAUACCCAAGUCUGAACAGGCCCCUCGUGCUCCUGCAUUCAGGGAGGAGAUCAGAGACAUGACUGUCAAAUACCACGCCAAUGCCACUUUUGUUACAAAGGUUGUGGGUCAUCCAAAGCCUGUAGUCAAAUGGUAUCGCAGUGGAAAGGAGAUUUUGGCAGAUGGAACAAAAAUAAAAGCCCUUGAGUUCAAGGGUGGCUAUUACCAGCUUGUCAUCACUGCUGCUGAUGAGAGCGAUGCCUCAGUAUAUCAAGUCAGAGCAACCAACCCCUCAGGAUCUAUCUCUACAACAGCAAACCUGGAGGUGGAAGUCCCUGCAAAGAUCCACCUGCCUAAAGAGCUCCAGGGAAUGGGAGCAGUUCAGGCUGUGCGUGGAGAUCAUGUCACCAUCAAGAUCCCCAUCUCUGGAAAGCCUGAGCCAGCAGUCACUUGGCAGAAGGGUCAGGAGAUCCUGUCUAACUCUCUUUAUCACCAAGUCAUCACUACUAGAUCUUUCACCUCUUUGGUGUUCCAGAAGGGAGUAGAGAGGAGGGACACUGGCUACUACAUUAUUACUGCCAAAAACAGAUUUGGAACAGACAAGCAAACCAUUGAAGUAAAUGUGGCAGACAUUCCUGAUGCUCCAAAAGGACUCGUAGUCAGUGACAUUACCCGAGAUUCUAUUACCUUGACCUGGGAACCUCCUGCAAGUGAUGGUGGCAGCGAUAUUAUUGGAUACAUUGUUGAGAAGUGUCCAACCACAGCAGAUAGGUGGAUCCGUGCUGGUCACACUGAUGAAUGCAGUAUCACCAUCAUCAACAUAUUUGGAAAAACCAAAUACCAGUUCCGUAUUAUAGCAGAGAACCAGUUUGGCCUGAGUCCUCCUUCUAUGCCGACUGAACCCAUUACCACAAAGGAAGACAAGUCUGUGAUCAGGAAUUAUGAUGAGGAAGUGGAUGAAACUAGAGAGAUAACCAAAGAGGAGGCUCUUUUCUAUAAGGUAAAGGAGCUGUCCUCCAAAUACAUCAUCUCAGAGGAGCUUGCUCGCUGUCAGUUUGGAGUGGUUCACCGCUGCGUGGAGAUCGCCACAAAGAAGACCUUCAUGGCCAAAUUCAUCAAAGUUAAAGGAACUGAUCGUGAGUUGGUUCUUAGGGAAAUAGAAGCCCUUAAUGUUGCAAGACACAAAAACAUUAUCUACCUGCAUGAAUACUUUGAAAGCAUGGAGGAAAUCAUACUAAUCUUUGAGUUCAUCUCUGGAGUUGACAUCUUCGAACGUCUUGGCACCAGCAACUUUGAGCUCUCAGAGCAGGAGAUUGUCCGCUACCUGAGACAAGUCUGCUCUGCUCUCAAGUUCCUGCACAGCCAGAACUUUGGCCACUUUGAUAUCCGCCCAGAUAACAUUGUCUACACCACCAGGAGAAGUACAAACAUCAAGAUUAUUGAGAUGGGCCAGUCUAGGUUGCUGAUACCAGGAGAGAACAUCAGAAUGCUGUUCUCUGCUCCAGAGUACUAUGCCCCAGAAGUUCACCGCCAUGAUCUGGUCACAACAGCCACUGACAUGUGGUCUGUUGGUGUUUUGGCAUAUGUUCUACUUAGUGGCCUUAAUCCAUUUGCUGCUGAGUCCACAACAAAGAUAAUUGAAAACACAUCUAACUGUGAGUACAUCUUUGAAAGGGAAGCAUUUAAAGACAUCAGCCUGGAGGCUAUGGACUUUAUAGACAGACUUCUAGUCAAAGACCAAAAGCUCCGUAUGACUGCUCAUGAGGCUCUGGAGCACCCAUGGCUCAAGAUGAAGAUUGUGAAUGUCAGCAACAAGGUUAUCAGGACACUGAGACACAGAAGAUAUUAUCAGUCUCUGGUGAAGAAGACUGAUACGAUAGUCUCAGCUGCCCGUGUGGCAUUUGGAGGUGCCUUCAGGAACCAGCGAGGUUUGGAUGUUGGUAAAGUGAAAAUUGGAACUGAGUAUCAUGGCCUCCGUGCUGGCCCUGUCAUGCAUGGCUCAGCUGAGGAAGGUGGCCAUGUCAGAUUCACCUGUAGCCUUGUUAACUAUGACAAAAGCACUCAGGUCUCAUGGUACUUUGGUAACCGUCAGUUACAUCCAAGUCCAAAGUAUGAGAUUUCUUACAGUAAUGGUUUUGCCAGCAUUUAUGUAAAGGACAUUGAAGAGGGUGAUGACGGUGUCUAUAGAUGCAAAGUGGUGAGUGAUGAUGGAGAAGACAGUGCUUAUGGAGAACUCUUUGUUGAAACUGUGAGGAGCAUCAGAGAACACUACAUGAGUCGCACCAUCAAAAAACUGAGGAGGAGAGUUGACAAAACUAAACUCCUACAGAGACCACCAGAGUUCACGCUGCCUCUCUACAACCGCACUGCUUACAUUGGUGAAGAUGUGCGAUUUGGUGUCACCAUUACGGUCCACCCAGAGCCUCAUGUGUCAUGGCUCAAAAAUGGAGAACGACUCAAGGAUGACGACAGCAAGUACACAUUCACCAGCGAUAAGGGUCUAUACCAGCUCCUGAUUCACAACCUGGACACGAGUGAUGAUGCUGAAUAUACAGUCAUGGCCCACAACAAGUUUGGAGAAGACAGUUGCAAGGCUCGUCUCAAUGUGAUACCUCAUCCUGUUACAGAGGACACCAUGAGGCCCAUGUUCAAACGUCUGCUUGCUAAUGUUGACUGUGUAGAGGGAGAAAGUGUACGCUUUGAGCUCAGAGUUUCAGGAGUCCCGAGCCCAAAUCUAAAAUGGGAAAAGGAUGGCCAACCACUACAGUUUGGUCCUAAAGUUGUUGUCAUACAAGAGGACAUUGAUUACCAUGUCCUUCACAUCAGAGAGACUCUGAUGGAGGAUGCUGGUGUGUACAAAGUUACUGCAAUCAACUCUGCUGGCUCAGCAUGCUGCCAAGCUGUACUAAAGGUGGAACGCCUUACUUACACAAGACGAGAGUACAAGAGUGAGGAGGAAAAGUACAAACAUGUACAGAAACAAAUAGAAAAGACCAACAAAAUGGCUCAGCACAUUGCUGCUACUGAGGAGCUUGUGCCUCUUAACCCAACAGCACAGGAAGCUCUCAAAUUUGCUGCAGAAGUGUACAAACCUGCAGUGAGUACCAAGAACAUUGAGGGUGAGUUUGACAUCACAGUGGAGAAGACAGAAACCAAGAAGCUGGAGGAGGAGAGAAGAAUUUUCUUGCCCUAUGAGAUUCCGGAGCCUGUGAUUCAUGAUCCCAAAGCUCUGGAUGAGGACAAAGCCAUCAAGCAGUUUGUGCCACUGUCUGACAUGAAGUGGUAUCGUAAGCUGAGAGAUCAGUAUGAGGUUCCAGAAAGAACUGAGAGGAUUGUGCAGAGAAGGCAGAGACGUAUCCGCCUGUCCAGGUGGGAGCAGUUCUACGUCAUGCCCUUACCCAGGAUCACAGACCAGUACAGACCAAGGUGGCGUAUUCCCAAACUCACGCUGGAUGAUUUAGAGACUGUCAGACCUGCACGUCGCUCACCCUCUGCUGAGUCUGAAGCCUCCUUCAAAUCUAGAAGGAGAUCUCUGGGUGACCUCAGUGAUGAAGAGUUGCUGAUGCCUGUGGAUGACUACCUCACCAUGAGGAAAACAGAGGAAGAGAGACUGAUGUUGGAGGAUGAGCUGGAGCUUGGAUUUUCAGCCUCUCCUACUGGCAGCCCUGUCCGUGUCCAAAGACAUGCCCUGGAACAUGAGGAGAGGAGGCUGGAGGUCAGACAUGAGGCAGCUGAAGUAACCGAGACAAAGAAGAAACGUACCAUAUCUCAGUUUAUGAGAAGGAGAAGGUCUUUGUCUCCUACUUACAUCGAGUUAAUGCGUCCAGUCUCAGAGCUGAUCAGACCCCCACGUGCCCGGCCUCCUGUGGAAGUAGAGGGAGUAGUUGUGGAGAGGAGGUCCCCAACCCCAGAGAGAACCCGCCCUCGUUCCCCCAGUCCCAUAAAGUCAGUGGAGAGGUCAUCUCGCUCCUCCUCCAGGUUUGAUCGUUCAGCUCGCUUUGACAUUAUGUCCCGCUAUGAAGCUAGAAAAGCAGCUCUGACAUCUGAAAGGAAAUACCAGGUCGUUAGUCAAACACCUUUCAGCUUGGACCAUGCGCCCCGUGUAACUGUUAGGAUGCGCUCUCACCGAAUCCCAGUUGGCCAAGACACCAAAUUUACCUUGAACAUCCAAGCAAAGCCAGAGGCUGAAGUCAGCUGGCUUCACAAUGGAACUGAGAUUUCAGAAAGCAGUGAAAAAUACAUAUUCUCAAAUAUGAGCGGUGUUUUAUCAAUCACUAUCCUGGACUGUCAGGAAGAGGACAGCGGCAUGUACCGUUGUGUGUGCUCUAACUCCAAGGGAGAAGCAUCAGACUAUGCCACUCUGGAAGUGUCCAGUGGUGGCUACACCACAUUCUCUUCACGCCGCAGGGAUGAGGAAGUUCCUAAAGCUCAUGUCCCUGAAGUCUCUCGAAUUGACCAUUAUCACACCACACAUUUUAAAACUGGUUACACCUCCCAAACGCACCUUGAUGUGAAAGAGAGCAAGUCAAAGCUAACCGAGACACACGAGGUCGUUACACGUGAAAGAUUUGGUGAUUCUUCUGAGAGGUUCUCCUCUGCUGAGAGGUAUGACUCCUCUAUCAAGUACGCCUCAGCUGAAUACCUCUCAUCAAGUUCUUCAUAUUCAUCAGAGAAGUUCUCUUUGUCUGAGAAACACAUCACAUCCGAAGCUAAACUGAAAUCAUCAUCAUCUACUGCUGUUGCUGACCAAGUUACUGUUCACAAAGAGAAACCUUCUGUUCCAGCAAAGAUCCUGACAAAGCCUCAGUCUGUGACUGUAAAUGAGGGUGAGAUAGCCAGGUUCUCCUGUGAUAUUGAUGGUGAACCUGCACCCACUGUGACGUGGAUCCAUGAAGGAAGAAUUAUUGCAUCAUCGCAACAUAUCCAGGUCACCACAACCCAGUAUAAAUCUAGCCUGGAGAUCUCCUCUGUGAAGGCCUCUGAUGAAGGCAGUUACAUUGUGGUGGUGGAGAACUCAGCAGGUCGACAGGAGGCUCACUUCACUCUGACAAUCUGCAGACCACCUCCUAAAGAGGAAGUCAAAGCUAUCAAACACCCUGAGCCACCUGUGACAUCUACACCUAGUGUGAAGUCACCUGAGCCUGCUCCCUCUAUUACUUCUCCUACUCCUAGUGUGAAGUCACCAGAGCCUGCUCCCUCUGUUACUUCUCCUACUCCUAGUGUGAAGUCACCAGAGCCUAGUGUAAAAUCUCCAGAACCGUCAGUUAAGUCCCCUGAACCAAGUUUAGCAUCUCCUACCCCAAGCAUAAAAUCACCAACACCAAGUGUAAAGUCUCCAGAACCAGAGGAAGUUAAAUCUUCAAAGAGUGUGAAAUCUCCAGAGUCACCAGCACCUUCUCCUGCACGCAGCUUAAAAUCUCCAACUCCUGGUGUAAAAUCUCCAGAACCAGAAGGAGUUAAGUCACCACGUGGUCUAAAAUCCCCUGAACCCCGACUCAAGUCACCAACACCAAUCAAGCCUCCUGGAAGUGUGAAGUCAUCUGAACCUGAGGAGGUAAAAGUCCCUCGAGGUCUCAAAUCUCCAGAGCCUGCAGGUACCAAAACACUGAGAGGCCUCAAGUCCCCAGAACCUGCAGGAAUCAAAACACCGAAAGGCAUCAAGUCUCCAGAACCUUCUGGAAUCAAAUCACCGAGGGGUCUAAAGUCUCCUGAGCCAGAGGGAAUCAAAUCACCUCCAAGAGUGAAAUCUCCUCCUCCCAUCAUGUCCCCCAAGAGGGUUGUCUCUCCUCCGACUGUGAAGUCCCCGAUUCCCAAACCUCCCAAAGUCUUAAGUCAGCUAACAGCCGAGGCCUGCGAGGGUUCGGUCAGAAUGUCCUGCGUCUGUGAGAGCAGCGUCAGGGAGGUGACGUGGUAUGUAAGUGGUAGGCGGCUUUCACAGAGCAGCCAUUUUGAGAUGCACUACUCUGAGGGCUCCUGCAGUCUUCUGAUUCAUGACUUGACAGAAAGUGAUCAGGGAGAGUACACCUGUGAGAUGACCUCAGAGGGAGGAGUAUCCAAAUCCUCCUUCUCCUUUGUGGGGCAGGUGUUUCAGUCUAUAUAUAAGAAGAUCACAGCCUACCGUGAACAGCAAGUGGCACUCAAAGCAGGAUCGAUGAUGAGUCACAAGCAGUCAUCCUCAUCAAUGAGCUCAUCCAUGAUGACGAAGAAAGAACUCCACACAAUGGAAGAGUCUUCGUCCUUUUCUUCCUCUGCCCACCAGACGAUGUCAUCUAUGAUGGAGUCAAGCUCCUUCAGCAGCAUGGCAGCAGAGAUGAAGUUUGAGACCAUGUCGAUGUCCAGCAUGUCCUCCAUGGCAUCUGAAACGUACGCCACGAGCUCCAGCAGCCUCACAGAGAUGACGUCCCAUUUAGGAUCGUCACUGAGAGCAAUAGGUUCUGCUCCAAGAAUCGAAGCUCUGCCAGAGGACAUCAGCGUCGAACCAGGCAAAGUCCUAACAGUCGCCUGUGCCUUCUCCGGUGAUGCCAGAAACAUUGAGUGGUCCCGCGGCGGGAAAACCAUCAAGGUGACCGCCGGUGGACGGUUCCACAUUGAGACCACUGAUGACUUGACCACCCUCAUCAUCACUGACGUGAAGCAGGAAGACGCCGGAGCCUACACCCUCAAACUGUCCAACGAACUCGGAUCUGACACAGCGACUGUCCACAUCAGCAUUCGAUCAGUGUAAAAACAAAAAAAUCUGAUCCUUUACAUGUCCCCUUGUCCCUCCUUUCAUGCCUUUUUAUUUAUUAAUUGAACAAAGUGGUUUACUUUGAUAAAAGAUCAGGAAUUUUCUUGUAAAUAGGAACUAUUUUUGUACCAAACUUGACAUUAAUUUUUGCCAAACUAGACUGAAGUCUAAAGAUGUAAAAUGUGCCAUAUUGGAUAACAUUGACUUAGGAUGUUUGAUCCAUUUUUCUGUGACAUGUACAUAAUGUAUAUAGCCGAAUGUACCGGUUAUGGGAAAUGUAUGCAUUGUUAUUUAUGACAAUAAUAUAAACUGAAACUUAAAGAAACUUGUAGUUUUAACAGGAGAAAGUUUCGACAGGAACGAAUACCCUGUUAAAGUGAGAAACUAAACUCUGUGCCUCAACGAUCAGUUGAAGUCUAAGAUUGCCUCAGCAGGUAGAGAGGCUCCCUGUUGAUGUUACGAACCGAAGACAAAACCAUGAAGGCGCCGCUGCAACAGAAGAAAGGAGAGAGCGGUGCUUUAAGAUUGUAACAGGAGCGUGAGAUCCUGAGUGCUGUUUGCAUCUACCCUCAUGUAAGCAGGACGACUGGACCUCGCACCCCGACUGACGAUGUCAUGCCGUUUUUAUGACGAGCUCACGGUGCGAGCGGCCUGCACCGCCUGAGCACAAGUGUUUCUUUUUGUUUUGUGCUCUGCUCCUGGCAAACGACCGCCGGCUCAAGCUCUUCAGUCGUGCAAUCAACCUGGCCAAUCACAUGAAAGCAGAGUCCUCCCGGUGCUCGUUUCCAGGCGCAGAGCUGCCUCUCGGAGGUGUGCCGUGUGUUCGCGUGUUAGUUUUUAGAAGUCCACGUGUCAGUCAGGCUGGUCGAUACCAAGGACCCGAACAGCAUCGAACCAGCUCCGGCUGCGUUCAGCUGCUUGGUUGUCAUCCUGCACUUUGUUGGAUUAAAGUUAGAGUUGUAGCGUUAAUUUUGCAGCCUCCUUGAGUCUUUUUUUUCCUCCCAUUAUUGAUUUAAUAAAGCAUGAUGAUCAGCACAA